UCGGCCGACCAGCUGCCCUGAGCAGAGUCAGCGUUCCCAGCCUGGACGCCUCGGCUGGAGGGACUGCUGUUACGAGGAAAACUACAAAACUACACGGCGGCGUAGGCCUGUAGUUUUGUUUUUUUCUUUGGGGUUCCUUUGAGGCUCAACUGUUCCCCUUUUGGAUUUUCUGACUCCGUUUUCUGGAUAAAGAUUUUAGAUUUCCUGCUGAGCGCCCAAAUCUGGGCUUCCCAGGCAUCCUUGUCCAGACAAGGUGCCAGCCAACAUGUCAACACAAGCACCGACAUUUACACAGCCGCUACAGAGCGUCGUGGCACUUGAGGGUAGUGCCGCGACGUUUGAGGCUCAAAUUAGUGGUUCUCCAGUUCCCGAGGUGAGCUGGUUCCGCGAUGGCCAGGUUCUUUCCACCACCACUCUGCCAGGUAUACAGAUCUUGUUCAGCGAUGGCCGCGCUGUUCUGAGGAUUCCUGCUGUGACGGCUGCACACAGCGGAAGGUUUUCUGUUAGAGCCACGAACGGAGCUGGACAAGCCACAAGCACCGCUGAACUCCUCGUUACAGUGGAGACGGCGCCUCCAAAUUUCCUUCAAAGACUUCAGAGUUUAACAGUGAGACAAGGCAGCCAGGUGAGGCUGGAUGUGCGAGUGACAGGAAUCCCAACACCAGCUGUUAAGUUCUACAGAGAAGGGGCCGAGAUUCAGAGCUCGGCCGACUUCAGGAUCCUCCAAGAUGGAGACCUGUAUACUUUGUUGAUCACUGAAGCCUUCCCAGAGGACUCUGGGACAUAUUCUGUGACUGCCACCAACAACAGCGGACGGGCCACCUCCACUGCUGAAUUGCUAGUUCAGGGUGAGGAAGCUGUGCCAGCUAAGAAACUGAAGACUGUUUCCACAUCCCAAAUAUCGGUUUCCCAGAGCAGAGUACAGAGGGUGGAGACUAGUUUCCAGGCCUCCACUAAGAGGGAGAUCCAUGUAGGAGAAGGAAUGAUCACUCAGCAUUUGGCUCACAAAACCCCCCCACGGGUUCCUCCAAAGCCGACCUCCAAGUCCCCGCCGUCCUAUGUUUCCAAGGUGACGGCAGGACGUCAGCAGUCCCCUUCGCCUGUCAGACAUGUGAAAGGGCCAACACCGACACCUGUCAGACCAGUGUCUCCAUCCACCAAACUGUCGGUUUCUCCCAUCCGACCAGUCAAGUCUCCCAUCAUGACCAGGAAACAGGUAUCUACCUCUGCAGAGGUUCUGCCGCCCUGGAAACAGGGAGACUAUGCGACUGAGGCGAGCUAUACCAGCAUGGCAAGCAUGACCGCUGUCAGCAGCACCACUCAGCUUCACAUGGAGAAGCACUGGGAGCAGCAGGUGGCUGCCACCAGAGAGGAUGAGGGAGAAAAAAAGGCUGAGGCAGUGGCUACAGUGGUGGCCGCUGUUGACCUUGCUCGUGUCCUCAAGCCUGUGCAUGGGGAGGGUGUUCGGAAAGAGGAAGAGGAGGAUGUGGGGUUGAGGAUAAAGCAACAGGCGGCAGCAACUGCAGAGAAACAAGUUAUUGCAACAAAAACACUUCCUACUGAGCCUGCUGUGUCUGCAGAGCAGCACAGAGUCCAGGUCUCUCAGAUUCAGAGAACAACAGAAAUCUUCUCCUGUGUGGACACUGGUGUCGUCCAGCCCCCAGUUCCACAUUUCACAGUUUCUAAAGUUUCUGUUCCUAAACAUGAACCUAGACAUGAGGUGUCCCUUGCUGGCUCUGCCAUCGCUACACUGCACAAAGAGCUAUCCUCCCCUUCAACCCCCAGAAAGAUCAUCAAGCCAGUCAAAUCUCCCAGUCCGUCUCGACAGGCGGCGGUGGAGGUUCAUGUGAUACCUGAGCCCUUCCCACCACCGUUCAGAGAUGUGCGAUAUAAGACUCAACUUGACAGCAGAGGCGCUUAUGCGUUUAGUGAGGAAGAAUUUGAGGAAUGGGAGCCUCAGGAGGUGGCUGCAGUGCCUACAAGAUCCCAGGAGCCUGUUGUUCCACCCACUCUUAUUGCUGGACUGAAGAACCUGACUGUGACCGAAGGUGAGUCAGUGACCUUGGAGUGCAAAAUCAGCAGUCACCCUUCCCCGGUCAUAAUCUGGUUCAGGGAGGACUACAAGAUCGAGAGCUCCAUUGACUUCCAGAUCAGCUACGAGCACGGAUUUGCCAGGUUGAUUAUUCGUGAGGCAUUUGCUGAAGACAGUGGCCGGUUUACCUGCACUGCCACCAAUGAAGCAGGAACUGUGAGCACCUCCUGCUACCUGCUUGUGAAAGUUUCAGAAGAAAUCGAAAGCAGAGAGGAAACAGCUGUCACAGAAAUUGCAAUCACACAAGAAAAAACUGUUGCAGCUGAAACAAAGCUGCAGACAGUGACAGAGUUGAGCGCAGGAGAACCUGCAGCUCCGUUCUUCAUCAAGAAACCCACUGUGCAGAAGCUAGUGGAGGGAGGAAGUGUUGUGUUUGAAUGCCAGGUUGGAGGAAAUCCAAGACCUCACAUUAUCUGGAAGAAGAAUGGCGUGCUGCUUACCACUGGAUACAGAUACAAAGUUGCCUACAAGGAAACUGGAGAAUGUAAACUGGAGAUCUCGAUGACCUUUGCUGACGAUGCCGGAGAAUACUCCAUCUUUGCUAAAAAUCCCCACGGAGAAGCUUCAGCUUCCACCAGCCUGUUGGAGGAAGAGGAAUAUGAAGCACAUAUGAAGCAGCACGAUGUAACAUAUAAAACUGAAGUGACUACGUCAGUGGUUCAGGAACCCUCCGUGGUCGUGAGUCAGUAUGAAUUGGAACAGAGGAGGACAAUAACCCCGAUGAGCUUUGUCUCAGAAACGGAAUUCCUCAUUUCAGCCUUUGAGGAGAGGAUAAUACAGAAGAUCGAACUGUGUAUCAUGAGAAUUACUUACAGAGAGCUUGUGGCAGAGGACGGAGAGCUGGUAGUGACUAUAGCAGAUGAGGAGGCAGUGCAGCCAGCCUUUGACACACCAGUGAAAAACUACAGGAUCAUGGAGGGAGUGGGAGUCACUUUCCACUGCAAGAUGGUUGGAAAACCACUGCCAAAGAUUGCCUGGUACAAAGAUGGCCAGCGCAUCAGGCCCAGUGCGCGUUACCAAAUUGAAGUUCUUCAAGAUGGGCGAGCCAGUCUUCGUCUGCCUGUGGUGCUGCCAGAGGAUGAAGGCGUGUACACUGCUUUUGCCACAAACAUGAAGGGAAAUGCAGUCAGCUCGGGAAAGCUUUAUGUGGAGCCAUCCGAAGCUGUAACGCCGCAGAGAUACACACCACAGCCAGCAGUACAGAGGAUAAGAUCGACAUCUCCUCGUUCUCUGAGCCGCUCCCCAGGGCGUUCUUCCAGCCGAUCUCCUCGCCAGUCUCCUGCCCGUCGAUUUGACGAAACAGAUGAGGCUCAGCUUGAAAGACUAUACAAACCUGUAUUUGUCAUGAAGCCCUCCUCAAUAAAAUGUUCUGAGGGGCAAACUGCCCGAUUUGAUUUGAAAGUUGUUGGCAGGCCAAUGCCUGACACAUACUGGUUCCACAAUGGACAACAAGUGAUCAAUGAUAACACACACAAGAUAGUGAUUAAAGAGGAUGGUACUCAGUCCCUGAUCAUUGUCCCAGCCCUACCACAAGACUCUGGAGAGUGGACGGUUGUUGCUCAGAAUAGAGCUGGACGGGCAUCUCUCAAUGUAACUCUUACUGUUGAUGCUCAAGAAACCCUGGCACGUCCUCAAUUUGUUGAAAAGCUGAAAAACAUCACUGUAAAGCAGGGCACUCUGGUUGAGUUGGCUGUCAAAGCCAUUGGAAACCCCCUGCCAGACAUUGUGUGGCUGAAAAACAGUGACAUCAUCACCCCACACAAGCAUCCACAGAUAAAGAUUGAUGGCACCAAAGGAGAAGCCAAAUUCCAGAUUCCAUCUGCUUCAGGCUCAGACAGCGCCUGGUACACUGCUACAGCCAUCAACAAGGCUGGUAGAGACACCACUCGUUGCAGAGUCAAUGUUGAGGUGGACUUUGCUGCCCCUCAAACCGAGAGGAAGCUCAUUAUUCCUAGAGGAACCUACAAAGCUAAAGAGAUUGCAGCACCCGAGUUGGAGCCGCUUCAUUUGCGAUACGGUCAAGAGCAGUGGGAGGAGGGUGAUCUUUAUGACAAGGAGAAGCAACAGAAACCACAAUUCAAGAAGAAGUUGACAUCUAUCAGAAUGAAGUGUUUUGGACCAGCCCAUUUUGAGUGUAGACUCACUCCUAUUGGUGACCCCAAUAUGGUAGUGGAGUGGCUGCAUGACGGCAAACCUCUGGCUGCUGCUAAUAGGUUGCAUAUGGUCAAUGAAUUUGGAUACUGCAGCCUUGAUUAUGAAGUUGCUUAUGCUAGGGACAGUGGUGUUAUUACUUGCAGAGCCACAAACAAAUGUGGAGUUGACCAGACCUCAGCCACCCUGAUUGUCAAGGAUGAAAAGGGACUUGUUGAGGAAACACAACUUCCUGAAGGCAGGAAGGGAGGAUAUAGGAUGGAUGAGAUUGAGCGCAUGGCUCAUGAGGGAGGACCUGCAGGAGUCGGCGCUGAUGAAGAAUCUGAAAAGACAAAACCUGAUAUUGUCUUGCUUCCUGAACCAGCAAGAGUGCUGGAAGGCAACAUUGCACGAUUCCGCUGCAGAGUAACUGGUUAUCCAGCACCAAAGGUUAAUUGGUACCUCAACGGACAACUUAUCCGCAAAAGCAAGAGAUAUAGACUCCGUUAUGAUGGUAUUUACUAUUUAGAGAUUGUUGACAUCAAGUCCUAUGACUCAGGAGAGGUUAGGGUGGUUGCUGACAAUCCUUUAGGAACAGCUGAGCACACAGUAAAGCUAGAGAUCCAGCAGAGGGAAGACUUUAGAUCUGUCCUGCGUCGUGCACCAGAACCAAAACUUGCAGAGGCUACACACGAGCCUGGCAAGAUUGGAUUUGAUAUUGUGAAGAUGGACCGACCUAGUGAGGCUUCACAAGACAGGGAAGUGGUUAAGCUGCGUAAGACACAGAGAAUUCUUCAUGAGAAAACUUCAGAGGAGUCUGAAGAACUGAAGAGCAAGUUCAAGCGCAGAACAGAGGAGGGUUUCUAUGAGUCUAUCUCGGCUGUAGAGCUUAAGUCUCGCAAGAGGGAUGACUCUUAUGAAGACCUAUUGAAGAAGACUAAAGAGGAGCUGCUCCAUCACAUGAAAGAGAAAGAAGAAGCUGAAAGGAAGAGGAUGGAGGAAGAGGGUAAACUCACUAUCCCCACAAUAAAACCUGAACGGGUCCUGCUCUCUCCCAGCAUGGAAGCACCCAAGAUCCUGGAACGCAUUGCAAGCAAGACUGUUGCUCCAAUGGAUGAGGUUCGUUUCAGAGUCAGAGUAGUUGGUAGACCAGAACCUGAGUGUCAGUGGUUCAAGAAUGGCAUUCAGCUGGAAAAGUCUGACCGUAUUUACUGGUACUGGCCUGAGGACAAUGUAUGUGAAUUGGUCAUAAGAGAUGUCGAAACACAAGAUUCUGCUAGCAUCAUGGUUAAGGCCAUUAAUAUUGCUGGGGAGUCCUCAAGUCAUGCCUUCCUGCUUGUACAAGCCAAGACAGCAGUUAGCUUUACCCAAAACUUGGAGGAUACGAGUGCCAAGGAGAAGGAUACCAUGGUGACCUUUGAGUGUGAAACCAAUGAACCCUUCGUCAGAGUCAAAUGGUUUAAGAACAACAUGGAGAUCUUCUCAGGCGACAAAUACAGAAUGCACUCUGACAGAAAAGUCCACUUCCUAUCUGUGCUAAUGAUUGAAAUGAGGGAUGACGCAGAAUACACCUGUGUGAUUGCAGAUGAUGAAAACAUAAGAACGAGUGCAAGGCUUCACGUGGAAGGUGCUGCUCUCGAGCUCAUCAAACACAUGGAGAACAUUGAGGUACCAGAAUCCUAUGCUGGCGAGUUUGAGGUCGAGUUAUCUCGUGAAGAUGCUGAGGGCAGCUGGCUCUUUGGAGACAAAGUUCUCUCACCCAGCAAUAAAUACAUCAUAUCGUCACGUCGAGGAAGACACACUUUGUCUGUCAAGGAUGUCAGGAAAGAGGACCAGGGAAAAUACACCUUUGUAUGCGGUGAUCUGAAGACCAAUGCCUCACUAAAAAUGAAAUUGCGUCCAGUGACACUGAUGCAGCCCCUGACUGAUCUGAUAGUCUGUGAGGGUGAUAUUGCUCAGCUGGAGGUCAGGUUCUCCCAAGAGAAUGUUGAGGGAACCUGGAUGAAGAACGGCCAGGCCAUUUCUGCCUCGGAACGUAUCCACAUUGUCAUUGACAAGAUGGUUCACAAGCUGCUGGUGGAGAAUAUCAGCACAGAAGAUGCUGCCUUGUACUCUUUUGUGGUUCCUGCCCAGGACAUCUCCACUUCAGGCAAACUCAGUGUUCAAACUAUUGACAUUGUAGUGCCAUUGAAGGAUGUAUCCUCUAUUGAAGGCACAAAGGCUGUCCUGGAGGCUAAGAUCUCUGCCCAGGACAUCAGCUCUGUCAAAUGGUACCAUAAUGACAAACUGUUGACACCCAGUGACCGAAUCCAAAUGGUGGCAAAGGGCGCAAAGCAGCGGCUGGUCUUCACCAGAACCUUUGCAUCUGAUCAGGGUCACUAUAAACUAGUUGUUGGCAAGGUUGACACCAGCUGUAGCCUGACGGUUGAAGAGGUAAACAUUGUGAAACACAUGGAGGACAAAGUGUGUUCUGAGUCCCAGAAUGUGACGUUUAAUGUUGAAGUCUCUCACCCUGGAAUUGACUCAGUCUGGACAUUCAGGAACCAGCAAAUCAAACCUGGACCCAAAUCCAAGAUUGAGUCGAAGGGAAAGGCUCACUCUCUGACAGUCAUUGACGCCAUGAAAGAUGAGGAGGGCCAGUACAUGUUUCAUGCUGGUGAAAAGACAUCUAGUGCCAAGCUUACUGUCUCUGGUGGAGCCAUUACACGCCCCCUGCAGGAUGUGACAGUGGCGGAGUCUCAGACUGCUGAGCUUGAGUGUGAAGUUGCAAAUGCCAAUGCUGAGGGCAAGUGGCUUAAGGAGGGCCAGCCCAUUGACUUCAAUGAGAAUGUGGUGAGUGAGGUGAACGGGGCCAUCAGGCGCCUCAUCAUCAACAUUACCAGGCCACAGGAUGUCGGAGAGUAUACCUACCAGGUGGCCAACUCCAAAACUACAGCUAAUCUCAGGGUGGAGGGAGUGAAGAUCAAGAAAACUCUGAGGAACCAGACCGUGACGGAGACCCAGGAAGCAGUGUUCACACUGGAGCUCACACACCCCGAUGUGAAAGGAUCCCAGUGGAUUAAGAACGGGGUGGAACUGCAAAACAGCGAAAAGUACGAGAUCGUCUCCAGUGGCGUGGUCCAAACGCUGAAGGUCAAGGACUGCAACAUACAGGACGAGUCUGUUUACUCCUUCAAACUUGGAAAACUUUCUGCCAAUGCCAGACUCAACGUAGAGAAAAUCAAAAUCGUGAAGAAGAUAAAAGAUGCGACGUCUCUGUUGGAUGGCACAGCCUCCUUUGAGAUGAGCCUCUCACAUGACGACAUCCCUGUUAGGUGGAUGUUUAAAGGUUUGGAGCUGAAGUCAAGUGAGAAGUGCAAAAUUCUGUCUGAGAGGAAAGCACACAAACUGAUCCUGAAGAAUCUGGACAGCAGCGAUGCAGGAGAGUACGUGGCUGUGGUUGGACACUUGCAGUGCAGUGCUGUACUCACCGUGGAGGCUCUGCAGGUCACUAAACCCAUGAAAAGUGUGGAGGUACCAGAGACUCAAGUGGCCACAUUCGAGUGUGAAGUCUCCCACUUCAAUGUGCCGUCCACCUGGCUGAAGAACGGAGUGGAGAUUGAGAUGAGUGACAAGUUCAGGAUUGUGGUUCAGGGAAAACUCCAUCAGCUGAAGAUCAUGAACACCAGCAGGGAUGACUCUGCAGAGUACACCUUCAUUUGUGGCAACGACCAAGUGUCUGCAACACUCACCGUCAACCCGGUUCUGAUCACCUCCAUGCUGAAGGACCUGAAUGCCCAAGAGAGAGACACUAUCACCUUUGAGGUCACCGUCAACUAUGAAGGCAUCACGUACAAAUGGCUGAAGAACGGCGUGGAAAUGAAGUCGUCGGACAGGUGCCAGGUCCGCAGUCGGCAGCUUACGCACUCCCUCACCAUCCGAAACGUUCACUUUGGAGACGGAGGAGAGUACAAGUUUGUGGCCGGCUCUGCUGCCACCACUGCUAAUCUCUUUGUCGAAGCUCGUGUGAUUGAAUUCACCAAGAAGAUCAAGGACAUAAAGAUCACAGAGAAGAAGAAGGCGAUUUUUGAGUGUGAGGUUUCUGAGCCAAACAUCCAGGUGAUGUGGAUGAAGGACGGUCAGGAGAUGGACAUGUCUGAGGAAAGGUAUAUUGUGACAGCAGAGAAGUAUGUUCACCGCCUCGUGAUCCAGACGGUUCGAAUGUCUGAUGCUGGGGAAUAUUCAGUGGUAGCUGGAUCAAGCGUCUCCAAGGCCCGGCUCACUGUAGAGGGUCGCGACAUUCGGAUCUCGGAACCUCCUGAGCGGGAAAUUACGGUUCUGGAGAAACACCGUGCAACCUUUGAGUUUGAAGUGAAUGAAGAAGAUGUGGAGGGUCACUGGCUGAAGAACGGUGUGGAGAUCCAGUUCUCGAUGGAAGAACGAUUUAACUACGUGACCAUCAGGAAGCUGCAUCGCCUCACCAUCUCAGAGACCUACAGGAGUGAUGCUGGGGAGUACACCUUCAUCGCUGGCAAAAAUAGAAGCACCAUGCAGCUUCGAAUAAACAUUCCCGAGCCUCCUCAGAUUCUUCGCCACAUGGAGCCCCAGUCGGUGGAGGCUGGAAAACCAGCUCGCUUCUCAGUCCAGGUGAGCGGUGUUCCCCAGCCUCAGGUCUUCUGGUACAAAAACUCCCAGGCUCUCUCCGCUGGCUUCAAGUGCAAGUUCCUGCACGAUGGCAACGAGCACACACUGCUGCUCAUCGAGGUCUUUCCUGAAGACGCUGCUGUCUACACCUGUGAGGCCAAGAACGAGUAUGGCACUGCCACAAGCACUGCGACACUCAAUGUUGAAGUUUCAGAGGUGGUUUCUCCAGACUCCCCCGCCACUGUUGCUCCCCCUGUCAUCAUCUCACCCAUGGCCAGCACUUCAGCCUGCGAGGGCGCACCAGCUUGCUUCCAGUGCAAAGUCCGUGGAGAUGAUGUGAAGAUAAGCUGGUUCCACAAGAAAAAGGAAAUCAAACAGUCCGAAUUCUUCAGGAUAUCUCAGUUUGAUGACAGCUGUCAGCUGGAGAUCUCCAGGGUUUAUCCAGAGGACGAGGGCGAGUAUACCUGCAUGGCCACAAACAAUGGAGGGACGGUAUCCUGCUCUGCAACUCUUACAUUAGACGUGACUCACGUGAGAGAGCAGGCUGAAACCAAGACUGAGCUGGAAGUCAAAGAGGAAACCACCAUCACCACUGUGGAAGAACAAGAGGAAACCUACUACACUGGUGUCCAGUUACCACAAAAAGCUAAAACACUUGAACUCAAGCCAGAUUCUAAACUUUACUCUUCCACUUUAGAGAAAAAAAAAGAAAAGCCCGUUUUCCUUACUCAGCUCUCCGGAGCAGCUGUAAACACGGGGGAAACCGCCAGGUUUACAGUUAGAGUAUCUGGCUUUCCAAAGCCAACUGUGCAAUGGUCUCACAAUGGAAAGGUUGUAAAGAGCUCUUCUGUAUACAAGCUGAUAGAGGAGAAGGAUGAGUACACACUGGUUAUCACCCAAGUCACGUCUGAAUAUGAGGGCAAGUACUCGUGCACUGCCACGAAUAGAUUUGGCCAGACGACAUGCACCACAUACCUGGAGGUGAAAAAGCCUGAAGCCAGCCAGGCAGAGAAAUGGGUUGAGAAGAUGUUUAAGCUCACAGCUCAGCCUGCUAGUUUCACACUUCAGAUACAACCCGUGAGGUGCUCAGAAGGAACAGAGGCUUCUUUUAAUUACAAAGUCAGUGGUGAUCCGGUCCCUGAUAUAAAGUGGUUCAAGGGGCCUUUCCAGAUCCAGCCCAGUAGAAACUGUACCAUUAGAACCAAUUCAGAUGGAUCUGGUUUCAUCAUUAUUAAGAAUGUCAAACAACAGGACAGUGGCUUAUACACAUGUAAAGCCUCCAACCAAUUUGGUGAGACCGCUUGUAGUGCAGAGCUUGUUGUAUUCAAAGAAUCAGUCUCUGCUUCUCACAAACAGGAGACAGCUGUUCAGAAGAAAAGUUACAAGGUUUUAGUGACAGAACAAGCAACAGAGUCACGCUUGUACCAGGUCAGCCUCCCAGGCCAGGAUAAAGCUAAGUCAGAUCAGAUGGUUUACACCAUCGGCACAGAAGAUCGGCAGAUCAUUCCCAGCGAGCAAGUGAGCUCCCUUAGAGAAGUAGAUGUCUCCACUGCCACCGUGUACUGUGAGAGGGUUACCCACCAGGCAGCAAUACUUCAGGCACAUGGGACAGAGGAACGGGUGUCUGUGGUUCCUACUCACCCAGACCAAGUGUCAGCUGUUCCUGCGAAACAGCUUCACAUGGCAGCAUUCACAUCGUCUGUUGAAGAGAGUCAGGACCUCACAGAGCAGCACUGUGAUGACAUUCAAAGGCCAGAUCUCAUUGAGCUUCAGGCAGUCAGUGAAAAAAAGUCAAAACAGAAGUUAGCAGUUGUCGAGGAGCUCAUACCACUUUCUGCUGUUAGCACAGAGCCACUGGGUGACAGGAAGUCUGCUACUGUUAAAAUCACUUCAGAACCUAAACAUCUAGUCAGUGGUCAUCAAGUGAAAACACAACUGUCAAUCCUGAAGGAGGAGUCUCAAGAGAUCCCCAAACCACAGGAAGAGAUGGGUUAUAAGGUUAAGGAAGGUAUUAAGAUUCUAUAUUCGGCCCAGUCCACAGAAAAGCAGGUGCUUGCAGAGGGUCACACAACGGAGUUAGCAACAGCAGAAUCUGCUGUUAAGUCUGCAAUUAGAAAAGAACAUAAGCCACCUGUCACAGCUUUAGUGAACGAGUCUAAGCAAACUCUUUGCAAGGAGUCAGAAUUCUCUAUUCAGAGGCCUGCUGAGGAAGCAGCCCAUAUCUGUAAAGAUACGAUGAUGAAAGCAGCUCUAACUGCUGAAGAGACACGAAUGCUGCAGGGUGAGUCCACACAGUUGCUUCCUAGUCUAGACAGUGCCAUGUCCAUUAAGUCCCAGAUAGAAGGAAAGCAGUUGUUACACCUGCAGGUUAUAACAGAACAGGACCUCCUUCCAUCUGAGAAAAGACUAACAUAUGAAAAACCAACACCAGAGCACGCAGGGACCAGAAAGAGUCCCACUUUGCUACAUACUGUUAGUCAGGAUGAGCAGAGAACAGUAGUUUGUGAGGCUACAUCAGAGUUUGACUCCAAGGCAGACACUAUAACCAUAGAGCACCAGAAAGAGGCCCCUACCCUGCUGCAUCUCCAGUCAACCCAGCCUGUGGAGGUCCUACCCAAAGAGGGCAUUCUCACAGUUGAGAAGCCUGACCAGCUGGUGGCAAUGCAGAAACAAGAAAAGGCAAGAAGCCAUGCAGCUCUUUCAGAAGAGAAACCAGAGCUCACAGCUGAUUUUUACUCAGAACUGGAUUUGUCCUUGUCUGGAGUUCAGUCUCAGUCUCGAACUGAGCCCAAGCCACAAAGUAUCCUCCAACUGUGCUACCAGCCUGUGCAGUUGUCAAAAGAGACACCAGUUAGCACAGAGUGCAAGCAUCAGCGAGCUCUACUACAGAAGGAGGAUCGCUGGAACGUGAUGCAUGUCACUUCUGUGACAGAUGAACAGGCUUUGGAGGAGGGCCACACAGAUCAUUUAACAGCUAUAGACAGAUUCACAUGUCAGACAACAGUAGAGCCAAAAGUACCCACUGAGCCAAUCCAGAUUGAGGAGAAAGAGAUCUCCACUGAGAGUAGUGUCUUUCUAAAGGCAGCAGAACAGGACUUUGCUGUUCAGAUCCAAGAGGGUCAGUCAGUCAGGCAGUCAGUAAUGAUGGACGAGAAGCGAGUGCUGACAGGUGAAUUCUCUCAAGAGAUCACCAAGUAUGAGACCACCAAAGUUGCUGUUAAUGCACAGCAAAAGUUGUCCCUUUUGGCACCAGAAUCUAAAGAUAUUACAGCUCUGCCUAAAGAGAUGACAUUUGUGAUCCAGAUCCCUAAAUCAUCCACUUCAAAUAUACAGCGUCAGCUCAGAGAUGCUCUUCAGUCUGCUGUAGCCAGUGAACAGCCAGUGUUACUAGCUGAAGUUGUAGGAUACCUAAACGCUGUAGAAGUACAGGAAGUCAAGCUUCAAAGAGAGCCCAAGUGGGCCAUGUUCACAUAUCUGAUCACAACAACAGGUGCCCCUGUGGAGAUCACUCUAGCUUUUGAGGGUGAAUACCCUCAGACAGCUGACCUCAGGACUGAGGUUCAGGCAGCAUUUCACUCCAUGGUGUAUCAGGAGGCCCAUGUUCUUACUUCAGAACAGCAAGGUACUAUGCAACUAGACAAACCUCAGAGGGCACAAGCCACCUCAGCUCGCUCUAGCGAAACAGUGUCAUCCAUGGUAAAGACUGUGAGCGUGACAGAGAGCACAGCGGAUUUUACUGCUGUUAAAUCUCAUUCUGCAUCACUUCAAACUGAGUCUAAAAUGGCAGUUGAGCAUGCUACAUUGGAGGAACAGGUUGUAGUGCAGGAAUCCAUGGACACAAAGGUAAAACGGUCAUCCCAUAUCAAAAUUCAAACUGAAGGUCACAUAGCUUCUGAGCAGUCAGAGCAAGUUUCAAGACAGGAGGUGAGGUCAACAAUCAUUACAAGUCAAGAAAAAGAUGUAGAAGUGUCUAUCAUUACCACUUCUACUACCACUGAGCAGGCAGUGGAUGUCAGCAUUUCCAAAGAGGGCAUCGAAGUAUCCAGACCAGAACUGAGAGAAUAUCCUGUAAUUGUUAAUUCUCUCAAUGACAUACUGAUAGAAGAAGAUAGUAGAGUAACCUUCAGCACUACCAUUAAGUACGUCACAAAGGUUAACUGGUUUUUCAAUGGGCAAUUGGUGCAAUCUGGCAAAGAGUUCAAGUGUUCCAAAGACCAUGACACGUACACAAUGGUUAUCAACAAAGUUGUCAAGGAGAGGCAUCAAGGAGAAUAUGUUUGUGAGGCUGAGAAUGAAGCCGGCAGGACAACAACAUCUUCAAGGCUCACUGUGGUCUCAAGAGUGCCCCCUGUCUUUAGGCAGAAAAUCACACCUCUGGAGAUAAAUGUCGGCAGUCACACCAAGUUUGAAUGUGAGAUUGAAGAAGCUCCGGACGUGGCGUUCAAAUGGUACAAAUCUGGCACCGAAAUCAGACAGAGUGAAAAGUAUCGGAUCGUCAGCCACCACACUAGUUCCUCUUUAGAGCUCCUGAACCCUGUCAAAGCUGAUAGUGGAGAAUACACCUGCAAAGCUUCAAAUCAACACGGCACAGACAGCUGCACUGCCUCGCUCAUUGUCACCGAGAUGUACCCACCAGUAUUUGUAUCAAAACCAGACCCAAUGACUUUAUAUGUGGGAAAACAAGCUGUGUUCCAGUGCUCACUUACUGGAUCCUCGCCUAUGGAAGUUGUCUGGCACAAGGACAACAUAACAAUUUCCUCUGAAGAGAACUAUGUCAUGAAAUGUGAAAAGAACACGUAUUCCCUUCACAUUAAAAGUCUUGAACUGACUGAUCAGGGAGUGUACCUGUGCAAGGCUUCCAACAGUGUUGGUGUAGCUACUUUUGCAGUAGAACUCAAGGUUAUUGACAAGCCCCGGUUUGUUACGGUCAUUGAGCCAGUAUCUGCAGCUGUUAAUGACCCACUGAGGCUGGAGUGCCACGUGAAUGAGGACACUGGUGUGGCUGUCACCUGGACCAGGGAUGGCAAAAAAGUCCACCAGAGUAUGGAGUGUAAACUGUCCUUUGAGGACAAGGUCGCUGUUCUGGAGAUCCCCAAGUCCAAACUAAAGGACUCUGGGAAAUAUGUGUGCACAGCUGCAAACGAGGCUGGCAGCUCCUCCUGUGAGGCUGUGGUAACAGUUCAAGAGCCCCCUGCCUUUGUGAAGAAAAUGGAAUCUAAGCUCACGUGGAAACAGGGCAUAGCUGCACGCUUACAGUGCACAAUCAAAGGAUCGCCUGAACUUCACAUCCACUGGUUCUGGAAUGAAAGAGAGCUGAGUAAUGGAGACAAAUAUAAAAUAUCUUUCAAGAGUGGAGUUGCUACUGUGGAGAUCAUGAACCUUCUGGUCACAGACAGUGGCAGAUACACCUGUGAGGUGUCAAAUAAUGCUGGGAGUGAAAGCUGCAGUACUCUUUUAGCUGUUAAAGAGCCACCGUGCAUUAGAAAAGACCUGCAGACAGUAGAGGCAGUGAAGGGAGCAGCUGCUCACCUGGAGUGCGAGGUCACAGGAACAGCUCCUUUUGAAAUCACUUGGGUAAAAAAUAAGAAACCCAUCACCAGUAAUCAGAAAUAUAAAUUGAUUUCCCAAGACUCAAUAGCAAGGCUGGAGAUUCAAACAUUUGACACCACAGAUAUUGGAGAUUAUCAGUGUGUCAUAUCAAAUGAUGUGGGAAAAGUCACCACUAAGGCUAUGGCUAAACUUAAAGAUCCACCAACUUUCUCAAAAAGGGUUGAGAGUGUUACAGCAGUCUUGGGAAAUACAGUAAAACUACAAGGAAUGAUUAAAGGUUCAACUCCCAUCACUGUGAAAUGGAUGAAAGACUCCAAGAUGCUAAGAGAUGAUGAUCCAAAUAUGAAGAUGGUUUUUGAGAACGGUGUUGUGAGUUUGUCGAUAACAACAGUUGCCAUCAGCCAUGGUGGCAAGUAUUCAUGUCAAGCGGAGAACGAGGCUGGGCAACAAAAGUGUGAAGCGAUCUUGACUGUGCAAGAACCUGCCAGGAUUGUAGAACCUGCAGAGUCCAUUAGUGUGACGGCAGGGGACUCAGCCGCAUUGGAGUGCACAGUCUCUGGAAGCCCAGAUCUCAAAGUGAAGUGGUUUAAAGAUGGGAAGGAGAUCAUUAGUGGCCGUAAAUAUAAGAUGACUCUGAAGGAUAAUAUUGCCACCCUGAAAAUUCUUACUGCAGAAAAAGGAGAUACUUCAGAGUAUAAAAUGGAAGUGGCAAAUAAAGUCGGGAAAGACCAGUGCACAUGCUCAGUCACUGUUUUAGAUCGGAUAAUGCCUCCAGCUUUCACCAAGUCGCUGAAAAGAGUUGACGGUAACAUUGAUAAUCCUGUCUCCAUGGAUUGCAAGGUGUCUGGGUCACAGCCCAUGACUGUGACUUGGUUCAAAGACGACCAGGAGAUUGUUUCUGGAGACAAAUUCCAGCCUGAAUUUAAAGACAGCUCUGCUAUACUGAGAAUCAUGUGGCUAGAAAAGGCUGACUCUGGUGUUUACAAAUGCAGAGCCACCAACUCAGCUGGCUUUAAAGAAACCAUUGGCACGCUCUAUGUGAAAGAACCGCCAGCGUUCACAGUGAAACCACACGACCAGGAUGUUAUUCCAGGAACUACAGUUUCCUUAAGAACAGCAUUCACUGGAACAGCUCCUUUAACUGUGAAGUGGUUCAGGGAAGAAAAAGAGAUAAUUACAGGAGGCACUUAUUUCAUUAAAAAAGAUGCCUCUUCAAGCUCUUUGGAGCUUCACUCUGUAAAGCCCACUGAUACCUCGAAAUACACGUGCGAAGUAUCCAACGACGCUGGGAAGGUAGACUGCACGGUAGUCCUCUUUGUGAAAGAACCUCCCGUGUUUGUGAGGAAACCCGAGGCAACCAAGCUCAUCACCAGUGGUGACUCUGCCAGGCUGGAGUGCAAAGUAACUGGCAGCCCAGUCAUCAGUUUCAAAUGGUUCAAGGAUGAAAUGGAGAUCAGUGGCAGUACUAAAUACACAAUGAGCUUGAUCGACUUGAUGGCAACUCUAGAAAUAGCUAAUUGUACAGUAGAGGACACUGGAGAUUAUGUGUGUGUGGCAUCAAGUGAGGCUGGAAGUGACCGUUGCACCUGCACAGUUAUAGUCAAAGAACCGCCAUUGUUUCUGCGUAGCUUGGAGCACAAGGACGUGGUGAAAGGUUCUGAGCUGAUGCUAGAGUGCCAAGUCUCUGGUUCUGCUCCUUUUACUGUGUCAUUUCAUAAAAACUCCAAAUUGAUUCGGAACGACAAAAGACACAGGAUUACUGUGAAAGAUGACCUGCUAGCACUACAGGUUCUGACAGUAGAAACAGGAGAUGUUGGUUUGUACCAGUGUAGUGUUGAGAAUGAAGUGGGAAGGGCCUCCUGUGAUUGUCACGUAACGCUAAAAGAACCACCAUCAUUUGUUCGAAAGCUGGAGAACCUCAGCUCAUUGGCUGGCAGUGAGGUUUCUCUGAUUUGCAGUCUGAAAGGUUCUGAGCCCAUAACUGUGGCCUGGCUAAAAGACAACCAUGAGCUCAAAGAGGCUGAAAACAUUCAGAUUACAUAUGAGAACAAGACUGCGCUACUGCAGAUCACCAACUUACAGAGCAGUCACUGUGGUAAAUACUCUUGCCAGGUGCAGAAUCAGGCUGGCAGCCAGACAUGCUCUGCUAUGCUGACAGUCAAAGAACCAGCAAAAAUCACAGAAGAGGUAAAGUCUAUCAGUGUGACUCAGGGGGAUCCGGCUACUCUGGAAGCCAGGUUCUCAGGCACAAAACCCCUGAAGGUCAGAUGGCUAAAGGCUGGCAAGGAGCUGACCUCAGGCCAGAGAUAUAAAGUACAGAGCAAAGAUACCAGUUCUGUGUUGAAGAUUAUUAAAACUCAGAAAAGUGAUGGUGGUGAAUAUGUCUUUGAGGUUUCAAACGAUGUUGGACAAAGUUCGUGUGAUGCCACACUCACCAUUCUCGAUCAAAUAAUUCCUCCGUCUUUUACAAGAAAACUGAAACAGACAGAAGGUGUCAAAGGAUCAUUUGCGCAUCUGGAGUGUCUCGUGUCUGGUUCUCUUCCAAUAACCAUACAGUGGUACAAAGAUGAGAAAGAGAUCCAAACCGAUGACAAACACAAAUGCACAUUCUUUGAAAAUGUUCCGUUUCUAGAAAUCUCCAAUCUUGACACUAAAGACAGUGGCAAUUAUACCUGCAUUGCUACAAAUAAAGCAGGAACGGUCCAGUGCUCUGGAGUCUUAUUUGUGAAAGAAUCCCCGUGCAUUCUUGAAAAACCUGAAUCCAUAAAUGUUUUGCCUGGCUCAAAAGUCCAAUUUAGUGUGCUGUUCUCUGGCACACCACCACUCACCACCAAAUGGUUUAAAAGCAAUAAAGAGAUCCUGUCCAGUGCUGACUGGUCAGUGAUCAAAGAUAAUACCUCAAGCACACUGGAACUCUUCUUUGCAAAAACCACAGAUUCUGGAGACUAUGUCUGCCAAAUACAGAACGACGUUGGCUCCGCUUCAUGCCAAGCAACACUCUUUGUCAAAGUGCCUCCAAAGUUUACACAGAUCCCAGCCCGUGUGUCUGUAGUUUGUCCUGGUCAGAGUAAGGUUUUUGAGUGCCAGGUGACCGGCACACCUGAGAUUGACAUCUACUGGUUCAAAGAAGGCUCUGAAAUCAGCCCCACUGAUCACUAUAAGAUGGCCUUUGUCAACUCUGUGGCAACACUGGAAGUCUGUGGGGCUGAGGUUAAACAUAGUGGGCUUUACUACUGCGAAGCUCGUAAUGAAGCUGGCAGUGAGAGCUGCAGCAUGGAGUUGAAGGUCAAAGAACCGCCAUCAUUUAUUAGAGAACUGGCUCGAGCUGAUGUUGUGAAGGGCUCCACUGCCAUGUUAGAGUGUCAAGUUGCUGGGACGGGUCUCUUUGAGAUAACAUGGCACAAAGAUGGAAAGGAGCUCAAACCCAGUGCUAAACAUGCCUUCUCUCAGUUAAAUGACACUGUGUGUCUUGAAGUGCACAAAUGUGAUGCUGUAGAUAUUGGUGAAUAUCAAUGCACUGUUGCUAACGAGGUGGAAAGCUGUACUUGUAAGACUACACUAAGCCUCAAAGAACCACCAACAUUCAUCAAGACAAUUGAGAACACUGCUACUGUUCUGGGUAAAAUGGCAGAGUUUCAGUGCAUUGUGAAAGGCUCUCCCAUCACCUCUGUACAGUGGAAAAAAGAUGAGAAUUGGAUAUUGGAGGAUCCAAAGAUUCAGAGAACAUUUGAAAGCAAUGUGGCUACACUCCGGAUCCCUGCCUGUGAGGCGAUACACAGUGGCAAAUACACCUGCCAGGUGGUAAAUGAGGCUGGGCAGGAUAAGUGUUUUGCCACCCUCACAGUGCAAGUGCCUCCGCAGAUCACAGAGAAACCUGAGGUGGUAAAGGUUACAGUUGGAGAUCCAGUCAGUCUGGACUGUAAGGUUACAGGCUCCCCUGAACUCAGGGUGAAAUGGAUGAAAGAUGGCAGGGAGCUCAAGUCCAUCAGGCAGCACAAGCUGAUCUUUGAGAACAAUAUCAGCAGCUUAAAGAUUCAGGCUGCGCAGACAGAGGAUGAAGGAGAGUAUGUCUUUGAGGUGGUAAACUACAUCAGUAGCUGUACCUGCAAAGUCAAGCUAAUUGUAUUAGAGCAAGUAAUUGCCCCAAGCUUCAUCAAACCCCUGGUAGACAUGCACGAGAUAUUGGGGUCCUUUGUUCAGAUAUGUUGCAAAAUAUCUGGUUCUCUCCCCAUCUCUGUGGAAUGGAAGAAAGAUGGAACCAAAAUCUCUAGUGGUCUAAAGCACAAGCUCAUUCAGCAGGACAACUCUGUGUCCAUUGAAAUUGAACAGCUAGAGAGAUCUGACGCAGGGUUAUACUCUUGCAAACUGACUAACGCAGCAGGAAGCUGUGAAUGCAGUGGGUCCAUCGUGGUCAAAGAACCUCCAAGCUUUGUGACAGUGCCCGAGUCGCAGACAGCUCUACCCAAAGCCACUGCACGCUUCAAAGGCACUUUUAAGGGAACUCCUCCCUUCACAGUCAAAUGGUUUAAGGAUGACACAGAGCUUAUGACUGGGCCUACUUGUUUAAUAGGGCUUGAUGGGCUGUCCUGUUUCUUAGAGCUCUAUUCAGUGGGCGUCACACAGAGUGGAGUCUACUCUUGCCAAGUCAGCAAUGAUGCUGGCUCCAUACACUGUAGUGCAAACCUGACAGUAAAAGAACCACCUGAAUUUCUACUGAAACUCCCUGCCAAUAAGUUUUUGAAGCAGGGUGAGUCACUCCGCCUGGAGUGCAAAGUCAGUGGCACAGUCCCUCUGAAAAUUACCUGGUACAAAAACGACACCAAAGUUACAGACGGUGGCAACUACAGGACGUCGUUUGUUGACUCAGUAGCAGUGCUAGAACUGGUCUCCACUAGUUUUGAGGAUGAUGGAGUUUACACCUGUGAGGCUCAGAAUGAUGCUGGCAGUGUGAGCUGCAGCACUACACUUACCAUUAAAGACCCCCCAUCUUUUGUCAAAAUACCCCAGCCUGUUGAAGGGCUGAAGGGUAAGGACGUAAGUUUGUACUGCGAGAUGAGUGGUACAGCUCCAUUCCAGAUCACCUGGUUUAAAGACAGAAAACCUCUCAUGGAGAGCAGGAAGUUUAAGCUGGUGAGCGAGGGCAGCUCAGCCACACUGCAUGUCAUUGGAAUAGAGCCCUCAGACGCCGGCGAAUACGAGUGCAAAGUGUCAAACAGUGUAGGAAGCGAUACCUGCCAGACAUCAAUUAAACUCAGAGAGCCACCAUCAUUUGUGAAGAGACUGUCAAACAUUACAGUGAUACUGGGAGGGGAGGUGACCCUUGUGGCCACUGUUAAAGGCUCUGAACCCAUUACUGUGUCCUGGGUUCAAGACAAGGAUCACAUUCUCAGGGACAGUGACAACAGGAAAAUCACCUAUGAAAACAACCAGGUGGCAGUUAAAAUCUUUAACGCCGAUGCAACUACGGCAGGCAAAUAUACCUGCCAACUCAGAAACGAUGCUGGGAGUGUGGAGUGUUUCGCUAACUUGACUGUUCUAGAGCCUGCUAAAAUAGUGGACAAGCCGGAUGCUCUGAGUGUGACGGCAGGUGAUAUGGCUGCCCUGGAGGUCAAAGUGUGUGGAACCCCAGAGCUCAUACCCAAGUGGUUCAAAGAUGGUGCUGAGCUGGCUUCUGGGAGAAAAUACAAAAUCUCAUUUUCCCGGAUGAUUUCCAGCCUGAAUGUGCUGUCUGCUGAGAAAGUUGACUCUGGAGAAUACACAUUUGAGAUUAUGAAUGAAGUUGGGAAGGACCUGAGUAAAAUCAAUCUCACUGUUUUAGAUAAGACGAUUCCUCCAACAUUCUCACGGAAACUGAAAGACUGUACCACUGUUGUUGGAAAACCUUUAGAAAUGGAGUGCAAAGUGUCAGGCUCAUCUCCUUUUACCAUUUCAUGGUACCACAAUGACGAGGAGAUAAAGAGUGGGCCAAAUUAUGAGAUUUCAUUCAGUGACAACAACUGUACACUAAGGGUGCUCACGCUGAAGCUGGCUGACUCUGGAGCAUACAAAUGUAAGGCUGUCAACAAGGCGGGAACCACAGAAACUACAGCCUUCCUGGUUGUUCGAGAACCUCCAACGUUUGUGGUGCCACCGCAGCCAGUGGAGGCCAUGCCAGGCUCUAACGUGACGUUCUCAGCCAUGGUGAAAGGCAGCGCCCCUCUCAAACUCAAGUGGUUCAGAGGGACAAAAGAGAUCGUAGCUGGACAUGGCUACGAUUUCUCCCUGGAUGAUAACAAAGUUCUAUUAGAACUUUACAACGUGGACAAAUCUCAUGCUGGAGAGUACACCUGUCAGAUCAUUAAUGACGCAGGAAAAGAAAGCUAUCCAGUGAAUCUCACUGUCAAAGAGCCAGCAACUUUCUCAAAGAAGCUGAAGGACAUAUCAGUUGAGAAGGGCAAACCAUUAACCCUGGAGUGUACAUACACGGGCACCCCCAUGAUCACUGUGAGCUGGUACAAAGAUGGCCAGCAGAUCUUUGCUUCAUACAAAUACAACAUUACCACAACAGAAAGCUCCUGUAUCUUAGAGUGUCUCAGCACUGAUAACAAGGAGGCUGCAGGAAAAUACUGCUGCCAAGUGUGCAACGAUGCUGGGAAAGACACGUGUGAGGCAGUGGUUUCUAUCCUCGAGCCACCAUAUUUUACUGAGUCACUGGAGCCCAUGGAGGUGACAGCUGGAGAUGCUGUCUGUCUGAAAUGUCAGGUUGCAGGCACACCUGAGAUCAAGGUGUCCUGGUUCAAGGCUGAUGGCAAAGUCAGGUCUAGCCCCACCUGCAAGCUGGAGUACACAAAGGGUGUUGCCUGUUUGAAGCUAAGUAAAGCCACCAAGUCCGAUAUCGGAGAGUACACCUGCAAGGCAGAGAACAGGAUUGGCUCUGCUUCCUCCAGCUGCAGACUCAAUGUGCAAGAAGCUAAAACGCCACCAUCAUUCCCAAAGAAGAUCACCAGCCUGCAGCAAACUGAGGGCCAGCCAGUGCGCUUUGAGUGCCGCGUGGCUGGCUCAUUGCCCAUCGAGGUGUCCUGGCUGAAAGACGGCAAACCUCUGAGUCAGGGGGAGGAGUUCUCCAUGCUGUACGAUGAUAACACAGCUGUUCUGCAGAUCAACAACAGUGAGAUGAGGCACUCUGGGGAGUACACUUGCGUGGCCACCAACAGUGUGGGCUCAGCUUCAUGCAGAGCCAAGCUCACUCUGCAAGAACCCAGAUACCCUCCGGUAUUUGACAGGAAAUUGUCACUACAGGAGGUGACAGUGGGUGACAGCAUUGAGCUGGAAUGUCACAUGACUGGUUCUACCCCCAUUAAAGUCACUUGGUCUAAAGACCACAAAGAUAUUCGCUCUGGGGGGAAUUAUAAGAUUAGCUGUGUGGAUAAUACACCUCACCUGACCAUUCUGAAGGCAGAUAAAUCAGAUACAGGGAGAUACUUCUGCCACGCCUCUAAUGACAUGGGGAAGGACUCUUGUUCCUCUGAUAUCACUGUCAAAGAGCGCAAAAAUCCUCCAGUGUUCACCAAAAAGCCCUCAGAGCACAUCGAGGACAUGGAGGGCAAACUGGUGAAGAUUGAGGGCCGAGUCUCCGGGUCGCAGCCCAUUUCAGUCAGCUGGUUCAAAGAUGAUAUGGAGAUACAGAGUUCUGACAAGUAUGACAUCAGCUUUAAGAGUAAUGUGGCAGUGCUGUGCAUUAAAAACAGCCAAGUGAUUGACAGCGGAAGGUACUCGUGCCAGGCCUCUAAUGAAGCUGGGAAAGCCUCCUGUGAUGUCACUGUUGGCAUCUCAGAGGCCAAGAAGCCCCCAGUGUUUGACGUACCUCUCAAACCAGCAACUGUGGAUGACGGCGAAAAGCUAAUUCUCAGGUGCCAUGUCUGUGGAUCUUCCCCUCUGAAGAUCCAGUGGAUGAAGGACAGGAAGGAGUUGACACCAUCCAGCAGCACUAGAAUCAGCUUUUCUGAUGGCACAGCAUGUCUGGAGAUCAGCACAGUCUCUAAACUCAAUGCUGGUGACUACCUCUGCAAGGCUACCAAUGAGGCUGGCAGCGAAUUCUGCAAAGCCAAAGUCACUGUCAAAGAGAAACCUGGAGCAGCUCUGUCUCCUGCUGAAGCUCCAGCAGCUUCUCCAUCCAAAAAAAUGGACAAUCUGUUCUUCAUUGAAGAGCCUAAAACUGCACACGUUACCGAGAAGGGAACCGCCACCUUCAUCGCAAAGGUGGGUGGUGACCCCAUUCCCAGUGUGAAGUGGAUGAAAGGGAAGUGGAGGCAAGUGACCCACGGUGGCCGGAUCUCCAUUGAACAGAAGGGCCAAGAGGCCAAACUGGAGAUCAAAGAAGUGACAAAAUCGGACUCUGGUCAGUACAGGUGUGUCGCCUCCAACAAACAUGGCGAGAUCGAGUGCAGCACUGACAUGCACGUAGAGGAAAAGAAGGACGUAGUGAUGCUUGAGGGAGACCUCCGCGCUAAACUGAAGAAAACUCCAUCAAAGCAAAAGAGCCCACAGGAGGAAAAAGACAUUGACAUAGUUGAGCUGUUGAGAAACGUGGACCCGAAAGAGUAUGAGAAAUACGCCCGGAUGUACGGUAUCACUGACUACCGAGGCCUACUGCAUGCAAUUGAGCAGCUCAAAAAAGAGAGAGCUGAAGAAAGUGGAAGACAAGAGGUAGACCGUGGAGACAGAGAGUCUGAUGAGGACAUGGCCAGGCUGGUGGCUGACCUGCAGAAGAGGAUGGAACGGACUGAGCCUGUCACUGUGGUGAAGGACAUUUCCAAUCAAUCUGUCUUCAUUAAUGAAGAAGCAGUGUUCGAGUGUGAGAUCAAGAUCAACUACCUAGAAAUCACGCUGUCCUGGUACAAAGGCACACAGAAACUUGAUACUAGCGACAAGUACAAUAUCACCAUCAGCGGCGACCGCCAUCUGCUCAGGAUCAAGAACUGCCAGUCAUCUGACCAGGGCAACUACAGGGUGGUGUGCGGGCCCCACAUAUCCAGUGCCAAGCUCAGUGUCAUGGAGGUGGAGGUUGAGAAACAUCUACAGGACACAAUGGGUAAGGAAGGCCAGUCAUGUACUAUGUCUUGUCAGAUGUCCAUCCCUUAUGUAGAGGCUCAGUGGUUCAAAAAUGGAAAGCAGUUAGAAAUGAAGGACAGGUACACAUCUGAGGUGAAACACAAGGUUCAGAAGCUACUGAUCAGAGACCUGAAGCCUGAAGACCAAGGAAGAUACACCUGCAAGUACCAACAGCUGGAGUCUUCAGCAGACCUCUGGGUGGAAGCUGAACAAAUUCAUUUCACCAAACGCAUCCACAACAUCGAAGUCAAUGAGCGACAGUCAGCCACCUUUGAGUGUGAAGUGUCCUUUGACAAUGCCAUUGUUUCAUGGUACAAAGACACCUGGGAACUGAAAGAGAGCCCUAAGUACAACUUCAGAAGCGAGGGCCGAAGACAUUUCAUGGUCAUUCAAAACGUGACUGUUCAAGACGAAGGCGUGUACUCAGUAAUUGUGAGGUUGGAACCCAGGGGAGAAGCUAAGAGCACAGCUGAGCUUUAUUUGUCUGGCAAAGAAAUUGAAUUAGCAAUGGUCCCCAUUGAUAUGCCAGAUUCCUCUGUUCAGAGGCCUGAAGUGCCUACGUCAGUUGCAAUUCAAGAAUCUUAUGAAUUCUAUCAUUAUGAAGAAGAGAUUGAAGCAGUUGUAAGAGUUGCCAUUGAGGAGACAAUGGAGACCAAACAAGUUCAAAUGAGAGAGGAAAUCCCAACAAAAGUUGAGGAAAGGCCUGAAGAGAAACCAACACCAGCAUCACCACAGAGAGAGCCUGAAGCCAGAAAGCAAGUGGAGGAAAAGAUUGCUGUGGUUUCAGUCCCAGAAAAGGAUGUUCCUGUUCCCAGAGAAACAGAGGAAGUUAAAAGGCCGACUGCUUCCCCACCUCCACCUACUGAGAAGCCUGGAGUGCCAAAGAAAGAUGAACCCAAGCCUCAGGUGUCAGCAGACUCCAAAGUAGUGCCCCCUAAAGCUAAGCCUGAAGCUGAGCCCAAGCCCAAACCCAAAGUAGAACCAGAAGCAAAGCCAGUGCCUACACCCAAAGCGGAACCAGAAGCAAAGCCAGUGCCUACACCCAAAGCAGAACCCAAGGUUAAACCUGAACAAAUCCCCAAGCAGGAGCCUGAAGCUAAACCAGUACCAGUAAAGAAAAUGGUGACGCCACCAUCCAAAGUCCCUGAAGAAGCUGCAAAACCAGAUCCAUCAAAGACCAGGCGCAAGCCAGCUGAAACCAGGCUAGAACCAGACAAACCUAAACCAGAAGCUCAUAAACCCGAGCCUUCUCUAACAAAACCAGAACCAAAAGAACCUGCAGUGGUUCCCAAGCCUGAACCUGUGGUGAAAAAAUCAGCAGAAAUAACAGCACCAAAGCCUGUGGUGCCAAAACCGGAACCCCCAGUGACCAAACCAGAACCAACUCCUGCACCAAAGGAACCUGCAAAAAAAGCAUCAGAAGAACCAGCAAAGAAGGAGGUUUCAGCUCCAAUCCAACCACCCCAACCUUCACUUGCACAACCAGAAAAGUUUGAGACAGAGGAACAAGCGCCACAGAAGAAACCUGUGGCAGUUAAAGUUCCUGUGGAGGAAAAAAUAACUGAGCUUCCGAAAGCAGCCAAGAAAGCAGAGCCUGCUGUCGUUCCACCAAAGGAAGAACCAACAAGGAAAGAGAAAGCUUUGAAGCUCGAACCUAAACCUGUACCUGAAAAAAGCUAUCAGAAGGUGUUUGAUGAGGUUGCUGUGUUGGAGCCUGAACCUGUGAAGCUUCCUGAGAAAAUAUCUGAAUCAGUACCCGAGAGACGCUUGGAGAAAGUGCUGAAACCCGAGAAAGCCAUGAAGGAAAUUCCAAAGCUGGAGCCAGAAAAAUUACCUGAGAAAGUACCAGAAAAACCACGUGAGGAAAAAGUCCCAGAGGAGGCUCUUCCUAAGAGGAAGCCUGUAAAGGUUCCUCAGAAGGUGGUUGAGGAAGCUUUGAUUACUGAGAAGCAGACAUCUGUAAGCACUGAGGAAAUCAAAGUUGAGCUCAUUUCAAAGAAGCAAACAGAGAAGAUCUCUGUAGAGAAAACAGUUCACGUAAAGGCCCCUGAUGCAAUACCUGAUAUCGUAUCUAAGGCCAAGCCUAAACAAGAGGUAGAAGAAAUGCUUCCUAAAGAAACCGAAGCUAAGAAGAUUGAGAGGAUUCUGCACACAGAGAUUGAACAGGAUAUAAAAAUGUAUGCUACUAAAAAAGCUGCAAGUUUUGAGAAGACUGAAGAAGAACAAUGGGAAAGCAAAGGAGCUCAGGAGAUACAGGAAAUGUAUUAUGUGACAGAACAAGUACCUUUUACAGAAGCUGUCUGGGAGCGUGAACAAGUAGUAGAAGAACAUGCUGAAGUCUGGUAUGAAGAUGUGGCUCCACUGGACAGGGCAGUGGUGGUAUUGGUAGAAACAGAUGUCUUAAGUACAACAGAAACACAGAGCCAACAAGAUAACAGGUCUGAAGUGAGAGGUGAGCUAUCUGCUACUGAUACUUCAAAGAGGAAGGAAAGCAGCGUGGCUAAACAAAGAAUCAGCCCGAAAAAACCCGAGGCUGUAGUUUUAGCCCAGGACUCUGAAUCGAAGCUCACAAUACUACAAGAUAAACCUUCAAAAGAAAAAACAGAGUAUUUUGUCAAGGCAGUUGAGUCACCAAGCAAAGAAAUUACAGAUGAAAGGAAAGACAGUGCAUCAGUUAGCCACCAACAAGACAAAAAAGCUAUACACGAAGCCAGCUUUGAACCUAAAAAGAGAGCGAAGAGCACUGAAACAGAAAGCAAAGAGAGACGCGCGAAAGAAAAAUCCGAGGAGCCUACUUCAUUCAAAGAGAAGGAAACACUGAAAGAUGUCACGGUGGCGACAAAGGCAGAUGAAACCAAACCUUCCUCGGUUGUGAUCACCACAGAAGCAAGAAAACUGACUGAAAACCUGGAAGCUGAAACAAAGGCUUUAGCUGAAGUCACCUUUAAGGAAGCAGUCGAUCGUGACGUAUCAGUGACUCCACAUGAAAAACACAGCAAUGAAGUUUCAGAGAUGACAAGAGCACUGAGGGAAGACACAGUUAAAGGUAAAGAAGCAACAAUCGUUCACACUGCAGUGAAAAUGGAAGAAAAGAGAAAAGAGGAAGCACUCGUCACCCCUGAACGUGAGCAAAGUGCACACAAAGUAUUUGAAAAGAAAACGGAGAAUAAGGUGAAAUCUGAGGAAAUGUUUUAUGCAGAAACAGAGAUUGUUGCUGUAAAACCCUCAGUAACAGAUACUGACGUGACAAAAAUGAUCAAACAGGGGUUGGAAUUUGAAUCUGUUUCUGCAAAAACUGAACUCAAAUACAAGAUGACAAAGGAAACAAAAGAAUCUUUAUCCGAGGAUCCUCUUCAGACAGUUCCUUCAGUGCCAUUAAAGCCAGACGAGAAAAGGAUUCCUUCAAAAAAGUCUUCCAGAGAAACAGAAGACACGAUUCUCACUGCUGCUCCUGAUGCUUUGUCGCCUGAAACACAAGUUGCAGCUAAAACAGAAAGACUAGAGAGAGUUCUUGUAAAGGAGAAGGAGUUGGUGCCAGAAAUCAAAGAAUCACUGGUAAAGCCAGCUGCUCCACAAAAAGAGAGCAAACCACAAGCUGCUGUUAAAGAUCAAGAAACUGCCAAAAAGCCUGAAGUCACUGAUAAUGCCAAGUUGAAAAAGACAAUUACUCCACCAGAAGAAAAGCCAGUGGUCGCGACAAAGCCCGUUAUGGCGGCUGAAGAACCAACUAAGAUGAUUGCAGAGGAGGAAAAACCACUAACAAAAAAGAUAUCACCUGGAACAGAUGAAUCCAAGGGGCCAGUCCAAGCACCAGGAGGAGUCAAGAAAGAAACAGUUCUACACAAAAAAGGUCAAAAGGUCAAAUUGGAAGAGGAUGUGACGUUUGAGAUCCCCACGUUGAGAAAGACAACCAGGGUCAUGAGAGAGGUGGAAGAAGAACAAGAGAUUAUCAUAUUGAAGAAGAUCCCAUCAGUUCCACAAAAAGAGCCUGAACAAGAGGAAUUACCUCUGGUCACCAAGACCACAGUUGUUAAUGUUGAGGAGAUGGUACAUAAAGAAGAAGCUGCUGAGAUUAUGUUUGUCACCACGAGAUAUGAGGAGGAGAAGAAGCUAAAAGAGAAAGCAGAUGUGGUGAAAAAGCCAAAAGUUAUUCAACCUAAAGAAGAAAAGGAAGAGAAAGAGACUCCUAAAGAUGCGUGGACCCAGCAGAAGCCUGGCCCAAAAGAUGAGAAACCCAAAGAUACCAUUUCUCUGAAGAAAACUCCCAAGACACCUAAGGAGGAGGAAAGUGCCCCACCCAGUACAGCCCUAAAGAAAGUUAAAAAAUUGCCUUUGGAUGAAGUGGAACCAGAAGUAGUCAAACUGAAACCCUUCGAGAAGCCUCUUAAACCAGCAGAGGAUCCAGAGAAAGACAAGAAGGAGAGGCCAGAGAAGGACACGUCACCUUUUCAGAAGGGGGAAAGGCUUCCCAGACAGGUGGAAACCACAGAACCUCCAAAGCGAUCUGAGAAAGAACCUGUUGAAGUAAAAGAGCCACCAGCCAAGGUGCCAAAACCAGGAGACCAAAAGAAAUCUCCAGAGAAGGAGCCUGAAGAGGACAAAAGGCCAAAAAAGGUGAAGAAGAUUCCAACAGUGGAACCAGAGAUAGAAACAGUCAAGUUGAAGCCCUUUGACAGGCUGGCCAAACAGGCUACAGAGCCUGAGAAGAAACCCGCAGAGGAGAAAGAAAGGAGGCCAACUGAUGAUCUGCCAAAACGUCACACAAGUCCAGCUGAGACCCCUGAAGAACGGAAACAACAGGCUAAACCAAAGAAACCUGAGAUCCCAGAAGCUCCAGAGAAGAAGCCGGUGAAACCGGAGAAGGUAGAUGUAGCUCACUUGGAAAAGACCAUACUUCCUGUUCCAGCCCCCGCUGAGAAACUUGAAAAGGUUCUCGAGGAGAAAAAACCUCUGCAAGUGAAGAAAAAAGUGUUAUCAAAGGAAAAAGAGGAAGUAUCUCUAAAACCUGUAGAGCAGCUCAAGAAGGUAGAGCUCAAAAAGACUCCCUCCCCGAAAGUUGAGAAACUUAAAGAAGCAGAGAAAGUUGCAGCUGAGAGAAGGCCAAGUCUUGACAAACUCAAAAAGCUUCCUAAAACUGUUUCACCCAAAGAAUCUAUUGAGGAUGUGAUUCUAAAAAAAGUCCCAAAGAAGCCUUUGCAAGAGGAAGCCAAGGUUAAGGAACCGGCAAAGCCUGAUGAAGGAAAGGUUCCCUUGGUAAAGGAAGUCUCUCCUGGAGCCGUGGAGAUGAAGAAGGUUGCCACUCAGGCAGAGGAGGAAGUAUUUGAAGAGGAGUUUGAAGCUGAGAAUGAGGCUGUGCCAGAGGGAGAGGAGGCAUGGGGCUGGGAGCUGGUUCCAGAGGAGAGUUACGAGCUAGAGGACUGGGAAGGUGAAGCAGAGGAAGGUGCUGUGAAGGUUCCAGGGGUGGCCAGGAGAGAGGGACAACCAACAGAGGAAGCAGGAAGAGGUAGAGGUAGAGGGCUGAAACCUAAGCAGACCCCAUCUCCUGGAGAGGGCAGGGGUCGGGGGCUGAGGCCUGGUGGGAAAGGACCACCACCACCAGAGGAACCUUUUGCAGGGUUCAAGCUCAAAGCUGUCCCGCUGAAGUUUAUCAAAAAGCUUCAGAACAUUGUUCUGCAGGAAGCCGAGUCUAUCGGCUCAUCUGCUGUCUUUGAAUGUGAGGUCUCACCUUCCACUGCUGUUACUUCUUGGAUGAAAGAUGGUAGCAAUCUCCGUGAGAGCCCCAAGCACAAGUUCACUUCAGAUGGCAAAGAUCGCAAAUUGAACAUCAUUGAUGUCCAGCUGUCUGACACUGGGGAAUAUACGUGCGUGGCCAAGAACGCUGGCAAAGAGAUAUCUUGCACCGCCAAGCUUAUCGUUGAAGAGCUACCUGUGAAAUGGAUCAAAGAACUGGGAGAGGAGACAUCAGCAAUCAAGGGUCAGCCUCUGUAUAUGACCUGCGAGCUGAACAAAGAGAGGGAUGUGAUAUGGAAGAAGAAUGGUGAGGUCCUCAAGAAAAAGGAGGGCAAGAUUCAGAUCAAUAUCAUUGGUAUGCAGCACGCGGUGACCAUCCAGAACUCCACGGAGGAGGACGCCGGUGUUUUCUCAUGUGAAGUGGCUGGACAGGAAGACGUUAAGACUACAACAAAUGUCAAAGUGAUUGAAAUUGUCAAAGACUGGAUAGUGAAACCACUGAGAGAUCAGCAUGUAAAACCAAAGGCUGCUGCAACAUUUAAAUGCGAGCUUUUCAAGGAAACUCCCAACUGGAAGUGGCUCAAAGGAGAGAAUGAAGUCCAGCCAUCUGACAAGAUUGAGAUCAAGAAGGAAGGAAAGGAGCUGACGCUCGUCAUCAAGAACUGCCAGCCUGAUGACGUAGCAGAAUAUGCGCUGGAGGUGGAAGGACGCAUCUACACUGCCAAGCUAACACUUGGAGAGCGGGAGGCUGAGAUCCUAAAGCCUUUGGUCAGCGUCGAGGUGGUUGAGAAGGAAGAUGCCAUGUUUGAGACUGAGAUUUCUGAGGACGACAUUCCUGGGGAAUGGAAGCUCAAAGGAGAGGUUUUGACCAGAUCCCCGACAUGCGACAUCCAAAUGGAAGGUACAGUGCGUAGACUCAAGCUAAAAAACUGCCAGCUGGACCAGGCGGGAGAAGUGACCUACACGGCUCUGAACGCCAUAACCAGCGCCAUGCUUAAUGUCAAAGAAGUCGAAAUGGACUUUGUUGUCCCGCUGAAGGAUGUUUCUGUGCCAGAAAAGAAACAAGCUAAGUUUGAAUGCACCAUCACAAAAGAUGUUUUUAAAGUCAUGUGGUAUAAAGGGGCUGACAUCAUCACCCAAGACCAAAAAUAUGACAUCAUCGACGACGGAAAGAAGCACAUGCUGAUUAUAAACUGCUGUGAGUUUGAUGACGAGGACGAAUACAUGAUUGAAGUUUUAGGCAAAACCUCAAAAGCUAGACUCACAGUGGAGGGUAUCAGGCUGAAAUUUAUCUCACCAAUAAAGGAUCAAACUGUAAAGGAAGGCAAAACAGCUCGCUUUGAGCUGGAGCUUUCUCACGAGAACAUCCCCAUCACCUGGUACAAGAACGACAACAAAAUUCAUCCGAGCAGAACUGUUGUCAUUCACGUGGAUGGAAAGAAGCACACACUAGAAAUGAGAGAAGUGACUCUAGAUGAUAUCUGCCAAAUUAAGGCUGAGGCCAAAGGAAUUCUUUCCAUGGCCAACCUGACAGUUAUAGAGGGAGAUCCGUACUUCACAGUUAAGCUGCAGGACUAUACUGCAGUGGAGAAAGAUGAGGUGGUUCUAGAUUGCGAGCUCAGCAAAGAUGUCGAUGUCAUGUGGUACCACAAUGAGGCCGAGAUCAAAGCUUCUAAGACGGUGAACAUUAAAGCUGAAGGCAAACGCAGAGUCCUCAUAAUCAAGAGAGUUGGGGACAAAGACAAAGGACAGUACCUAUGUGACUGUGGAACAGACAAGACGACAGCGACUCUUCACAUUGAAGCUCGUCACAUAAAGGUGGUUCGGCCGAUGUAUGGCGCUGAGGUGUUUGACGGAGAGACAGCUCGAUUUGAGGUUGAGCUCAGUGAAGACGAUGUCCAUGGCCAGUGGAAACUGAAUGGGGAACUCCUCAGUCCAUCCACUGAUGUUGAAAUCGUGGAGGACGGUGCCAAACAUACUCUGGUCUUGUACAACUGCAGAGUACCUCAGACCGGCGAGGUCAUGUUCACUGCCGCUAAUGCCAAAUGUUCUGCUAACCUGAAAGUGAAGGAGGUCCCAGUGUCAUUCAUUACACCUCUGGCUGAUGUACAUGUGUAUGAAAAGGAUGAAGCAAAAUUUGAACUAGAAAUUUCCCGGGAGCCCAAAAGCUUCCGUUGGCUGAAGGGAUCUCAAGAGUUGUCAACAGAUGACAAGUUUGAACUCCAUGUGGAAGGAAAGAGACACAGUCUUUUUGUAAAAUCUGCCAGAUAUGAAGAUGAAGGUAAAUACAUGUUCGAGGCUGAGGAUAAGAGGACAUCCGGAAAGUUGAUUAUCAAAGGUAUUCGCCUUGCAUUUAUCAAGCCAAUAAGAGAUGUGACCGUAAAGGAACGUGAAACUGCAGAGUUCAGCGUUGAACUCUCUCAUGAAAAAAUCCCAGUCGUCUGGUACAAAAAUGACGUCCGUUUGCACCCCAGCAAAGUGGUGCACAUGUCCGAGGAAGGAAAAGUGCACACACUGGCCUUCAAGGAGGUCACAAUUGAUGACACGUCUAUGAUCAAAGUGGAGGCGAUGGCCAAGACUUCAGAGGCCAUGCUCACCGUUCUGGAGGGCGACCUGUACUUCACAGUGAAGCUCCAGAAUUACACCGCUGUUGAGAAAGAUGAGGUGAUUUUGUCCUGCGAGUUGAGUAAGGCCGCUGCUGAGGUCAAAUGGUUCAAAGAUGGCGAAGAAAUCUUUCCCUCCAAGAACAUUUCCUUCAAAUCUGAUGGCAAGAAACAUAUGUUGGUCAUCAAGAAGGCAGCAAAGGGCAACAUGGGCGCUUACAGCUGCGACUGUGGAACUGACAAAACUACUGCUGACCUUAACAUCGAAGAACGUGACAUCAAGGUUGUCCGCCCACUGUACAGCGUGGAAGUUACAGAGACCGAGACGGCGAAGUUUGAGACAGAGAUUUCUGAGGAGGACCUUCAUGCCACCUGGAAACUGAAGGGCGAGACACUUCAUCUGUCUGCUAAUGUGGAGAUCAAGGAGGAAGGAACCCGGCACUUAUUGAUCCUCUAUAACUGCAAAAUGGACAUGGCUGGAAGUGUUGACUUUGCAGCAGCGAAUGCCAAAUCCUCAGCUCAGCUCAGGGUCAAAGCCCGAGUGAUUGGCCUCCAGAGGCCUCUGAAGGAUGUUACCGUGACUGCUGGGGAGACUGCCACCUUUGAGUGCGAGCUGUCAUACGAAGGCAUUGCUGUCGAGUGGUUCCUGGGGGGUACAAAGCUGGAGCCAAGCGAUAGAGUGGUGUUGAAGGCGGAGGGUAAAGUCCACACCCUGACUCUACGCAAUGUCGAGCAAAACGAAGCCGGACAAAUCAAACUCGCAGCCAAAGACUUCCAGACUGAGGCCAGUCUUACUGUCAAAGAACCACCAGUGGAGUUCACUAAGCCUCUGGAGGACCAGACAGUGGAAGAGGAGGCCACGGCCACACUCGAAUGUGAAGUUUCCAGGGAAAAUGCAGAAGUGCGAUGGUUCAGGGAUGGACAGGAGAUCCGCAAGACAAAGAAAUAUGAGAUGAUCGUUGACGGCUGCAAGCGAGCGCUGGUCAUCCACGACUGCACUUUGGAUGACUCAAAAACAUAUGCUUGUGAUGCUAAAGACUUCAAAACCUCAUGCUUCCUCAAUGUUGAACCUCCACACAUUGAGUUCUCAAAGCCACUCCACGACGUCGAGGUUGUAGAGAAGGAAUCAGCCAGGUUUGAAUGUGAAGUGUCCAGAGAAGAUGUCAAAGUCCGCUGGUUUAAGGACGGAAAUGAAAUCAGAAAGGGAAAGAAAUAUGAAAUUAUUGCACAAGGUCGCCAGCACAUCCUCAUCAUCCACAAGUCUGUGUUUGACGAUGAGGCUGAAUACGAAUGUGAUGCAAAGACCUCAAAGUCCUCUGGCAUGCUCACUGUCGUUGAGGAGGAGACAAGGUUCACCAAGAACCUGUUCAAUGUGGAGGGAACUGAGACCGACAGUGUAAAACUUAUUUGUGAAGUCUCCAAACCCAGCGCAGACGUUAUCUGGUACAAAGGAGACACGGAGCUGCCAGAGGGUGGCCGCUAUGAGCAAAUUGUAGAUGGGAAGAGAAGGAUACUCCUGAUCAAGGAUCUGAACAUGUCUGAUGCUGGAGAGUACAACUGCAGGCUAAGUCCCAGCAACAAAACUUCAGGAAAUCUCAAGAUUAAUGAAUUAGCUGCUGAAUUCAUCUCAAGGCCACAAAGCCUAGAAGUGGUGGAAGGAGAGAAGGCAGCGUUCACGUGCUCCGUAUCCAAGGAGACCUAUGAAGUCAAAUGGAUGAAAGAUGACGUGGAGCUUGAGGCCGGAGAGAAAUACCAGAUAGUCACCGAUGGCAAGAAACGAAUCCUUGAAAUCAAGGACUGUGAACUUAAAGAUGAGGGUGGAUACAUAGUUAUGAUUGGACCAACUAGAGCCAGCGCCGACCUUACUGUGCUCGAGAGACUGAAAAUCAUCACCCCUCUAAAAGACACAGAGGGCAAAGAAGGUCAGGAGGUCGUCCUGAACUGUGAGGUCAACACAGAGGGAGCAAAGGCCAAGUGGCUGAAGAACGACGACACCAUAUUUGAGAGCAGCAAGUACGUAAUAACCCAGAGAGACAAUGUCUUCUCCCUGAGAAUCAAAGAUGUCCAGAAGGGAGACGAAUCCAACUACAGCAUCAACUUGACCAAUCAGAGAGGAGAGCAUGCCAAGAGCAACUGCAGCCUGACCAUCAGAGAGGAGAGUCUAAGAAUAGUGGUUCCCCCGGAGGACAUUGACACUCAGGAGAAGAAGACCAUCAGCUUCUCUUGUAAGGUCAACAGGCCCAAUGCUACUCUGAAGUGGAUGAAGGCCGGUGAGGAGAUUACCCUCAGCAAACGCAUUGUCUACAGAGUUGACAAAGACAAGCAUACGCUUACCAUCAAAGACUGCACCCUGGCCGAUGAGGGUGAAUACACAGCUGUAGCCGGAGACGACAAAGCCACAGCAGAGCUCAUCAUCAGCGAGGCACCGACGGAUUUCAACGUGCACCUAAAAGACCAAACAAUCACUGAGUUCGAGGACGCAGAGUUUACAUGCAAGUUGACCAAAGAGAAAGCUGAAGUCAAGUGGUACAGAAAUGGCCGAGAGAUCAGAGAAGGACCCAGAUACAUAUUUGAACGAGAUGGAAAGAUUUGCACUUUGCGCAUCAAGGAAUGCAGACCUGAUGAUGAAUGUGAAUAUGCCUGUGGUGUGGAGGAGAAGAAAUCCAGAGCCAGGCUUUUUGUUGAAGAGACCCCAGUGGAAAUCAUCAGACCCCCGCAGAACGUGUUUGAACCUCCAGGCUCGGACGUUGUAUUUGAGGUGGAGCUCAACAAAGACAGAGUGGAGGUGAAGUGGUUGAGGAACAAUAUGACCGUUGUCCAGGGAGACAAAUACCAGAUGAUGAGCGAGGGUAAAGUCCACAGAUUGCAGGUCUGUGAGAUCAGACCUCGGGACCAGGGAGAGUACAGAGUCAUUGCCAAGGAUAAAGAUGCAAAGGCCAGGCUGGAACUGGCAGCUGUGCCUCAGAUAAAGACCACUGACCAGAACUACGUCACAGAUGUUGGAAAGCCUGUUAUCAUGGUCGUCCCCUACAGUGCCUAUCCACAAGCUGAAGCUGACUGGCUGUACAACAACCUGAGUCUGCAAAAAGACAACAUCUACACCUCAGCUGAGCACACAGAGUACCGAUUAAAGAACCCCAAGAAAGUCGACGAGGGCUCCUACAAGAUCAUCAUCAAAAACAAACAUGGAGCGGGAGAAGCUUUCAUCAACCUGAAUGUCAUUGAUGUCCCAGGACCUGUGAAGAACCUCCAGGUGACUGACACUGCAGAUGGUGAGAUCAGCCUAGCAUGGGAGGAGCCUGAGAGCGAUGGCGGCAGUAAAGUCAUCGGCUACGUAGUGGAGAGACGUGAUGAGAAACGUAAGACCUGGACACUCGCCACCGAUCAUGCCGAAAGUCCUGAAUACACAGUGACCGGCCUCCAGAAGGAGUCCAAGUACCUAUUCAGAGUCUGUGCCCGAAACCGGGUUGGCAGCGGACCCACUGUGGAGACUGACGAAGCUGUGCAAGCUAAGAACAAGUUUGAUGUUCCUGAAGCUCCUCUGAAUGUGAUCGUGGGAAACGUCACCAAGUUUGGCUGCACUCUGUCUUGGGAGCCUCCCACGUCAGAUGGAGGCUCUCCCAUUACCUCUUAUAUCAUUGAGCUCCGCGACAGGACGUCAGUGAAGUGGUCUCCUGUCCUGGUGGCCAAACCUGAUGACCUCAGUGCCAUCAUUAAUGAUGUCAUUGAGAAUAAAGAGUACAUUUUUAGAGUGAAAGCUGAGAACAGAGCCGGUGUCGGCAAACCCAGUGCUGCCUCACAGCCCGUCAAAAUCAUGGAUCCAAUCGAGCGUCCCAGCCCCCCUCUGAACCUGUCCUGGCAGGACCAGAACAAGAGCUCAGUGCAGCUCACCUGGGAGACUCCACUGAAGAACGGAGGCAGCAUGAUCACCGGAUACAUCAUUGAACGCUGUGAGGACGGUUCUGACAAGUGGCUCCGCUGCAACGCCCGUCUCUGCCCUGACCUCUUCUACAAGGUGUCAGGUCUGAAAUAUGGGACUAAGUACAACUACAGAGUGUUUGCUGAAAACGCUGCCGGAGUCUCUGAGCCUUCAAACAUCAUCGGACCUCUGCUAGCUGACGACCCACAUGUUGGUCCAAGCUUUGACCUGAGUGCUUUUAAAGAUGGCCUGGAAGUGAUUGUUCCCCAGCCUCUCACCAUCAGAGUCCCCAUAACUGGAUAUCCAAUACCUGUUGCUAAGUGGACCUUCGGAGAGAAGGAGCUAUCCAGCGUGCAUGAUGAGCGGGUUUUCCUCAUGACAAAGUCAACAUUUACAGAACUAAUGGUCACUCCGAGUGUCCGUCCAGACAAAGGCAUCUACACGCUACAUCUGGAGAAUGAUGUCACAUCGGUCUCUGGAGAGAUUGAAGUCAAUGUUAUUGCUGCACCCAGUGCUCCAAAGGACUUCAAGGUCCUUGAGGUGACUCGGCAGCAUGUCCACCUGAGCUGGGAGGCUCCAGAGCAUGAUGGAGGAAGUCCUCUGAUUGGCUACCAGGUGGAGAAACGAGACAUGUCCCGCAAGACCUGGGUCAAGGUGACCACAGGGAUCCAGGAUCUGGAGUUCACCGUUACUGACGUGGUUGAAGGGAAGGAGUAUUUGUUCAGAGUCACCGCCUGCAACAAAUGUGGACCGGGAGAGCCAGCAUAUAUUGACGAGCCAGUUAACGUCUCCUCUCCUGCAACUGUCCCCGACCCUCCAGAAAACCUGAGGUGGAGGGACAAGUCAGCCAGUGGCAUCUUCCUGACCUGGGAGCCGCCAAAGUAUGAUGGCGGAAGCGGCAUCCGGGGCUACAAUGUUGAACGCUGUCAGAGAGGAACGGAUAAGUGGGAGCCCUGUGGGGACUUGGUACCUGAGCUGAAGUGUCAGGUGACGAAUCUUAUUGAGGGUCAGUGGUACUCUUACAGAAUCAGAGCCCUGAACCGACUUGGAGCCAGCCGGCCCUGCAAAGCCACUGAUGAGAUCCAGGCUGUUGAUCCUAAAGAGCCUCCAGAGAUCCAGCUGGAUGCCAAGCUUCUGGCUGGUCUGACUGCUAAGGCUGGCAGCAAGAUUGAACUUCCUGCUGAUGUGACAGGUAAGCCUGAGCCACGAGUCAAGUGGACCAAAGCCGACCUGGUCCUCAAACCAGACGACAGGGUGUCCAUCGACACCAAGCCAGGACACUCCAUGGUCACCAUCGCCAAGACAAAGAGAGAUGACAGUUCCACUUAUAUCAUCGAAGCCACCAACAGCAGCGGUCGUGCCACUGCCACUGUGGAUGUCAACAUCCUUGAUAAGCCUGGUCCUCCUGCUGCUUUUGACAUUUCUGAAAUCACCAAUGAGUCCUGCUUUCUGGCUUGGAACCCUCCACGUGAUGAUGGUGGCUCCAAAGUUACCAACUAUAUUGUUGAACGGCGAGCUGCUGAUAGUGAGAUCUGGCACAGACUGUCCUCCACUGUGAAGCAGACCACAUACAAAGCUACCAGUCUGAUCAAGUUCAAGGACUAUAUCUUCAGAGUAUUUGCUGAAAACCAGUUUGGUGUUGGUCCAGCUGCUGAACACCCAUCAAUCACUGCUAAAUACCCCUUUGAUACUCCCGGGGCUCCUUACAAGCUGGAGGCUUCAGAUAUUGCAAAGGACUCUCUGAAUCUGAACUGGUAUGAGCCCGAUGAGGAUGGAGGAAGCCCAAUUACUGGAUACUGGGUGGAGAGAUACGAAGCUGACCAUGACAAGUGGAUAAGAUGCAACAAGCUGCCAGUCAAAGACACAAACUACAGGGUCAAAGGUCUUCCAACCAGGAAGAAGUAUAAGUUCCGAGUCCUUGCUGAGAAUCUGGCCGGAACUGGAAAACCCAGCAAGGAGACAGAUCCAAUCCUUGUUAAAGAUCCUAUUGACCCUCCAUGGCCCCCUGGCAAACCCACAGUGAAGGACGUAGCUAAGACGUCAUGCUUCCUAAUGUGGACCAAACCAGAGCAUGAUGGCGGAGCAAAGAUUGAUAGCUAUGUCAUUGAGAUGCUAAAGACCGGCACCACGGACUGGAUCCGCGUGGCAGAGAACAUCCCCAUGCUGGAAUAUUUCCUAAAGGGCCUGAUGGAGAAGCAGGAGUACUCGUUCAGAGUGCGAGCUGUUAACGUGGCUGGAGAGAGCGAACCCAGUGAACCCAGUGACCCAGUGCUCUGCAAAGAGAGACUCAACCCUCCCUCAGCUCCACGCUGGUUAGAGGUUGUCAACAUCAGCAGGAACAGUGCUGAGCUGAAAUGGGCGGUUCCUGAGCGCAAUGGAGGUUCAGCCAUCACCAACUACAUUGUGGAGAAACGUGAUGUGAGGCGUAAAGGUUGGCAGACUGUGGACACCACAGUCAAAGAGCUGAAGUGCGACGUGAAGCCGCUCAAUGAAGGGUCGCUUUAUGUGUUCCGUGUUGCUGCUGAAAACGCUGUGGGUGUUGGACCCUUCUGUGAGAUGGAGGACUCUGUGCUGGCAAAAGACACUUUCAGUACUCCUGGCCCACCUUACGCUCUCGCUGUCAGUGCUGUGACCAAAAGAUAUGUGGACUUGCAGUGGGAGGCACCGAAAAACGAUGGUGGAAGACCCAUCCUCAGGUAUUCCAUUGAGAAAAAAGAGAAGCUUGGAACUCGCUGGGUGAAAUGUGGGAAGACCUCGGGUCCAGACUGUAAGUACAGGGUAACAGACGUCAUUGAGGGAACAGAGGUUCAGUUCCAAGUCCGAGCUGAGAACGAGGCUGGCAGUGGACACCCAAGUGAACCCACCGAGAUUCUCACCAUAGAAGAUCCAACAGGCAUCCCAUCACCACCCAUUGAAUUACACGUGACUGGAGCCAGCCGAGACUUCCUGGCAAUUGCCUGGAAACCUCCACAAACAGAUGGCGGUGCCCCUGUCAGAGGAUACCACAUUGAGAUGUGCGAGGCUGGAACUGAGAAGUGGAUGAGGGUGAACUCCCGUCCAGUGAAGGAGCUCAAGUACCGUGUAGAGGAGGGUGUGACCCCUGAAAAGGAGUACAUUCUGAGAGUGAGGGCCGUUAACGCUAUCGGAGAGAGCGAACCGUCGGACAUCUCUGAAAAUGUCUUUGCCAAAGACUCUGACUGCAACCCAACUCUGGAAUUCCAGACUCUGGAUCUAGUUGUUGUGGAAACAGAAAAGCUGCACAUUCCAGUUCCCUUUAGAGCAGUCCCCUUACCUAAAAUCACCUGGCACAAAGAUGGCAAAGAGCUGAAGGCGGAUGAACGCCUUGGCUUUAGGAAGGAGUAUACCUCCUGUCACCUGGAGAUUGACAGCAGUCUUCAUGCCGAUGCUGGAGUGUACAAAGUGACACUAGAAAACAAGCUGGGAAGUGCCAGUGCCACCAUCAAUGUCAAAGUCAUCGGGCUUCCUGGUCCUUGCAAGGAAAUUGUGGCUUCUGAGAUCACAAAGAGCUCCUGUAAAGUUUCAUGGGAUCCACCAGAUUAUGAUGGUGGUAGUCCAAUUCUUCACUAUGUCUUGCAGCGGCGUGAGGCCGGCAGGAGGACAUACGUCAACAUAAUGUCAGGAGAGUGCAAGGUGAGCUGGGUGGUCAAAGAUCUCAUCCACAAUGGAGAGUACUACUUCAGGGUCCAGGCCGUUAACAAGAUUGGAGGAGGAGAGUUCAUCGAGCUCCGCAACCCAGUCAUCGCCGAGGACCAGAAACAUGCUCCUGACCCACCAGUGGAUGUGGAGACCCACAACCCCACAUCCAGUACUGUUACUCUAACCUGGAAGCCUCCCAUGUAUGAUGGUGGCUCCAAAAUCAUGGGCUACAUCCUAGAGAAGCAGCAGAAAGGAGAGGACAAGUGGGAGAGGUGCAAUGACUUCCUGGUGCCUGUACUAUCCUACACCGUCAGAGGAUUGAUAGAAGGAAAGAACUUCACCUUUAGAGUCAGAGCUGAAAAUGCUGCUGGGAUCAGUGAGCCAUCACGCAACACGCCAUUUAUCAAGGCCGCUGAUACCAUUGAUCCUCCAAAGGUUUUCCUGAGUGGCAGCUUACAGUCUGGUCUCGCCGUGAAGCGAGGCUAUGAGAUCUGCCUGGAUGCCAACAUUUCAGGAUCUCCGUACCCUCAGAUCACCUGGUACUGGAACAACCAAUCAAUUCAGCCUGAGCCACUCCGGAAGAGACCUGAAAAACCCCUGAAGAAGAAGGUGGAAAAGAAGGAAGAGGAAAAGAAGGAGGAAAAGGAGAAAGAAGAGGGGACAGCUGAGAAGAAAGAGGAGAAGGAGGGAGAGGUGAAAGAACCUGAGGAAAAAGAAGGCGAGGUGAAAAAAGAAGGCGAGGUGAAAAAGGAGGAGGAAGUUCCACAACCAGAGGUCGAGGAGCCAGACUACCCCACCAUAAAUGAACGCCUGGCCAUCGACAAUAGCCACAAGGGUGUAUCCUCUAUCGUUAUCAGGGACUCGAUUCGCCCUGAUCAUGGUGUCUACAUGGUGAAGGUGGAGAACGACCAUGGCAUUGCCUCGGCAACCUGCGAGGUCAACAUACUCGAUACUCCCGGGCCUCCCGUAAACUUUAGAUUCGAGGAGGUGAGGAAGAACUCUGUGAUCUGCAAGUGGGAUCCCCCUCUGGAUGAUGGUGGCAGCGAGAUUCUCAACUACACCCUGGAACAGAAAGACAACUCCAAGCUGGAGAUUGGUUGGAGCACCGUUACCGCAAUAUUGAAAGGAUGUCGUUACUUGGUGCCCAAACUCAUUGAAAAGAAGGAGUACAUCUUUAGGGUCGUGGCUGAGAACAAGUAUGGUGCAGGCCCACCCUGUGUCUCCAAACCGGUCAUUGCCAAGAAUCCUUUUGAACCUCCCGAAGCACCUGAUAAACCACAAGUUGAUGACAUCACAGCCAAUAGCAUGCUGGUCACAUGGAAUGAACCAAAUGAUAAUGGCAGCCCCAUCUUGGGAUACUGGGUGGAGCGCCGUGAGAUCAACAGCUCACACUGGGCACGUGUAAAUAGGAACAUCAUCCCUGUCCCUGAGCUAAAUGUUGAAGGUCUGAUCGAGGGGCUGACUUACAUCUUUAGAGUUGCUGCCGAAAACCAGGCCGGCCCUGGAAAGUUCAGUGUUCCCUCUGAACCCAAGACUGCCCAGCCAGCGAUUUUGCCUCCAGGUCCUCCAGUUGCCCGAGUGGCAGCAACUACUGACCACUCCAUCGAAGUUGAGUGGGACCCGCCUGCUGACAAUGGAGGUGGGGAAAUCCUGGGAUAUCAUGUGGAUAAGGCUAUGGCUGGUACCAAGGACUGGUCGAGAUCUACGGAACGUCCGUGGAAGACUCGGAACUUCACUGUUUAUGGAGUCAGAGAGGGAGCAAAGUACACGGUCAGAGUCAUUGCCUGUAAUGCUGCUGGAGAGGGAACACCAGGAUUCACAGAGUCUGUAUUCGUCAGAAAUCCUGCAGAGAUCCCAGUAAUUGAAUUGGAUCUGUCUGUCAAGAAUGGCGUCGUGAUCAGAGCUGGAGAAAACCUCCUUAUACCUGCUACAGUCACAGGUAAACCCUACCCAGCCAUCACCUGGACCAAGGAUGAUGGCAAACCCGACAAAGACCGUACAGAGAUCCUCACUGAGGACAACAACAGCAUCUUUUCAGUCAAGAAUGUCCAGAGGAAAGACUGCGGAAAAUAUCAAAUCUCCGCUUGCAACCCCAGUGGCAUCAAGUCUGCAUGGACCAGAGUGGAGGUCAUGGAUGUCCCGGGACCUGUCACAGACCUGAAGCCUGUUGUUGUCACUCGUAAGAUGAUCUUUCUGAACUGGGAUGACCCUGAAGACGAUGGAGGCAGUGACUUGACCGGCUUCCUCGUGGAGCGAAGAGAUCCCAAGAUGCACACAUGGAGGCAACCUGUUGAAACCGCCUCGUCCAAGUGUGAGUGUGUGGGCAUUAUGGAGGGACAAGAAUACCUGUUCCGUGUCAUCGCCAAGAACAAAUACGGCCUGGGCCCACCUGUUGAGCUAGGACCCAUCAAGGCUGUAGACCCACAGGGCCCGCCAUCAUAUCCUGAGAAGUUCCACUACACUGAACGCACAAAGAACUCCAUCACGUUCGCCUGGAAACCACCACGUAAUGAUGGCGGCAGCCCUAUCAUUGGUUACUUUGUUGAGAAAAAGAGGCAGGACCAGCAGGCCUUUGAGCCCUGCAACACUGAGAUCUGUCCCAACAUGACUAUGACUGUGGAGGGCCUGGAUGAUGCCUGGAUGUACGAGUUCAGAAUCAAGUGUGCCAACCUUAUUGGAGAGAGUGAGCCAUCCAUCCCACUGACUGUGGUUAUCCAAGAUGAUGAAGUGUCUCCUGAGAUUCACAUGCUGAAGCAGUUCAAAGGGGACACCAUUACUGUGAAGAAGGGUGAAUCCAUCGAGAUCCCAGCUGAUGUCCUGGGACUCCCCAUCCCUAAGAUUGAGUGGUCUAAGGAUGACAUAGUGAUCGAGAAGCCUACUGAGACUCUACUGAUGGAGACAAAUGUGACUGGCAGAAUGAAUUGCAAGACCAUGCUGUCCAUCCCAGCAGCCAACAGGAGGGACCGUGGCAGUUACACUGUGGCUGCCUCCAACAACAUGGGUUCAGCCACGCACACGGUCUAUGUCAUGGUGCUUGACCGACCAACUCCACCAAGGAAUGUGACAGUAACCAAUAUCAGAGGUGAGUCCUGCUACCUCAACUGGGACGCACCACUUGAUAAUGGCGGAAGUGAACUAACCAACUACAUCAUUGAGAAGAAGGAAGUGGUAACAGAGGUGCCUGAGGUGGAAGAGGGACAGGAAGCUCCACCUGAACCGCAGUGGGAGGAGGUUACAAAUAGUAUAAUUGAGAGAAAAUAUGGGGUCUGGAACCUGGAAGACAAAAAGACCUACCUUUUCCGGGUACGGGCUGAGAACCGCUACGGUAAAUCUGAUCCCUGCACAACUGAGGAAGUUCAAAUUAUAGACCCCUUCGGCCUUCCUGGCCCUCCAGAGAAACCAACAAUUGCAGAGUACUGCAAGACCUCCAUGACUCUAACCUGGGAACCUCCCAGAGAUAAUGGAGGCUCCACGAUUAUUGGUUACUGGCUGGAAAAAAGAGAGAAAGGUACUGCUUACUGGGCUAAAGUCAAUAAGAUGCCCAUCACAAAGAGGGGCAUGAAAGGCUGGGAGUACCAGGUGACACGUCUGUUUGAAGGAACAGAGUACGAGUUUAGGGUCGCAGCCUGUAAUUCAGCAGGAACCGGACCUUUCAGUGGACCAUCUGACUCUGCCUUUGCUGUUGACCCUCUCACUCCUCCAAGCAUGCCUGCUGCUCCCGAGGUGGCCGAUAAGACAAAACACAAUGUCACACUCUCCUGGAAACCACCAGAGAGUGAUGGUGGCAGUCCCAUCAAGGGCUACAUUAUCCAGAUACAGGAUGAGGGGACAUCAGAGUGGGUGAGAGUAAAUGAUCCUGAAACCCUGCACCCCACUACUGAGUUUACAGUGCCAAGCCUCCGCGAGCUGAAGCGCUACCGCUUCAGGAUCAUUGCUGUCAAUGACAUUGGAGAGUCUGAUCCCAGCCCCCGCACUAGUGAAGUUCUUAUUGAGGAUGUCCAACUUCCACCUUCAAUCACACUUGAUGUGAUGGCAGAUGACCUGGUUUCCAUCCGUGCUGGAGAUCCCAUUAGAAUCCCCACCACCAUCAAAGGCCGGCCCACUCCUAAGGUAACCUGGGACUUUGACGGCAAAGCCAAGUCGCACAAGAAAAACAAACUCCACACACUGCCUGUGGACUCUGAGGUGGAGUCCACAGACACCACUUCUGUUGUGACUAUACCUGUCAGUCUGAGGACUCACUCUGGACGUUACACCAUCACAGCCAAGAACAAGUCUGGACAGAAACACCUCAACAUCAGGGUCAUUGUCCUCGAUGUUCCCGGACCUCCAAAGGACUUAAAGAUUACUGACAUCACCCGAUCAACCAUGAGGCUGAUCUGGAAGCUCCCCGAUACAGAUGGAGGAGAGCGAAUCAAGAGUUACUUUAUUGAGAAGAAAUCUGUGACCGACAAGGCCUGGACCAAGGUUAAUGUAGCCUGUGCUAGCCAGGCCUACGUGGUGCCAGGACUGCUAGAGGGUCAGGACUACCUGUUCAGAGUGCGAGCAGAGAACCGAUUGGGAUUCGGCCCGUUCACUGUCACCACUGAACCUGUCCGGGCCAGAGACCCCAUCUACCCACCUGACCCCCCCACCAAGCUGAAGGUUAACCUGGUGACAAAGAACACUGUCACCUUGAGCUGGGAGGCUCCCAAAAAUAAUGGUGGCUCUCCUGUGAAGCAUUACAUCAUUGAACGAUUGAGCUGGGACACCACCGGCAAGGAGAAAGAGACCUGGAAACAGUGCAACAAGAGAGAUGUGGAAGAGCUCACCUUCGUGGUGGAGGAUCUCAAAGAGGGAGGAGAAUAUGAGUUCAGAGUAAAAGCUGUAAAUGCUGCUGGACCCAGCCGACCCUCUGCCACCAUUGGACCCAUGGUCAUCAAGGAUCAGACAUGUCCGCCCACUAUUGAACUACGUGAGGCUAUGGAGGGAGAGGAGGGCUGUGACAUCAGCAUUGUUGCAAAAGUUAGUGGCUGUCCGUUCCCCAGCCUCGUUUGGCACAAAGCCAGUGUGGACAAACCUGAGGAGAAGUCUGCCAUUCAGUAUGACCAACACAUCAACAAACUAGUAACCCAGGAUAAGUGCACCCUUCUAAUACAGCAAGCCAGCAGGCAUGACAGCUCACUCUACAGCCUGACCGCCACUAAUAGUCUGGGCACUGUUUGCAAGGGCAUCAAGCUCUCAGUGUUUGGGCCUCCCGGUCCCCCAGUCGGACCAGUCAAGUUCACGGAGGUGUUUGCAGAAAGAAUAGGCCUCGCCUGGAACCCUCCCAUCGAUGAUGGUGGAUCUAAGAUCACCAACUACGUGGUUGAGAAGCGUGAGGAGAACAGGAAAUCGUGGGUCCAUGUCUCCAAUGAUCCCAAAGAGUGUACCUAUGUGGUAACCCGGCUGACCGAGAACCAUGAGUAUGAGUUCAGAGUCAUGGCUCAAAACAAGUUUGGAGUAGGCCCACCACUGGUCAGUGAUCCAGAGAAGGCCAGAAAUCUCUUCACUGUCCCCGGUCAGUGUGAGAAGCCCACUGUGACCGAAGUCUGUCUGGAGUCAAUGACUGUCAACUGGGAAGAACCCAAGUACGAUGGCGGGUCCCCCAUCACUGGCUACAUCAUCGAGAAGAAGGAGACCACUGCCAAGCGCUGGAUCCGUGUCAACCGUGAGCCCAUUAGGGCACUGCCACUGGGCAACAACUGGGAUGUCACUGGGCUACUGGAAGGGGCCCUAUACCAGUUCAGGGUCAUUGCUGUCAAUGCUGCUGGCUGUGGACUGCCCAGUAUACCUUCUGACCCCAUACUCUGCAGAGACCCCAUCAAGCCUCCUGGACCGCCCACUCCAAAGGUAACAGACUGGACAAAGUCUACAGUUGAGCUCGAGUGGAUACCGCCUCUGGUGGACGGAGGGUCAAAAGUCACAGGCUACAUUGUGGAGUUCAAGGAGGUGAACAAGGAGGAAGAGGAGAAGAAAGCUCAGAGGAGGCUACUCCUGAGUGUAGCUGAAGAGGAGAAGGAAACAGAAACUGAAGAGGCCUGGGAGAAGGCAAAGGACACUGAGAUCAGAGGAACUAAAUUUGUGGUGGCUGGCCUUAAGGAAGGUGGUCUGUACCGCUUCAGAGUCCGAGCUGUGAAUGCUGCUGGAGUAGGAGACCCUGGAUUAGUGUCUGAGCUAAUUGAGGUCAAAGACAGAACAAUUCCUCCUGAGAUGGAUCUUGACGCCUCAGUGAAGGAGAAAAUCGUAGUCCAUGCCGGUGGCACCAUCCGCAUUAUCGCCUACGUGUCCGGCAAACCUGCCCCACAGAUCACUUGGUGCCGGGAUGACAGUGAGGUGCCCAAAGAGGCCGUGGUGGAGACGACAGGCAUCUCUAAUUCACUGGUCAUUAAGAACUGCAGACGCCAACACCAGGGCAUUUAUACACUAAGUGCAAAGAACGAGGGCGGAGAGAGGAAGAAGGCGGUCAUUGUUGAGGUCCUGGACGUUCCUGGACCAGUUGGUCUUCCCUUCGCUGGAGAGAACCUGACCAAUGACUCCUGCAAGCUGACCUGGUACUCCCCUGAGGAUGAUGGCGGCUCAGCCAUUACCAACUAUAUUAUUGAGAAGAGAGAGUCAGACCGCAUGGGUUGGACCUCUGUAUCUUACACAGUGACAAGAAACAAUGCUGUAGUACAAGGACUCAUCGAUGGCAAGGGCUACUUCUUCAGGAUUGCAGCUGAGAACAUCAUAGGCAUGGGACCUUUCGUCGAGACCGACAAGAUGGUUCUCAUCAAAGAUCCCAUCUCUGUCCCAGAGCGUCCUGAAGAUCUAAUCAUCACAGCUAUUACCAAAGACUCCAUCUCCGUCACCUGGAGACCACCCAAAUAUGAUGGUGGUGCAGAUGUGACCAGCUAUGUCCUUGAGUCCCGAAUGAUAGGCCAUGACAGCUUUGUGAGAGUAGGCGGAGAGGACAAGCUGAUGGACAGACGGUUCACACUAACUGGGCUGAAGGAAGGCUCAAGCCAUGAGUUCAGAGUCUCAGCUGUCAACCAGGUGGGACAAGGCAAACCAUCUUUUGCCACCAAACCUGUGCAGUGCAAGGAUGAACUUGAGCCACCGACUCUGGACCUGGACUUCAGGGAAAAGCUCAUGGUAAAGGUGGGAGACACCUGCAUGCUGUCGGGACGCUACAGUGGCAAACCGGCCCCUGCUAUCACCUGGACAAAGAAUGAUGAGGACCUGAAGGCAGAUGAGGACAUCAGCCUCCACAGCACCACCCACCACCUCAGCCUCAACAUCAGCAAGGCCAAGAGAGAACACAGCGGCCGCUAUUGUGUCAGUGUGGAGAAUGCUGCUGGCACUCGCUCGGGAAUCUGCACCAUCACUGUGGUCGACCGUCCUCAGCCACCAGAGGGACCCGUAGAGUUCAACGAAGUCUACAGGAAUUACAUGGUAAUCACCUGGAAGCCGCCUCUGGAUGACGGAGGCUGUGCUGUCUCCAACUACAUCAUUGAGAAGAGAGAUACCAACAGAGACCUAUGGAUGCCUGUCACCUCAUCCUGUACCAGAACCACCUGCAGAGUGCCAAAGCUAAUCGAGGGCCGGGAGUACAUCAUUCGUAUAAUGGCUCAAAACAUCUAUGGCAUCAGUGACCCUCUUCUGUCUGCAGAGACUAAAGCUAGAGACAUUUUCAAGACACCAGAUGCUCCCAAGCAGCCUCUGGUGAAGGAAGUUUACCAUGACUCUGCCCUAAUCAGCUGGGAGCCGCCUGCUGAUGGAGGGAAACCAAUCACAGGCUACAUUGUGGAGAGGAAGGAGACCAUGGCCAACAGGUGGGUUCGCUGCAACACAGAAAGAAUCCAUCCUAAGGUGGAGUAUUGGGUGACCGACCUCCUGAAAGGCUGCGAGUAUGAGUUCAGGGUCAGUGCUGAGAAUGAAGUGGGAGCUGGAGACCCAAGCCCACCAUCUAAACCGGUCUUUGCCAAAGAUCCCAUUGUGAAACCUAGUCCGCCAGUGAAUCUAAAGGCUAUCGACUUUACCAAAGAGUCAGUUACCCUGUCAUGGGAGCCACCCACCGACACUGGCAGAGGAAAAAUCUUUGGAUACUUGCUGGAGUUCCAGGCAGCUGGAAAGGAGGAAUGGCUCAAGGUGAACCAGACUCCAGACUCCUGCAAAGAAACCAAGUUCAAGGUUAUCAACUUGGAAGAUGGUGUUUUGUACCGCUUCAGAGUCAUGGCUGUCAACGCUGCUGGGGAGUCCAACCCAGCCAACCUUACUGAGCCGAUUAGAGUACAGGACAGACUUGAGCCUCCAGAGUUGAUUCUGGAUGCCGGAAUGACCCGAGAAAUUAAAGCCAUGGCUGGCACUCAUAUUGCUCUGAUAGCUGGCAUCAAAGGUGUCCCAUUUCCCACUGUCACCUGGAAGAAGAAUGACGCAGAAGUUCCCCCUCGGGCAGAUAUCGAAACCAACCAGACAGGCACCAAGCUGGAGAUGAGGUUCUGCCAUCGUGGUGACUGUGGAGAUUACACCCUAACUGUGGAGAAUCCAGCAGGAACCAAGACUGUCACCUGCACUGUGCUAGUUCUUGACAAACCUGGUCCUGUCCAGCACCUCCGUGUGUCUGAUGUCAGGAGUGACUCUGCCUACCUGUCCUGGAAAGAUCCAGAGGAUAAUGGUGGUACUCGCAUCACUAACUUUGUGGUAGAGAAGAAAGACACAGCUUCCACUCAGUGGGUCCCUGUCUGCUCUACAUCAAAGAAACGCAGUAUGAUGUUGAAGCACCUGAUGGAGGGCACGUCCUACUCGUUUAGAGUUGCCGCUGAAAACCAGUUCGGCCGCAGCGAAUAUGUCGAGACACCAAAGGCCAUCAAGGCAAUGAACCCACUCUUCCCUCCUGGUCCUCCCAAAGACCUGCAUCAUGUUGAUGUGGACAAGACUGAGGUAUGGUUAGCAUGGAACUGGCCUGAUCGCAAUGGAGGAAGUGAAAUCAUAGGCUUUCUGGUUGAGUACCAGGAAGAGGGAGAGAAAGAGUGGUAUGAAUGGAAAACUGUCAGCAUCCCUGAGAGUCAUGUGACUGGUCUGGAGGAAGGAAAAACCUACCGCUUCAGAGUGAGGGCUGAGAAUGCCAUUGGCCUCAGCAGACCUGAUACCACAGUGCCUAUCCUCUGCCAGGAGAAACUAGUGCCCCCAAUUGUUGAAGUUGAUGUUAAACUCACUGAAGGCAUCAUUGUGAAGGCCGGGACUACCAUCAGACUGCCAGCUAUAAUGAGAGGAAUCCCUGUCCCAACUGCCAAGUGGUCCAUCGAAGGAGAGGAGAUCACCAGCCAGGGCAACAUUAAGAUUGACACUGAUAAUUUCUCCACUAUUCUCACCAUUAAUGAGUGCACCAGAAACCACACUGGAACCUACCUGCUCACUGUGUCCAACCCAGCAGGAACCAAGACGGUGGCCUUAAAUGUCACUGUACUCGAUGUUCCAGCUGCUCCGAUUGGACCUGUCAACAUAUUGGAGGUCAUGCCAGAUUCCAUGACAAUUGAAUGGCGUCCUCCUAAAGAUGAUGGUGGGAGCCCUAUAACCAAUUACAUUGUGGAGAAAAGAGAGUCCAACAAAGAGACAUGGGGAGGUGUGAGUUCUGGUAGUCUUGCAACGCAGCUCCGGAUCGCUCGCCUUCAGAAAGGAGUAGAAUAUGUAGUCCGCAUUCGUGCUGAGAACAAGAUGGGCAUUGGUGCUCCUCUGGAGAGCAAGCCCACUGUUGCUGAGCACUCAUUCAUGCCCCCUAGUGCACCUGGUAAGCCACAAUCCUAUGAUACCUCAGAGGAUGCUGUUACACUUGGCUGGACUAUGCCCCUAACUGAUGGUGGCAGUCAGAUCACUGGCUACAUCAUUGAGCGCAGACACAAGGGAGGAAAGUGGAUCCGUGUCAACAAGACACCUUGCAAGGACCUGAGGUACCGAGUCCUGGGCCUCUACGAGGGCAGCGAGUAUGAGUUCAGAGUGUUUGCUGAAAAUAUUGCUGGAUUUAGUGGCCCCUCCCCCGUCUCCGACCCCUGCAAGCCCUGCAGGCCCAUCACUGUCCCGAGUCCCCCUGUCAAUCCUAAAGUUAAAGAUUACAGCAGGGCCACUGCUGACCUGGUGUGGACCAAACCUACCAAAGAUGGAGGCAGCCCAAUCCUUGGUUACACUGUGGAGAUGAAGAAAGCUAGCGCUGAAGAAUGGAAAAAAGUCAACCUGGAUGACUUGAUCAAGCAGUGUGCCUACAGGGUGAAGGGUCUGGAAGAGGGUGUGACCUAUAGAUUCAGAGUCUUUGCUUCAAACAUGAUUGGAGACGGGGAGCCAAGAGAAAUCCCAGAAUCAAUCACUGCUCAGGAUAUUCUUAUACCUCCAGAGAUUGAGAUGGAGGCCACUUGUCGAGAUUGUGUUACUGUGCGUGUUGGACACAACAUCAACAUCAUUGGUUACAUCAAGGCUCGCCCUGAUCCUGAAGUUUUUUGGUCAAAAGAAGAGACUAUUCUAGAGAACAGCAAACGUGUUACCAUCCUGCAGAAUCUUCCUUUAGUCCACCUAAAGAUCAAGGAAGCUACAAGGAAUGACCAUGGCAAAUAUAUUCUGAAAGCUUCAAAUGAAGGUGGUGAGGCUUCCCGCACCAUCACAGUUAAUGUUCUAGACCGACCCAGCCACUGCCAGAAUCUGAAUGUGACCUAUGUCACUAAGGGCUCAUGCAUGAUCAACUGGGAGAGCCCUAAGGACAAUGGUGGAUCCGAGAUCACCAACUACAUUGUGGAGUGCAGAGAGCCUAGUAUUAGCAUGUGGUCUAUGAUCUCUUCCCACUGCACUAAUCGUAAGAUCAAGGCAAAGCUGAUGGAAGGCCAUGAGUACCUGUUCCGUGUCUGUGCUGAGAACAAAAUAGGACCAGGACCCUCCGUGGAGAUCAAAACUCCUACAUUGGCCAUUGACCCUAUUGACAAGCCCGGCGAGCCUGAGAACUUCAGAGCAAUUGACAUUGGUAAGAACUAUGUCAAUUUGAGGUGGCGGAAGCCUGACUAUGAUGGUGGAAGCCCCCAUCUCUCCUACAACCUGGAGUGUAAAACUAAAGAUGCGGAGGAGUGGGAAAAACUCAACACCACUACUCUCACAGACACCUUCUUUUUGGCUGAUAAAUGUGUGGAAAAUCAGACGUACACCUUCAGAGUGCAGACUGUCAGUGAAGGAGGUGAGAGUGCCUGGGUAAAACUUGCAGAUAUUCUGGUGAGGGAGGAGAUCCAGAAGCCUGUCAUUGACCUGAAGUUGGCUGGAACACUGACAGUAAAAGCUGGAGAGUCAGUCAGGAUGGAGGCUGCUCUGAGAGGAAAGCCCCAGCCUGAGGUUAAAUGGAUGAAAGAUAAGGCUACUGGAGACAAUCCCAGAAUAAGCUAUGAAACUGGCCCAGACUACUCAAAAUUUCUGAUGACUAAGUCCAAGCGUAGUGACACAGGAAAAUACAUUAUCACUGCCACCAACUCGGGUGGGACUUUCACAGCAUAUGCCAAUGUUAAUGUCCUGGAUGUUCCCGGCCCAGUGAGAGACCUGAGGAUUACUGGCAUUGGAGCUGACAAGUGCAGAGUGGUUUGGGAUGCUCCAGAGGAUGAUGGAGGUUGUGAGGUGGACAGCUACAUUCUAGAGAAAUGUGAAACCAGGAGGAUGGUUUGGUCCACAUAUUCAGCCUCUGUGGUCACACCAUACUGCAACGUCACUCGUUUGGUGGAGGGCAAUGAAUACAUAUUCAGAGUGCGGGCAGAAAACAAGAUGGGAACUGGCCCUGCCAUGGAGAGUAAGCCUAUAACUGUCAAGACUCAGUUCAACAAACCUGGACCCCCUGAUGCCCCUGAAGUCACCAAGGUGAGCAAAGAUGAGAUGACUGUGGUCUGGGCUCCUCCUGAGAAUGAUGGAGGAAAGUCAAUCACUGGCUACAUCCUUGAAAGGAAGGAGAAGAGGGCAGUGCGCUGGGUGCCCUGCACUAAGAGCCCAAUCUCUGAGAGACGCAUGAAAGUAACCAACCUGAUUCCAAACCAUGAGUACCAGUUCAGAGUGAGAGCUGAGAAUGAUGUCGGUCUGGGAGAUCCCAGUAAACCCUGCAGACCAGUUGCAGCCAAAGAUCCUAUUGAGCCACCUGGUCCCCCUGCAGCCCUGAAGGUGGCCGACAGCACAAAAACCUCUAUCACUCUGUCCUGGUCUAAACCUGUCUAUGACGGUGGCGCCCCCAUUAUUGGCUAUAGCUUGGACAUGAGGCUGAAAAGUGAGGCCGACCCUGAGAAUCCCACAGUGGGCUGGAAGAGAAUUGAUACUCAUGGACCACUGGUGCUCACAGAAUUUACUAUUGGCCAGCUUGAUGAAAAGCAGGAGUAUGAGUUCAAGGUGUCAGCCCAAAACCAGGUGGGCUGGGGACGCCAUGCUUAUUUGAAGGAGGCAGUGUCUCCCAAGGAGAUCCUGGAGGCUCCAGAAAUUGAGCUGGAUGCCAGUCUGAGGAAAGGCCUUUCUGUGAGGGCUGGUUGUCCUAUAAGGCUUUUCGCCGUGAUCAGAGGAAGGCCUGCCCCCAAGGUUACGUGGAAGCGGUUGGGUGUGGACAAUGUAAUCCGCCGAGGUCACGUGGACCAGGUUGACACCAUGUCCUUCCUUGUUAUCCCUGAGAGCACCAGAGAGGAUUCUGGAAAAUAUUCACUCACUCUGUCCAACUCAGCUGGAGAGAAAGCAAUAUUUGUCCGUGUCAAAGUCCUUGACACACCUGGUCCAGUUGGCAGCCUGGAUGCCACUGACAUCACCAAAACAACAGCUCAACUCUCCUGGUUGCCACCAGAGAAUGACGGAGGCAGCCCCAUCCUCAAUUACGUUGUGGAGAAACGAGAGGUUGAUAGGAAGACCUGGACCAAGUGCACAGAGGACCUGAAGAAGACUAGCUUCAAGGUCACCAACCUUACACCUGGCAUUGAGUAUUACUUCAGAGUCAUGGCCUGCAACAAGUAUGGCAUUGGAGUUCCUCAGGACUCACCCAGGUCCUACUUGGCUGUUGACCCAAUCAGUGAGCCAGACCCUCCAAAGAAGAUGGACGUGUUAGAGAUCACCAAGAAUAGUGCUACACUGGGCUGGCUAAAACCACUCAGGGAUGGAGGUGCCAAAAUCAAUGGUUAUGUGGUGGAUUACCAGGAGGAGGGUGCACCUGAGGACAAAUGGACACCAUAUUCUGUGGUCAAAGACCUGACUAUCGUGGUAGUUGGUCUGAAAGAAGGAAAGAAGUAUAAGUUCAGAGUGGCUGCUAGGAACUCAGUGGGAGUCAGUUUGGCUCGAGAGGCUGAGGGAAUGUUUGAAGUUAAGGAGCAGCUCAUGGCUCCGAAGAUAAUCAUGCCUGACAUUGUGACAGUCAGAGCUGGAUCCAAGAUGACGAUUGAGGCUAUUGUGGCAGGUAAACCUGCUCCUGUCUGCAAGUGGAAGCAGGGCAAUGAGGAUGUGCUAACCUCUGAUCGCCUGUCCAUUGUAAAGACGCUGACAACUACCUCACUUAUUAUAAAGAAUGUAACAAGAAAGGAUAGUGGUUACUACAGCCUGUCAGCUGAGAACAGUACUGCCAAGAUUAAUCAGAUCCUCAAAGUCAUCGUCAUGGACAUCCCUGGACCCCCUGAAGCUCCUUUGGAGAUCACUGAACUGGACAUGGAUGCGUGCACACUGCUCUGGAACUCGCCACAGGAGGAUGGUGGUAGCAACAUCACCAACUACAUUGUAGAGAAGUGUGAUGUUAGCCAGGGUGAUUGGAUCACUGUUUCUACAUCUUGCACAAAGACGAGCUUCAGAAUGACCAAACUGACACCUGGCAAAGAGUACAGCUUCCGUGUUCGUGCUGAAAACAGGUUUGGCGUCUCUGGGCCUACCUACUCUGAGAAGAUGAUUGCCAGAUAUCCAUUUGAUCCUCCGAGUGAACCCAGAAACCUGCAGAUAAACAAGAUCAACAAGGAUUUCGUCAUCCUAUCAUGGGAGCGUCCCAGCUCUGAUGGUGGGAGCCCCAUCAGUGGAUAUUGCAUUGAAAAGAAGGAGAGGAAUAGCCUUCUGUGGGUGAAGGCUAAUGAGACUCUGGUCAAAGCCACUCAGUACACCUGCACAGGCCUGAUCGAUGGCCUGGAGUACACCUUCAGGGUGUCAGCACAAAACCAGGCCGGACAGGGCAAACCUUGUAAACAGACAGACUUCAUCACUGCCAGGACUGCUGUCGACCCACCAGGAAAACCCGAGCCCAUGGAUGUGACCAAGAGCACUGUAUCAUUAGUGUGGAGCCGUCCAAAGCAUGAUGGUGGCAGCAAGUUGAUUGGCUACUACGUGGAAUAUACAAAGCUUCCAGAAGAGAAGUGGACUCGCUGCAAUGCCAACUGCAUGAACAUCCAGACAGAGAACUAUGUGGUGACUAACCUACAGGAGGGUCAACAAUACCAGUUUAGAGUCAUCGCCAAGACCGCAAUUAACAGCAGCCUUCCAUCUGAGCUGUCUGACCCUAUUCCUGUCAUCGCAGAGAAUGUUGCUCCUCGUGUGGAAUUAGGUGUUAACAUGAAGAACCUGAUUGUGGUGAAAGCUGGAGAAAAUGUCUUCCUGGAUUCUGAGGUCUUUGGCAAACCACUUCCCAAAGUGAGCUGGAAGAAGGAUGGAGUACCUCUGGUCCUUGCUGAGGGAAUGAAGAUGUCCCAAAAGAAACAUCUUCAUCUGCUGGAGCUAUACUCUGUCACCAGGAAAGAGACUGGGGACUACACUAUCACAGCUGAAAAUGUCAAUGGCACCAAGUACGCCACCAUAAAGGUCAAAGUACUCGACAAACCAGGCCCUCCAGCCUCAGUGAAAAUUUCUAAGGUGUUUGCUGACCGUGUUAAGCUGCGAUGGGUGCCACCACUUGCAGAUGGCGGUUCUGAAAUCACUAACUACAUCAUUGAGAAGCGUGAGACCAGCAGGGCCAACUGGGCAUUGGUCACCUCAAACAUCCAUGGACACAUCACUGACUGUUCAGUGGAGAAACUUAUUGAAGGACACGAAUAUCAGUUCCGAGUCAGUGCUGAGAACCAGUAUGGUGUGGGAGAUCCCAUUAUGACUGAUGCAGUCGCGGUCAAGAAUCCGUAUGAUGUUCCUGGUCCAUGUGAGCCACCUGUCAUCACCAACAUCACACAGAACUCCAUGACAGUCAGCUGGAAGGCCCCAGCCAAUGAUGGCAAGUCUCCCAUCCUUGGCUACAUGGUGGAGAAACGUGAGGCCACUGAGCUGAGCUGGGCUAAGGUUAACCGCCGACCAGUCAUUGAUAGGACCAUCAAAGCCAUUCAACUGACUGAGGGCUCUGAAUAUGAGUUCAGAGUAAUUGCUAUAAACAAGGCUGGUCUUGGGAAACCCAGCGACGCUUCAAAUGGUGCCCUGGCUGUUGACCCUGUCUAUCCUCCCGGGCCACCUGCCUUCCCCAAGGUGGUGGACUCUACCAAGACGUCAGUUAGCCUUAGCUGGACCAAACCAGCAUACGAUGGUGGCUGUGAGAUCAUUGGAUACUUGGUUGAGUGCAAGCGAGUUGAUGCAGAGAGCUGGACAAGAUGCAAUGUGCCGAAGAAACUCCAGGCCACGAAAUUCCUGCUGACAGGCCUGAUGGACAACACUGAGUACCAGUUCAGAGUCACGGCUGUUAACAAGAUUGGCUACAGUGAGCCCAGCGAGGUGCCUGGAAACUACAUGCCUAAGGAUAUUCUAAUUGCUCCUGAUGCUGAGCUUGACGCUGACCUGAGAAAAGCUUUGGUUCUGCGAGCUGGAGUAACCAUGAGGCUCUAUGUACCACUGAGAGGACGCCCAGCACCGAAGGUGACAUGGACUAAAGUUGAUGCUAAUUUGAAGGAAAGGCAAGGACUACUGAUCAAGACAUCGGACUGGGACACCCUACUGAUGAUUGAGGAUGUUAACAGAUGUGAUUCUGGCAAAUAUGUUCUGUCACUGGAGAACAGCAGCGGCUCUAAGAGCUACACCAUCGUAGUAAAGGUCCUUGAUUCUCCGGGCCCACCCUUAAACCUGACUGUGAAGGAAACCUCCAGAACCCAUGCCUGCAUCACCUGGGAUGCCCCACUGAUUGAUGGUGGUAGUCCAGUUAAGAACUACAUCGUAGAGAAACGUUUGGCUGAGAGGAAGGCCUGGACCUGUGUGUCAGCAGAUUGUCCUAAGAUUUCCUUCAGGAUCACCAACCUGGAGGCAGGACAGGCCUACUGCUUCAGAGUUCUAGCUGAAAAUGCAUACGGCAUUGGAGAAGGCUGUGAGACCCCAGGCAGCAUCAGGGCCUCUGAGCAACCUGGUCCAGUGACAAACUUCAAAGCUCAGAAGACUACAAAGAACUCUAUCACCCUGUCCUGGAAGAAGCCAAUCAAUGAUGGUGGAAGUUUUAUUACUGCAUACAUCUUGGAGCAGGGUGAAGGCGAGGAGAAGUGGAAGCAGAUCCUGAAAGGCAAGAAUACCUCACACACUAUUGGAGAACUGACAGAAGGCAAGGAGUAUUCUUUCAGGGUCAAGGCACUCAACGAGUCUGGAGAGGGACCACCCACUGAGCUCACUGCUGUUGCAAAGGACCAAUUUGUGCUACCCAACUGCAACUUAAGUGAUCUGCACGAUGGCUGCUGUGUAGUUAAGGAGGGCAGCACAACACGCAUUAACAUCCCCAUCACUGGAGUUCCAAACCCCACUGCUACCUGGAAGAAGGGCGAUAUGGGAGUGGGUGAUACUGGCCGGAUGUGUGUUGAAGCAUCUCAGGGCAUCACCACCUUACUGAUUAGAGACUGCCAGAGAGGAGAUGCUGACACCUACACUAUAAAUGUCAGGAACAGUGCUGGCUCAAAGGACUGCAAGUUCCAGCUGAAGGUGGUUGGCAAACCCGGUAUCUGCACUGGACCCAUUACGUUUGAUGAGAUAACUGCCGAUGCCAUCACACUAGAGUGGGGACCACCCAAAGAUGAUGGUGGUGCAGAGGUGUCUAAUUACAUUGUGGAGAAGAGGAGAACAACAGAUAACAAGUGGACUACAGUGGCUUCUGCCAUCCAGAAGACCACCAUGAGAGUGAUCAGACUCCAUGACGGGAUAGAAUACAUCUUUAGAGUGUUUGCUGAGAACAAGUAUGGGGUUGGAGAACAUCUGAGGUCUGACCCAGUCGUUGCCCAGCAUCCUUUCAAUGUUCCCGGGGCACCUGCUCCACCAGAAAUUGUGAGCAUCAGGCAUGAAUCAGCCAUCCUGACUUGGGUUGAUCCAAAGGACACUGGUGGUGCUCCAGUUACUGGAUAUCACAUAGAGUAUAAGGAAAAGAACAGUCUGAUGUGGAAACGGGCGAGUAAGACUCCUCUGAGAGUAAAAGAAUGUAGAGUCACUGGACUGACAGAAGGAUUAGAAUAUGAGUUCAGGGUAAUGGCCAUGAACAUGGCUGGCCUGGGAAAGGCUAGCAAAGUAACUGAGGCUGUGGUUGCUCUGGAUCCUAUUGAUCCUCCUGGCAAGCCUGAAGUAAUCAGUGUCACCAGGAGCACAGUCACUCUGAUGUGGACAGCUCCCAAAUAUGACGGUGGCUACAAGCUUACUGGUUAUAUCAUAGAGAAACUUGAGGCCAGUGGUAAGGCCUGGAUGAAAGCAAAUCAUGUCAACAUUCAGGGCUGUGCUUUUACCGUCACUGACCUGACUGAAGGAUCCCAGUAUGAAUUUAGAGUCAGAGCUAGGAAUGCUGCAGGUGCCAUCAGUAUUCCUUCAGAGCCUACUCCGCUUUUGACCUGCAAGGAUGAAUAUGAGCCCCCAACCAUCACUAUUGACCCAGAAAUGAAAGAUGGUAUAGCCAUCAGAGCAGGAGACACAAUUGUAAUCUCAGCUUCUAAAAUUGUGGGCAAACCUCCACCUACUGCAGCGUGGUCCAAGGGAGGACGUGAGUUGAAGACUUCUGACAUUGUCACCAUCACCAGUACCCCAACCUCCUCUACUCUGGCUAUUAAGUACGCAAGUCGGAAGAACACAGGGGAGUACACUAUCACUGCCAGCAACCCCUUUGGCAUUAAGGAAGAACAUGUUAAGGUGAAGGUCUUAGAUGUUCCUGGACCUCCAGGCCCAGUUGAAGCCAGUAACAUUUCAGCCGAAAAGUGUACCCUGACCUGGCUUCCACCAGAGGAGGAUGGAGGCUCUACUAUCAAAUCCUACAUCCUUGAGAAGAGAGAAACCAGCCGGCUACAGUGGACCAAGCUAGCUGAAAAUGUCAUGGAUUGCAGACACGUAGUCAGCAAACUGAUUAAAGGCAAUGAAUACAUUUUCAGAGUGUCUGCUGUGAACCAGUAUGGCACAGGAGAUUCAACCCAGUCUGCUCCAGUCAAAAUGGUUGAUAGUUUCUCACCACCAGGUCCGCCCUCAAUCCCAGAGAUUGAUAAUGUUAGUAGGAGUGCUGUCACCAUUUCAUGGAAGAGACCAGUACGAGAUGGGGGAAGUGACAUUAGGGGAUACUGUGUUGAGAGGAAAGAGAGAAAAGGACUGAGAUGGGUCAGAGCCUGUAAGCGGACUAUCCCUGACCUGCGGUUUAAGGUGCAAGGCCUGAGUGAGGGAGUAGAGUACGAGUUUAGAGUCACUGCUGAGAACAAGGCUGGAUUUGGGGAGCCAAGUGAACCAUCGCGCCCUGUCAUGACAAAAGAUAUUGUGUAUCCACCCGGUCCCCCAUCCAACCCUAGAAUUACAGAAACCACCAAAACCUCAGCCACAUUCACCUGGGGCCGACCCCACUAUGAUGGUGGUCUUGAAGUAGAGGGCUACAUUGUUGAAUAUAAAAAGGAAGGACAUGAUGAUUGGGAGACAGAGACACAGUACCCACUGAAAGCUUCAGAAUACGUGAUUGGUAAACUACAAAAAGGAGGCAAAUACCACUUCAGGGUUAGUGCUGUAAACUCUGAGGGAAUAGGCGAGCCUGCAGAGGUUGAGAAAGUGACUGAAUUGGUGGACCAGGAGAUGUUGCCAGACUUUGAGCUGGAUGCUGAACUCAGAAGAACUCUGGUAGUUAGAGUUCGUGCUUCAAUCCGUAUGUUUGUUCCUAUCAAGGGCCGUCCUGUCCCUGAAGUCACAUGGAGUAAAGAUGACACUAACCUGAAAACACGUGCACAUAUUGACAACACAGAGUCGUACACUCUUCUGGUUAUUCCUGACUGCACAAGAUAUGAUGCUGGAAAAUACCACCUUUCUCUAGAGAAUGUUGCUGGAAAGAAGACUGGGUUUGUUAAUGUGAAAGUUCUGGAUACACCGGGACCACCAGUCAAUCUCAAACCUAGAGAGAUCACGAAGAACAGCAUCACCCUACAGUGGGAAAUUCCCAUUAUUGACGGUGGUUCUAAGAUUCGUAACUACAUUAUUGAGAAAAGAGCAGCCACUAAGAAGGCCUACACAGUGCUUAGCACCACAUGGCAGAAGUGUUCCUUCAAGAUUCCAGACCUCAAGGAGGGAGCUUACUACUAUUUCCGUGUCUCAGCUGAGAAUGACCUGGGUGUGGGUGAGCCAGCUGAAACCCCAGAGCCAAUCAGGGUAUCCCAGGCCCCCUCUGCCCCAGAAAAUUUGUAUGUCACCGAUGUUACCUCUGAUAGUGCCAGCCUUGCAUGGACCAAGCCUUUGCAUGAUGGUGGCAGCUUGAUCACUGGGUAUGUCAUUGAGGCUCAAAAGAAGGACACUGAUCAGUGGGUCCAUGUGGCCACCAUUAAGGCUCUGGAUUAUACUGUUACAGAUCUAAUUGAGGGUGCUGAAUAUACCUUCCGUAUAAUGGCAGUCAAUGCAUCAGGCAGGAGUGAUCCCCGUGAGAGCAGACCAGCUGUUAUCAAAGAGCAGACUUCUGCUCCUUCAUUUGACCUGCGUGGGGUCUACCAGAAAACGAUCAUUGCUAAGGCAGGAGAUCGGUUGAAGGUGGAGAUUCCAGUGUUGGGCAAACCAAGGCCUGUGGUUUCAUGGAAGAAAGGAGAUACAGUGCUCAAGGAGACACAAAGACUCAACAUUGAAACCACACCAACAUCAACUAUUCUCAACAUCAAUGAGAUAAAAAAGAAAGAUGGAGGCCAGUAUUCUAUGACUGGUAAAAACAUGCUGGGGGCAAUGACAGAGACAAUCACAAUCCUGGUUCAUGACAUUCCUGGACCUCCAACUGGUCCUAUUAAGCUGGAAGAAAUUUCAUGUGAUUAUGUGCUGAUGUCCUGGGACCCACCAGAAAAUGAUGGAGGUGUUCCUAUUAACAACUAUAUUGUUGAGAUGCGGGAGACCACUGGUACUUCAUGGGUAGAGCUGGCAGCUACAGUCAUCCGCACCACAUUUAAGGCAGCCAGACUUACUACAGGAACUCAGUAUCAGUUCCGCAUCAAGGCCCAGAACAGAUAUGGGAUUGGACCAAGCAUUAUCUCUGAACCAGUGGUAGCUGUCUAUCCAUUUGAUGUACCAAGCCAGCCUGGCACUCCCGUGGUCACCUCUUUCAACAAGGAUGCUAUGACCCUUAGUUGGAAUGAGCCAUCCUCUGAUGGAGGUAGUGCCAUUCUGGGCUAUCAUGUGGAAAGGAAAGAGAAAAACAGUAUUCUGUGGCAGAGGAUCAGCAAAGCCCUUGUUGUUGGAAAUCUGUUUAAAUCAACGGGCCUUAUUGAUGGAAUUGCAUAUGAACACCGUGUUAUUGCUGAAAAUAUGGCUGGUCUCAGCAAAGCCAGCAAACCCUCUGAGCCCAUGUAUGCUUUGGACCCAGUUGAUCCACCAGGCAGGCCAGUAGCACUAAAUAUUACUAGGCAUGAAGUGACCUUGUCAUGGACCAAGCCAGAGGGAGAUGGAGGAUUUUCUAUUACUGGAUACACUGUAGAGAGGAGGGAGAUGCCCAAUGGACGUUGGCUCAAAGCAAACUUCAACAACAUUCUGGAAACUAUCUACACAGUCAGUGGUCUAACUGAAGAUGCAACCUAUGAAUUCCGUGUGUUUGCUAGGAACUCAGCUGGUGCUGUUAGUGCUCCAUCCCAGUCAUCUGAAGCAAUCUUGUGCAGAGAUGACAUUGAAGAGCCCCGGCUUGAUGUAGAUGCAUCAUAUAGCAGCACUGUUGUUGUCAUGGCAGGAGAGGUAUUCAAGCUGGAAGCCAGUGUAACUGGAAGGCCCAUCCCAUCUCUGGUAUGGACCAAAGAAGGAAAGGAGCUUGAGGAUACAGCCAAAAUUGAGAUAAAAACAUCCGAGUUCCACACAACUUUAACAAACAAAGAUUCGCUCAGGAGGGAUGGUGGUGCUUUCACUUUGAUUGCCAGCAAUCCUGGUGGCUUUGCUAAGUUCAUAUACAAUGUCAAGGUGUUAGAUAGACCAGGACCUCCCAACUCCCUCACUGUAACAGAUGUCACUGCUGAGAAAUGUGUCCUUAAUUGGCUCCAUCCAACACAUGAUGGUGGUGCCAAGAUUGAGUACUUUAUCAUUCAGAGACGAGAGACCAGCAGAUUGGCUUGGACAAAUGUGGCCACAGACCUUCAAGCUAAUAGGUUCAAGGUCACCAAGCUUCUAAAGGGCAAUGAAUACAUUUUCAGAGUUAUGGCUGUUAACAAGUAUGGUGUGGGUGAACCUGUGGAGUCGGAACCUGUCAUCUGUGCCAACCCCUAUGUACCCAGUGACCCACCACAGCAGCCUGAAGUCACCAUAAUCACCAAGGACUCUAUGGUUGUCUGCUGGGAUCGCCCUGAACAUGAUGGUGGCAGUAGAAUAAACACAUACAUAAUUGAAAGACGGGACAAAACUGGCCUGCGCUGGGUGAAGUGCAACAAGAGGACUGUAACUGACUUGCGAUUCAAAGUCUCAGGCCUCACACCAGGGCAUGAAUAUGAAUUCAGAGUUCUUGCUGAGAAUAAUGCUGGGCUAAGUCAGCCCAGUCCUUCCAGUCCAUUCUACAAAGCCAUUGACACCAUCUUCCAACCUGGACCUCCAGGGAACCCCAGAGUGCUGGACACAACCAAGUCUUCUAUCACACUUGCAUGGAACAAGCCUGUCUAUGAUGGUGGUUCAGAAAUCACUGGUUACAUAGUGGAGACCUGCCUGCCUGAGGAGGAUGAAUGGACAAUUCACACUCCCAAGAAUGGUUGGACUGCCACUUCUUUCACCAUCACCAAUUUGAGGGAAAACCAAGAGUAUAAAAUCAAUAUUUCUGCAACUAAUUGUGAAGGAGUGGGAGAGCCUGCAGCUGUUCCUGGAACACCCAAGUCUGAAGACAGACUAGUUCCUCCAGAAAUUGAACUUGGAGCAGAACUACGUAAGGUGGUCUGCAUCAGAGCCUGCAGCACACUCAGACUUUUUGUCCCUAUCAAGGGAAGACCAGCACCUGAAAUAAAAUGGUCUAGAGAGCAUGGGGAAUCUCUAGAUAAAGCUAACAUUGAAAUCACCUCAUCAUUCACCACUCUUCAGGUAGAGAAUGUUGACAGAUUUGAUGGGGGUAAAUACAUUGUGACUGUAGAGAAUGCCUCAGGAAGUAAGACAGCCUUUGUUAAUGUCAGAGUGCUAGACAGUCCUGGAGCACCUCAGAAUCUGAUUGUCAGGGAGGUCACUAGAGAUUCAGUUUCUCUUGCUUGGGAUGCUCCUGUCAUUGAUGGUGGUUCCAGAGUCCGCAAUUACAUCGUGGAGAAGCGUGAAUCAACCAGAAAGGCUUAUUCAACUGUGUGUGCCAGCUGCCAUAAGUCAAGUUGGAAAGUUGGAGACCUAGAGGAGGGAAAGAUGUACUUCUUUAGAAUUUUGGCUGAGAAUGAAUAUGGCAUUGGCCUCCCAGUAGAGACUCUUGAACCAAUUAAAGCAUCAGAGAGGCCUCUUCCCCCAGGCAAAGUGUCUCUCCGUGAAGUUACCAGCAAAAGUGUCACAUUAAGUUGGGAAAAGCCUGACCAUGACGGUGGAAGCAGAAUCACUGGCUAUAUAGUUGAGAUGCAGGGAAAAGGCAGUGAGAAGUGGACCCAGGUUAUGGUUGUAAAAAGCAAUGAAGCUCAUGUUACUGGCCUUACACAGGGAGAGGAGUAUACAUUCCGUAUUUCAGCCAUUAAUGAAAAGGGAGUCAGUGACCCCCGCCCUCUCAAUGUGCCUGUGGUUGCCAAGGAUCUGGUCAUCUCACCAACCUUCAAACUUCUUUUCAGCACAUUUAGUGUGCUAGCAGGGGAUGAUCUGAAAAUAGAUGUACCAUAUGCUGCCCAUCCCAAGGCUACAGCAACUUGGCUCAAAGAUGGUGUUGCUCUCAAAGAGACGACAAGAGUGAAUGCAGAUGCCACAGACAAAAAUCUUCUCCUGGUUAUUAAGGAGGCUUGCAAAGAUGAUGUGGGAACAUAUACUGUCAAACUUACUAACACAGCUGGAGAGGCAUCUACAGAUAUCAGUGUUAUUGUUUUAGAUAAGCCUGGCCCUCCAACUGGCCCAAUUAAGCUAGAUGAGGUCACUGCUGAUAGCGUGAUCCUGUCCUGGGAUCCACCUCAGUAUGAUGGCGGUUGUGCCAUCAAUAAUUACAUCGUUGAGAAGAGAGACACAUCUACCACUAACUGGCAGAUUGUGUCAGCUACAGUAGCCAGAACCACUAUCAAGGCAGCACGUCUGAAAACUGGAUCUGAGUACCAAUUCAGGAUUGCUGCAGAGAACAGAUAUGGCAAAUCUUCAGCCCUGUUAUCUGAUACUAUUGUUGCUCAGUAUCCUUUUGAGGUUCCUAGUUCACCACGUUCUGUUACUGUUCAGUCAACCACCAAGGAAAGUAUGGUGGUUGUAUGGGAAAAACCCAGCAAUGAUGGUGGAAGCAAGAUUUUGGGAUACCAUUUAGAGCUAAAAGAGAGAAACAAUAUAUUGUGGGUGAAACAGAACAAACAACUUGUCCCAGAAACUAGAUUCAAGGUUAUUGGCCUGGAGGAGGGUAUUGAAUAUGAGUUCAGAGUUUAUGCUGAGAACAUUGUUGGCCUCAGCAAAGCCAGCAAAGUGAGUGAAAUACAAGUUGCCCGAGAUCCUUGUGACAGACCAGGAAAACCAGAAGCUGUCAUUGUAACACGAAACCAAGUGACACUAAGAUGGACAAAACCCCAAUAUGAUGGUGGAAUCAAGAUCACAGGUUAUGUUAUUGAGAAGAAGGAGGGAGCUGGUCGCUGGAUGAAGGCCAGUUUCACUAACAUCACUGAAACAGAAUUUGUUGUCACAGGACUUAUUGAGAAUCAGACUUAUGAAUUCCGUGUCAUUGCCAAAAAUGCAGCAGGUGUUUUUAGCCAGCCAUCUGAUUCUACUGGAGCAAUCACUGCCAAGGAUGAGGUGGAUCCACCCAAAAUUGACUUGGAAGCUAAAUACUCCCAAACUGUGGUAGUUAAUGCUGGAGAGACAUUUAAACUUGAGGCUGCUGUUUACGGUAAACCUGUACCCACAAUUCAUUGGCUGAAAGAGGGCCAGGAGAUCACCGAAGCAGCUCGCUUAGAGCUUAAGAACACAGAUUUUACAGCUUGUCUUGUUGUUAAAGAAGCCAUCCGUGUUGAUGGAGGUCAGUACAUACUUCUAGUAAAGAAUGUUGGAGGAGAGAAAUCUGUUAACAUUAAUGUUAAGGUUUUAGAUAGACCUGGUGCACCCGAAGGCCCUAUAUCCAUUUAUGGUGUCACUAAUGAAAAAUGCUCAAUUUCCUGGAAACCUCCCUUGCAAGAUGGAGGAAGUGAUGUUUCCAAUUAUAUUGUUGAGAGGAGGGAAACCAGCAGAUUGGUUUGGACUGUAGUUGAACCAAAAGUUCAGACACUGAACUUGAAGAUCACCAAAUUACUUCCUGGUAAUGAAUAUAUUUUCAGAGUGAUUCCUGUUAACAAAUAUGGAGUUGGAGAGCCACUGGAAUCUGAGCCAAUGGUUGCCAGGAAUCCAUUUGUCACUCCCAACCCACCAACAAAUGUGGAAGUUUCCACAAUAACCAAAGACUCUAUGGUGGUGACCUGGGAGAGACCAACUAAUGAUGGUGGCAGCCCAAUCCAGGGAUACAUUGUUGAGAAACGUGACAAGGAUGGUGUACGAUGGACUAGAUGCAACAAGCGCAAUAUUAGUGAGCUGCGCUUUAGAGUUACCGGGCUUCUUGAAAACCAUAGCUAUGAAUUCAGAGUUGCUGCUGAGAAUGCUGCAGGUGUUGGCAUGCCUAGUGCACCAACAGUGUACUACAAAGCACUGGAUCCUGUCUUCAAACCAGGUCCACCAAACAACCCCAAGGUGGUAGACACAUCUAGAUCCACUGUUUCCCUAACAUGGGGCAAACCCAUCUAUGACGGUGGCUGCGAGGUUCAGUCUUACAUUGUAGAGACAUGUAAUGGUGCAUCUGAUGAGUGGUUUAUGUGUACUCCACCAACUGGAAUCAUGGACACAAAAUAUACUGUGAAAAAACUUCUGGAAAAGCAUGAGUACCAAUUUAGAGUGUGUGCAAUCAACAAGGUUGGUGUUGGUGAGCAUGCUGAUGUUCCUGGAAAAAUUCUUUUGGAGGAGAAACUUGAAACACCUGAUCUUGAUCUUGAUGCAGAUAUGAGAAAGAUGAUCAACAUCAGAGCAGCGAGUACGCUCAGAUUGUUUGUUCCUGUAAGGGGUCGUCCAGCUCCAGAGGUGAAAUGGGGCAAGGCUGAUGGUGAGAUUAAGGAGACUGCUCAGAUUGACAAUACAGGCAGCUAUGCAUCACUUGUCAUUGAGAAUGUUGACAGAUUUGAUAGUGGCAAGUACACCCUGACUGCUGAGAAUGCUAGUGGAGUAAAAUCAGUCUUCAUAAGUGUCAGAGUGCUGGACUCCCCUAGUCCACCAACUAACUUCGUGGUGAAAGAGAUUACCAAGAAUUCUGUCACUCUCACAUGGGAGCCUCCACAUCUGGAUGGUGGCUCAAAGAUUAAGCACUAUAUUGUUGAAAAGCGUGAGAGCACCAGGAAAGUGUACUCUCCCAUCACGACAUGCAACAAGAUGUCAUGGAAAGUUGAACCUCUUCCAGAGGGUGGAAUCUUUUUCUUUAGAGUAUUGGCUGAGAAUGAAUAUGGUGUGGGUCUCCCUGCUAAAACUAUAGAACCAGUUAAGAUAUCUGAGAAACCUCAGCCACCUGGCAAGGUCAGUGUUGUUGAUGUUACUCACAGCACUGUAACUUUAACUUGGGAAAAGCCUCUGCAUGACGGUGGUAGUAGGAUCACCCACUAUGAAAUUGAACUAGCUCCCAAGGACAGUGAAGCUUGGUCUAUAUGUGCUAGUGUGAAAGCACUGGAAACAUUAGUGACAAACCUUCUCAAGGGAGAGGAGUACCAGUUCAGAGUUGUUGCUGUAAAUGACAAGGGCAAAAGUGACCCACGACAGUUGGCUCAUUCUGUUGUAGCAAAGGACCUUGUUAUUGAACCUGCUGUUAGACCCAAGGCAAGUUCUUACAGUGUCCAGGUGGGGUAUGACCUCAAGUUAGAGGUCCCGGUCGCUGGUCACCCUAAACCAAUUAUCACCUGGACCAAAGAUGGCAUAGCCCUUAAGCAGACUACCAGAGUCAAUGUCACCGACUCAGCACAAACUACCACUCUUACCAUAAAGGAUGCUACCAGAGAAGAUGGAGGUAUGUACACUAUCAGUGUCUCCAAUGACCUUGGUUCAAAGGAUGCCACUGUAGAGGUGAUCACCUUGGACAAACCAGGCCCACCCACAGGCCCUGUAAAGUUGGAGGAUAUCAGUGCUGAGAGCAUCACCCUCAACUGGGAACCUCCUACAUACACAGGUGGUUGUCCAAUCUCAAACUAUGUGGUGGAGAAGAGAGACACAACCACAACAAACUGGUCGGUUGUGUCUGCCACUGUGGCUAGAACCACUCUAAAAGUCAGCAAUCUGAAGACAGGCACUGAGUACCAGUUCAGAAUUUAUGCUGAAAAUAGAUAUGGAAAGAGCUAUGCAAUUGAUUCACAGCCUGUUGUGGCACAGUAUCCAUUCCAGGAGCCAGGACCACCAGGAACACCAUUUGUUUCUUCACACACUAAAGACUACAUGGUAGUUGAGUGGCAUAAACCCCCAAGUGAUGGUGGCAGUGCCAUCUUGGGCUACCAUCUGGAAAGAAAAGAAAGGAACAGUAUCCUCUGGACAAAGAUAAACAAAAUGCUCAUCCAAGAUUGUAGAUUCAAAUCUACUCCACUCGAAGAAGGCAUUGAGUAUGAGUAUAGAGUCUAUGCAGAGAACAUUGUUGGCAUUGGUGAAUGUAGCAAAGUGUCUGAGGUUUAUGUUGCCCGUGAUCCAUGUGAUCCUCCUAGCCGUCCUGAGGCUGUGAUUGUGACCAGGCACUCAGUGAAACUCAAGUGGAACCCCCCGGCGUACGAUGGUGGGAGUUUAGUUACAGGUUAUCUAGUAGAGAAACGUGAUCUUCCGGAAGGAAAAUGGAUGAAGGCUAGCUUCACAAACAUCAUUGAACACAAAUUCACAGUUACUGGCCUCACAGAAGAUAGCAAAUAUGACUUCAGAGUAAUUGCAAAGAAUGCUGCAGGUGCCGUUAGCAAGCCCUCUGAGAGCACAGGAUCCAUAACUGCUAAGGAUGAAGUUGUCCCACCUAAGAGUGAGACAGAUCCUAUGUACAACCAGACCAUUGUUAUAAAUGCAGGAGAGACAUUCAAUCUUGAGGCCAGUGUGGAAGGAAAGCCUAUUCCAACUGCUCAGUGGUUCAAGGGGAAUCUUGAAGUUGAAAACUCAGCAAGAGCGGAGAUCAGAAACACAGAUUUUAAAGCUUUGCUUGUUGUAAAGGAUGCUAUCAGAGUUGAUGGUGGACAGUAUACUCUGGUUCUCACAAAUGUGGCAGGAAGUAAGACUAUCCCCUUCAGUGUGAAGGUUCUGGACAGACCAGGGCCUUCAGAAGGACCUCUUACUAUCAGCAAUGUUACUGAGGAAAAAUGCUCACUGUCGUGGCUGCCACCCAGGCAUGACGGAGGUGCCAGCAUUUCUCACUACAUCAUUCAGAAAAGAGAAACUAGCCGCUUGGCAUGGACUGUGGUCUGCAGUGAUUGUAAAGCUACCAUGUUUAAAGUUACAAAACUACUGAAGGGAAAUGAGUACAUCUUCAGAGUCAUGGCUGUCAACAAAUAUGGCACAGGUGAGCCGCUUGAAUCAGCACCAGUUAUCAUGAGAAAUCCAUUUGUUCCACCUGGAGCACCUCAGGAUCUUGAGAUCACAAAUAUCACCAGGGAUUCUAUGACUGUAUGUUGGAACCGUCCUGAGACAUCAGGAGGCAGUGACAUUGUUGGCUACAUUGUUGAGAAGAGAGACAGAGCAGGAGUGAGGUGGACCAAGUGCAACAAACGCAGAGUGACAGACUUGCGUUUCAGAGUAACAGGACUGACUGAGGACCAUGAAUAUGAAUUCAGGAUAUCUGCUGAGAAUGCAGCUGGAGUGGGCCAGCCAAGUCCAUCGACAACCUAUCUUAAAGCAUGUGACCCCACCUUCGAGCCAGGCUGUCCCACCAAUGUCCAUGUGGUAGACACUACUAGAGACUCCAUUAGUCUGGCUUGGCACAGACCUAUCUAUGAUGGUGGCUGUGAGAUUCAAGGCUACGCUGUGGAAAUAACCAAGGCUGAUGAGGAGGAAUGGGCCAUAUGCACCCCACCUUGUGGAGUCAAUGCUACCAAGUUUACUAUCAAAAAGUUGAUUGAACACCAAGAAUACAAAGUCCGCAUUUGUGCCAUCAACAAGGUGGGUGUUGGUGAGCCCACUGAGAUUCAGGGAGUCGUCAAACCUGUGGAUAAGAUUGACCCUCCAGAAGUGAUUCUGGAUUCAGAGCUCAGGAAGGGAAUAGUUGUCCGUGCAGGAGGCUCGAUGAGAGUCUGCAUUCCAUUCAAAGGCCGUCCUACUCCUGAGAUAAACUGGGCCAAAGAGGAUGGAGAGUUACCCAGUAAAGUUCAAGUUGAGACUGGUGAAGAUUACACACAGCUCUCAAUUGAAAUCUGUGACAAAUAUGAUGCUGGAAAGUACGUGCUCAAUUUAGAAAAUAGUGCUGGCACCAAAUCAGCUUUUGUUUCCGUUAAGGUGCUAGACACUCCAGGGGCUCCUUUAAACCUAACAGUAAGAGAUAUCAAGAGGGAAAGUGUGACUCUGACCUGGGAGCCUCCUCUUAUUGAUGGUGGUGCAAGAAUCAAGAAUUACCUUGUUGAAAAGAGGGAGUCCACAAGGAAGGUUUACUCUAAUGUGGACAACAAGUGCACAAAGACAAGCUAUCGUAUAACUGGCCUGACAGAGGGAACUAUAUAUUAUUUCAGAGUCUUAGCAGAGAAUGAGUUUGGUGUGGGACAGCCAGCUGAGACAGAAGAAUCAGUAAAAACAUCUGAGCCCCCCCUGCCUGUGGGUAAGGUCACAUUGACCGAAGUGACAAAAACAACUGCUUCACUCUCCUGGGAGAAGCCAGAUCAUGAUGGAGGUAGCAGAAUCAUUGGUUACUACAUUGAGAUGCAGCCUGUGGGCUCAGAGGAAUGGGUGGUAGCUGCCACAUGCAAAACUUGUGAAGGCACUGUCACAGGCCUCAGUGCAGGACAUGAGUACCUAUUUAGAAUCUUAGCCUUCAAUGAGAAGGGCAAGAGUGACCCUAGACCUUUGGCUGCGCCAGUCACUGCUAAAGAUAUAACCAUUGAACCCAAAUUCAAGAUUCAAUUUAACACUUAUAGUUUACAGCACGGUGAGGAUUUGAAGAUUGAGAUUCCAGUGAUUGGACGACCUGUUCCCAAGGUUGAAUGGAAGAAGGAUGGACAAGCUCUUAAAGAGACAACAAGAAUUAAUGUUUCCAGCACAUUGUCAUGCACUAAGCUGUACAUCAAAGAUGCAAAUAAGGAGGACUCUGGCAAAUACACUGUCACAGCCACCAGUAGCAUUGGAGCAGCGACAGAGGAGAUUACUGUUAUUAUUCUUGAUAAGCCUGGGCCACCCACGGGCCCUGUAAAGAUAGAAGAGGUGAGCUCUAAUUAUGUCACUCUCUCUUGGGAGCCACCAGAGUAUACCGGAGGCUGUCCCAUCAAUAAUUACAUCGUGGAGAAGAGAGAUACUACCACCACAGCAUGGCAGAUUGUUUCUGCUACUAUUGCCAGGACAACCAUCAAAGUCACCAAGUUGAAGACUGGUGUUGAAUAUCAAUUCAGAGUGUCAGCUGAAAAUAGAUACGGGAAGAGUUCUGCAAUUGUCUCUCCUGCUGUUAUUGCUCAGUAUCCAUUUAGUGAGCCUGUGGCCCCAGGAACACCAGUCAUUUCUUCUGUAACCAAGGAUAGCAUGGUCGUUGAGUGGAAACCUCCUACCAACAAUGGGGGCAGUCCAAUUCUUGGCUAUCACCUUGAGAGAAAAGAAAAGAAUAGCCUCUUGUGGACUAAAUUAAACAAGCUUCUAAUCCCAGACACACGUUUCAGAACUACAGAACUUGAAGAAGGUAUUGAGUAUGAAUUCAGGGUUUAUGCUGAAAACAUUGCUGGUCUCAGCCCAGCUAGCAAGCUGUCUGAGAGCACAGUAGCAAGGGACCCUUGUGACUCACCAGGAACUCCUGAGCCUAUUGAAAUCACCAGAAACCAUGUGACACUCCAGUGGACCAAGCCCCAGUAUGAUGGAGGGAGUGCAAUUACUGGCUAUGUGAUUGAGAGAAGGAAGCACCCAGACACCCGCUGGAUGAAGGCCAGCUUCACUAACAUCAUUGAUACACAAUUUACACUUACUGGUCUGACUGAAGACUGUGUGUAUGAGUUCAGGGUCAUUGCCAGAAAUGGUGCUGGGAUUUUGAGCCAACCCUCUCAGAGCACAGGGGAAAUUACUGCCAAAGAUGAAAUUGAGGCUCCAGCAGCCACCAUGGAUUCGAAAUUCAAGGAUAUGACUAUUGUUCACGCAGGUGAGACAUUUGUCAUUGAUGCUGACUAUACUGGAAAACCUUUGCCUGAGGUCAUUUGGUUAAAGGAUGGAAAAGAGAUUGACAAAGCCACACCAAGAAUGGAAAUCAAGACUACCCUCACACGUACCAUCCUGACAGUCAAGGAUUGCAUCAGAGUGGAUGGUGGCCACUUUGUCCUCAAGCUUAUUAAUGUGGGAGGAGUCAAGAUGAUCCCAGUUAAUGUCAAAGUUCUGGAUAGACCUGGGCCUCCAGAUGGACCUCUAGAAGUCAAAGGGGUCACAGCUGAGAAAUGUUAUCUGCAUUGGAAUCAUCCCUCACAUGACGGAGGAGCUGGCAUCUCUCACUAUAUCAUUGAGAAGAGAGAGACUAGUCGUUUGUCAUGGACUAUGGUUGAGCCCAGGAUUCAGGCAAUCAGCCACAAAAUCACAAAACUAUUGCCUGGCAAUGAAUAUAUCUUUCGAGUUACUGCUGUAAAUAAAUAUGGUGUUGGCGAGCCUUUAGAAUCAGAAGCUGUUGUUGCUCGUAACCCUUUCACCACUCCCAGUGCCCCCUCAAACCUUGAGGUCGGUGCCAUCACUAGGGACUCCAUGGUGCUUUCCUGGGAGAGGCCCAAUGAUAAUGGAGGUGCAGAGAUUGAGGGAUAUGUCCUUGAAAAACGUGAUAAAGAUGGUAUCAGAUGGAGUAAAUGCAACAAGAAGAGGCUGAAUGACCUGCGAUUCAGAUGCACUGGUCUCACAGAGGGCCACUCAUAUGAAUUCAGAGUUUCGGCUGAAAAUGCUGCUGGUGUAGGAAAGCCUAGUGCACCAACUCCGUACAUCAAGGCCUGUGAUGCCACUUAUCCACCUGGACCCCCAAAUAAUCCAAAGGUCACUGACCAUUCAAGUACCACAGUUUCCCUUUCAUGGUCCAGGCCUAUAUAUGAUGGUGGUGCACAGAUCACUGGGUAUAUUAUUGAAAUGAAAGAGGCAACAGAUGAUGAAUGGAUCAUUAGCACACCACACACUGGCGUCCAAGCCACUAACUACACAGUAAAGAAACUUAAGGAGAAUGCGGAAUACAACUUCCGCAUAAGUGCUGUUAAUUGUGAGGGAGUAGGAGAACAUGUAGAUUUGCCUUGUUCUGUGAUUGCUGCAGAGAAGCUGGAGGCUCCUGAAAUUGAACUAGAUUGUGACCUAAGAAAGAUGGUCAACGUCCGUGCCUCUGCUACCUUGCGUCUGUUUGUGACAACCAGAGGGAAGCCUGAGCCUGAAGUCAGAUGGUCAAAGGCUGAUGGCACUCUAAAUGAACAUGCCCAGAUAGAAGUCACAAGCUCUUACACAAUGCUGGUGAUUGAGAAUGUUGACAGAUUUGACACUGGCAAAUAUGUGCUGACCCUUGAAAACCUCAGUGGCUCUAAAUCAGCCUUUAUCAACGUCAGAGUUCUGGAUUCUCCUAGUGCUCCUACUAACCUCGGAGUUAAGGAUGUUAAAAGAAAUUCUGUCUCUCUCUCCUGGGAGCCUCCUCUAAUUGAUGGUGGGGCUAAGAUAUCACAUUAUAUAGUGGAGAAGAGAGAACAGAAGAGAAUGGCUUUCACCAGUGUUUGCACUAACUGCGUCAGAAACUCCUACAUUAUUUCAGACCUGCAGGAAGGAGGCCGAUACUAUUUCCGUGUGUUAGCUGUGAAUGAACUCGGAGUAGGUCUGCCUGCAUCCACAGAUCAAGUUAAGGUGUCUGAGCCUCCUCUGCCUCCUGGUAAGAUUGUGGUUGUUGACAUUACUCGUCAUGCUGUUACACUCUCUUGGGAGAAACCUGAUCAUGAUGGAGGCAGUAAGAUUACAAACUAUAUUGUGGAGAUGCAGCCCAAGGGAGAUGACAAAUGGACGGUGUGCAGUGAAGUCAAAGCACUUGAAGCUACCAUUGAUGGACUCACAACUGGAGAAGAAUACUCCUUCAGGGUAACUGCUGUGAAUGAUAAGGGUAGAAGCGAUGCUAAGCCUCUGGCUACUCCUGUGGUGGUAAGGGACAUCACGAUGGAGCCCAUCAUCAACCUGUUAUUCACCACAUACAGUGUAAAAGCAGGAGAUGAUUUGAAGAUUGACGUUCCCUUCAAAAGCAGACCACAGCCUGAGGUGUGCUGGAAGAAGGAUGGCCAAGUGCUUAAGCAGACAACCAGGGUAAAUGUUCUCAAUUCAAAAACCUCAUCUAAGAUUGUCAUCAAGGAUGCCACGAAGGAGGAUGUAGGGAAGUAUGUGAUUACCCUGACUAACUCAGUUGGUACCAAGUCAGCUGAAAUCUCUGUUAUAAUCCUGGAUAAACCUGGACCACCUAGUAACAUUAAGGUUGAUGAGGUGAGCGCUGACUUUAUUUCUCUGUCAUGGGAUCCUCCAACCUAUGAUGGUGGUUGUCAGAUUAACAACUAUGUAGUUGAGAAGAGAGACACUACUACUACAACAUGGCAAAUCGUGUCAGCCACAGUGGCCAGAACAUCAAUUAAGGUUUCUCGACUUACUCAGGGGACAGAGUACCAGUUCCGCAUUGCAGCUGAGAACCGUUAUGGGAAGAGUCCUGCCAUAGAUUCUGCUCCUGUUGUUGCUCAGUAUCCAUUUGAGCCUCCUGGCCCUCCAACCCAACUUCAUGUUGUCCAUGCCACCAAAACUGGGAUGCUCGUGGUAUGGGGCAGACCUGCAAGUGAUGGUGGAAGUCCUGUUAUUGGUUAUCACAUUGAAAGCAAAGACCAAAGCAGCAUCUUGUGGACCAAGGUCAACAGAGGUCUGGUGACUGAGAACCAGUUUAAGAUGACAGGAAUGGAAGAAGGUCUGUUGUAUCAGUUCAGAGUGUAUGCUGAGAAUAUUGCUGGAAUUGGUCCAUGCACUAGGGCAAGUGACCCUGUGGCAGCCAGGGAUCCAUGUGAAUCUCCACAUAACCUUAGAGUCACAAACAUCACUAGAAAUUCAGUUUCUCUUUUUUGGGAAAGACCUGAAUAUGAUGGCAGUGCAAAAAUUACUGGCUACAUUGUUGAGCGUCAAGAGCUUCCCACUGGUCGCUGGCUGAAAUGCAACUUCACCAAUGUUCAAGACACUUACUUCGAUGUCACUGGUCUCACAGAAGAUGUCCGAUAUGAUUUCCGUGUUAUUGCUAAAAAUUCUGCAGAGCAAUUGAGUGCUCCUUCAGAAAGCACUGGACCCGUCACUGUCAAAGAUGAUGUAGAUCCUCCCACCAUUAUACUGGAAGAUAAAUUCAGACAGUUGGUUGUCAUUAAGGCUGGAGAAAUCAUUAGAAUUGAUGCCGAAAUUACUGGGCGUCCACUCCCAGUUGUUUCAUGGUCUAAGGAUGGAAAGGAGAUUGAGGCCAAGGCUAGAUGUGAAAUCACAUCCACUAACUUCACAACCACGCUCAUUGUCAAAGAUGCUAUCAGAAGGGACUCUGGACAGUAUGUUCUUACUCUGCACAAUGUAGCUGGAACCAGAUCUGUGGCUAUCAACUGUAAGGUUCUGGACAGACCUGGACCUGCAUCAGGACCUUUAACAGUUUCUGGUCUCACAGCAGAGAAAUGCACCCUGUCAUGGGGACCACCUCAGGAAAAUGGCGGUGCUGAAAUUAUGCACUACAUUGUUGAGAAACGUGAGACCAGUCGUCUUGCCUGGACUCUUGUCUAUGGUGACAUGAAGGCAACUACCUGCAAAGUGACUAAACUGCUCAAAGGAAAUGAGUACAUCUUCCGAGUUAGGGGAGUCAACAAAUAUGGAGAUGGUGAAAGCCUGGAGAGUGAGCCAACAAAGGCCACUGAUCCAUUCACUGUCCCUUCAGCUCCCACUAAUGUCCAGGUCACCUCUGUUACAAGUGAGGCAAUGACCAUUUGCUGGGAAAGACCUGUUUCUGAUGGUGGCAGCAGUAUUGCUGGCUAUGUAAUUGAGAAGCGAGAGAAGACUGGCCUCCGCUGGUGCCGUGUCAACAAGAAACCUGUUUAUGACCUUAGAGUGAAAGCUUCACACCUUCGCGAGGGCUGUGAGUACGAAUACAGAGUUUUUGCAGAGAAUACUGCUGGCCUCAGUGCUCCUAGCACUCCUUGCCCACUCACCAGGGCAGAAGACCCACAGUUUUUACCCUCACCUCCAGCUAAGCCUAGGAUAAUUGACUCCACAAAGACUACAGUCACCCUGUCAUGGAAUAAGCCACUUUUUGAUGGUGGAGCACCUGUGACUGGUUACAGAGUAGAAUACAGGAAGACAUUAGAUGAUGAAUGGAUUGUUGGAGUACAGAACACCAAAAACACAGAAUUUACAGUGGUGGGAUUAUCACCUGGAACUGAAUAUGUGUUUGUCGUCAAAUCCAUUAACAAGAUUGGAGUGAGUGAGCCCAGUCCUGAGUCAGACAAACAAGUUGCCAAAGAAAGAGAGGAGGAGCCAACCUUUGAUGUUGGCAAUGAAAUGAGAAAGACUCUUAUUGUAAAGGAUGGAAGCUCUUUCACAAUGAAAGUUCCUUUCAAAGGCAAACCCAUCCCUAGUGUUACUUGGGCUAAGCCUGAUGUAGACCUUAGAGUUCGCGCUGUAAUUGACACCACAGAUACCUUUACUUCCAUCACCUUAGAAAAAGCAACUCGGAAUGACUCUGGAAAAUACACUGUCACUCUAUCCAAUGUAGCUGGUACCUCCUCCUUGACGCUCACUGUCCGUGUUUUGGACUCACCUGGGCCUCCUAGUCAUAUAGAGGUCAAGGAAGUCACAAAGACCUCUGCUACUAUAACCUGGGAUAUUCCUGAGAUUGAGGGAGGAGGACCAGUCAAGAAUUACCUUAUUGAUUACCGUGAGGCUAGCAAGAAAGGCUGGACUAGAUUGACUGACACAUGCCACAGACUGACAUACAAGGUGGCAGACCUGCAGGAGGGAGAAGUCUACUACUUCAGAGUGACAGGCGAGAAUGAAUAUGGUAUUGGUGUUCCUGCUGAGACCAAAGAGGGGACCAAGAUCACAGAAAAACCAAGUCCACCACCAAAACUGGGUGUAACGGAUGUAACCAAGGAAAGUGUGUCCUUGGCUUGGGCCAAGCCAGAACAUGAUGGAGGCAGCAGAAUUACUAGCUACCUAGUAGAAGCACUGGAGAAUGGACAAGAGAAGUGGGUUAAAUGUGGUACAACAAAGUCCAUCCACUUCACAGUGUCUGGUCUGAGGGAGAAUGCGGAGUACUUCUUCAGAGUCAGAGCUGAGAACUAUGCUGGAUUCAGUGAUGCUAAGGAAAUGAUUACUCCUGUAGUGGUCAAAGACCAGCUUGAAUCUCCUGAGAUCAACAUGAAGGACUUCCCCCACAAUACAGUAUAUGUUAGAGCUGGAUCUACCCUAAAAUGUGAGAUUCCAUUGACAGGCCGGCCUUUACCUAAAGUGACUCUGUCCAAGGAUAAUGUGCUGCUCAAAUCAACAAUGAGGUUUAACUCAGAAGUCACUCCUGACAGUAUCAAGAUUACUCUGCGUGAGAGCAUUGCAGGAGACUCAGGCCGCUAUGAUAUUAUUGCCUCCAACUCCAGUGGAACCACCAAGUCCUUUGUAAAUAUUGUGGUUCUUGACCGCCCCAGUGUCCCACUUGGACCAGUGGAGCUGUAUGAUGUCACAGAAGACAGUGUAAGCUUAAAGUGGCUCCCACCAGCAUAUGAUGGUGGCAGUCCCAUCACCAACUACAUCAUCCAGAAGCGAGAGACAACUACAGCCAACUGGAUGGACGUGUCGUCAGCUGUGGCCCGUUGCACCAUAAAAAUUAUGAAGCUGACCACUGGCCUGGAGUACCAAUUCAGAAUUAGGGCAGAGAACAGAUAUGGAAUCAGUGAACAUAUUGACUCCCCAGCUGUCGCUGUCAGUCUUCCUUACACUAUACCAGAUGCGCCAUCAACUCCAGAAAUUACUGCUGUAACCAGGGAAAGCAUUACCGUUGCAUGGAAGGAGCCAAAGUCAGAUGGAGGCAGCCAUGUGUUUGGUUACCAUCUCCAAAUGAAAGACAAAAACAGCAUCCUUUGGCAGAGAGUCAACAAAACAGUGAUCCGUGCCACACACUUUAAAGUCACCAACAUAAAUGCUGGACUUAUUUAUGAGUUCAAGGUAGCAGCAGAAAACUCUGCUGGAAUUAGUGCCUUCAGCAAGAUUUCUGAUGCUGUAUUGGCUAUUGAUGCCUGCGAGCCACCCCUAUACUUGCGUAUAACUGACAUCACUAAGAACUCCAUUAGUCUGGCCUGGCAGAAGCCUGACUAUGAUGGUGGAUCCCCAAUAACUGGUUACAUCCUUGAGAAGAGAGAGGGUGUUAGCCCCAAAUGGUCUAAAGCUAACCUCACCAAUAUCACAGACACCCGCUUCAUUGUUACUGGCCUCACCCAGGAUGAAACAUAUGAGUUCCGAGUCAUGGCAAAGAAUGCAGUUGGUUCAGUGAGCAAUCCGUCUAUCACUGUGGGGCCAGCCACAUGUGUGGACACUUAUGGUGCCCCAGAGAUUGAAAUACCUCAGGAGUAUCUUAAUGAGGUCAAGCACAAGGCUGGCUCUAAUGUGGAACUCAAAUUUAAUAUAAGAGCCAAACCUGCUCCCAGUAUUGAGUGGUUUAAAGAUGGCAGAGAGCUUAAGCCUACUUCUCAGCUCUCUUUUAAACACACUUUCGAGUCCACAAGUGUGUUCGUGAAGGAAACAACUCGUCUUAACUCUGGAACCUAUGAAGUCAAGGUGAAGAACUCCCUCGGAUCUUCAUGUGCUAUUGUCAGGCUGCUCAUUCAAGAUAAGCCAGGCCCACCUGCUGGAGAGAUUCAGUUUAAGAAGGUGACAGCUGACAACAUCACCAUCAUGUGGUCACCACCUGCUGAUGAAGGUGGUGCCAUGGUAACACAUUACAUUGUAGAAAAGCGGGAGACCAGCAGGGUAAUGUGGUCGAUUGUCUCAGAGAAACUGGUUGACUGCAUUGUGAAUGUGCCCAGACUCAUAAUGGGCAAUGAGUACAUCUUUAGAGUCCGUGGAGUCAACAAGUAUGGCAUUGGAGAGCCACUGGAGUCUGAGCCCAUUAUUGCCAAGAAUGCAUUUGUACCUCCCAGCGAGCCAUCUAAGCCUAAAGUUACUAUGAUCACUAAGUCUACCAUGACAGUGAUCUGGGAAAGACCAGCACUGGACGGAGGCAGUGAUAUUGAUGGCUACUAUCUAGAGAAAAGGGAGAAGAGGAGUCUGCAAUGGUUCAAGGUGGUGAAGGGCACUAUCAGAGACACCAGGCAGAAAGUGGCUAACCUGGUGGAGAACAAUGAGUACCAGUACAGAGUGUGUGCUGUCAACAAGGCUGGAGCAGGGAACUACUCUGAACCUUCUGAGCUCUAUAAAGCCUAUGACCCAAUAGAUCUACCAGGUGAACCCACUAAGCUGCGUGUGGUUGACUCCACAAAGACAUCUAUCACACUUGGAUGGGAGAAGCCCGUCUAUGAUGGUGGCAGCGAAAUUACACACUAUAUUUUAGAGCAGAUGAAUACAGAGGAGAAAGAAUGGGCGAUUACCAACCCACAAGUCAAGACAUGUGAGUAUGUCGUGUCCCACCUCAAACCUGGCAUCUACUACUUCUUCAGAGUAUCUGCUGUCAACUGUAAAGGCAAAGGAGAAGACAUCAAAAUGUACCAGCCUGUGCAAGCCAAAGAUAUUUUAGAGGAGGCUGAUCUGGACUUGGAUGUUGCUAUGACAACUCAAUACACAGCAAAGGCUGGCCGUGAUGUGGAAGUCUUUAUCCCCCUGAAGGGUCGUCCUACACCAAAUGUCACCUGGCGCCGUGGUGACCGUAACAUGGCUGGUGAUAACCGCUACACAGUCACAAGCACUGAAAGAGCUACCACACUCCUCAUCCCCAAGGUCACCCGUGAUGACUGUGGAAAGUAUGUGCUGGAAAUUGAGAAUGGUGUUGGAGAACCUAAGAUAGUUACUGUUUCCCUCAAGGUUCUGGACAGUCCAUCCACCUGCCAGAAACUGAUGAUAAAGAAUGUCACAAGAGGAAAGCUGACACUAAGCUGGGAGCCUCCGCUCAUAGAUGGUGGCUCCCCUGUGACUAAUUACAUUGUCGAAAAGAAGGCCUCCACUAUGAAAGCUUAUCAAGUGAUUACUGAUGAGUGUUUAAAUACAAGUUACAAGGUGUCAGGGCUGGAGGAAGAUAUAGCUUACUUCUUCCGUGUGUCUGCUCAAAAUGAGUUUGGUGUGGGUGACCCUUGUGAAACCACUGAUGCUGUCCGAGCAACUGAAACUCCAGGAGCUGUUAAAGACCUAAUAAUGGUGGACUCCACAAAGAACUCUGUCACCCUUCAGUGGAGCAGACCUGACCACGAUGGUGGCAGCCACAUUACUGACUACAUCAUUGAGAAGAGAGCCCAGGAUGAAGUCAAAUGGACUUUAGCUGCUAAAUCCAAGCGGUGCAGCUGUGAAGUGACGGGACUCAAGGAAAAUGCUAUCUUGGAUUUCAGAGUGUUUGCAAAGAAUGAGAAAGGCAACAGUGACUUCUCCCAAAUUGGUCCGAUCACAGUGAUGGACCUCAUCAUUCCACCUGAAGCCAAACUGAAUGAUUAUCCCAAUGGAGAGCUUGCUGUUCGUAUAGGUCAAAACAUCCAUAUUGAGUUACCAUUCAAGGGAAAACCAAGACCUACAAUCAGCUGGCUAAAGGAUAAUUUCCCACUAAAGGAAAGUGAGAAGAUUCGCUUUAGGACCACUGACAACAAGACUUCAGUUACAGUCAGAGGAGUUAAGAAAGAACAUGCUGGACAAUACACCUUGGUUCUGGAUAACAGAGUCAUUAAGAACUACUUUGACAUCAAUGUGAUCACUCUGGGACCCCCUUCAGUCCCUACUGGCCCCAUCCGUUUUGACGAGAUAAAAGCUCAAAGUAUUAUUAUCUCCUGGGAUGAGCCGAAGGAAGAUGGAGGUGGCGAGAUCACCUGCUACAGUGUGGAGAAACGUGAAACCUCCCAGGCCAACUGGAAGAUGGUCUGCUCCAGUGUUGUCAGGACUACCUUUAAGAUUCCUAACCUGGUCAAAGGAACUCAGUACCAGUUCAGAGUCCGUGCAGAAAAUAAGUAUGGGGUCAGUGAGCCACUCAUCUCUUCAGAUGUUGUUGCCCAGCACCAGUACAAACCUCCAGGUCCUCCAGGAAAACCAGUUGCCUACAACAUCACCAGUGAUGGUAUGUCAAUAAAGUGGGAUGCCCCAGAUUUUGACGGGGGUUCCCCAGUCUUAGGUUAUCAUGUCGAGAAGAAGGACAGGAACAGCCUCUUAUGGCAGAAAGUGAAUUCCACAACCAUCUCUAACAGAGAGUACAGGAUAAUUGGUCUUGUGGAGGGUCUGGAGUACUCCUUUAGAGUCUAUGCAGAGAACAAUGCCGGACUCAGCCCUUGCAGUGAGCAGAGCAAACAUGCACUCGCUAUCUCCCCUGUUGAUCCACCCGGUACCCCAGUCUGCAUUGAUGUAACCAGAGACUCAGUCACCCUCCAAUGGGACAUUCCCAAGAGGGAUGGUGGAAGCAAAAUUGUAGCCUAUAGUGUGGAGAGGCGUCAAGGCAGAGGCAAAUGGCUACGGUGCAACUUCACUGAUAUCAGUGAGACCCAGUUCACUGUAACUGGUCUCUCACCUGGAGAAAGAAUUGAGUUCAGAGUGAUUGCCAGGAAUGCUGUUGGCACAGUCAGCCCACCAUCCAACUCCUCUGGAUACAUAAUGACCAAGGAUGAGAGCAUUGCUCCUGAGAUUGAGUGGUCUCCAGACCAGGUGCUCACCCUGAGGGCUGGAGAUAACGUCAGUCUCAGCUGCAAAAUCACCGGACGUCCAGUCCCACAGGUUCUUUGGUACAAGGAGGGUAAAGAGAUCGACAAGAGGACUAUGAUUGACAUUGAGAUUACUACUGGCAUUGGCACCAGUAGUCUGUUUAUUCGCGAUUCUAACAGGAACCACCGUGGAAUUUACACUGUAGAGGCCAAAAAUAGCUCUGGAACCAGGAAAGCUGACAUUAACGUUAGAGUCCAAGAUACCCCUGGACCCGUCGAGGGCCCAAUCCGUUUCACAGGCAUCACAGCUGAGAAGUGCACUGUGUGGUGGAGCCCACCAGAGAACGAUGGCUGUGCUGCCAUUUCUCACUAUGUGGUGGAGAAAAGGGAGACAUCCAGGAUCACUUGGGCCUUGGUCACCUCCAAGUGUGAAGCUUGCUCUUAUAAUGCCACCAACCUCAUCAAAGGCAAUGAGUACCAGUUCAGAAUCUCUGCUGUCAACAAGUUUGGUGUCGGCAAACCACUGGACUCUGAUCCUAUAAUUGCGAAGAUGCAAUACACUGUUCCUGAUGCCCCUGGUACACCAGAUGCCACCCAUGUUACUGGAGACAGCAUAACGCUGUGUUGGACCAGGCCACGGUCAGACGGAGGCAAUGAGAUUAAAUGCUACAUCCUAGAGAGGAGAGAGAAGAAGAGCUUGCGCUGGGUUAAGGUCUCCUCCAAAAGGCCCAUUACAGAGUUAAGGCACCGUGUGACCAAACUUACUGAGGGCAAUGAGUAUGAGUUCCGUGUUAUGGCUGAAAAUGGUGCUGGUGUCGGACCAGCCAGCAGCACCUCCAGGCUCUUCAGAUGCAGAGAACCAACAAGUGCUCCCAGUGCUCCCACUGUAAUCAAGGUCAUUGACUCCACUAAGUCCUCUGUCACCCUGGAAUGGACCAAGCCAGUCUUUGAUGGUGGCAUGGAAAUAAUUGGCUACAAUAUAGAUAUGUGUAAGGCCAGUCUGGAGGAGUGGCACAGAGUCAACAGACAGAUUUGUAUUCACACCAGGUAUACUGUCACAGGUCUAGUACCUGGAGAACUCUACAAGUUCAGAGUCAGUGCUGUAAAUGGAUCAGGAGAGGGCGAAGCAUCAGUGAUGCCAAACCCUGUUCAGUCUUUGGACAGACUUACAUCUCCUGAAAUUGAUCUUGGUCCUGACUUCAAGCAAACUCAUAUUGUGAAGAAUGGAGGCACUAUAACCCUACAUAUUGCUUUCCGAGGAAAGCCAGCUCCUCUAGCUACGUGGUCUAAAUUAGACAGUGAGCUUCCGAUAAUGGCUGAUAUCAACACCACAGAUUCAUUUUCCACUCUGACCAUAGAGAACUGCACCAGGUAUGAGGCAGGCAAAUACACCCUGUCCCUGGAGAACAACAGUGGGCGCAAAUCCAUCACAUUCACUGUUAAAGUACUGGAUACUCCUGGACCUCCAGGAGCCAUAACCUUCAAAGAUAUUACUCGCGGAGCCUUGACAGUGAUGUGGGACGCUCCUGCCACUGACGGUGGAUCCCGAAUCCACCACUACAUUGUGGAUAAGCGUGAAGCAAGCCGCCUUGCCUGGCAAGAAGUCAGCACCAAGUGCUCACGGCAGAUGAUCAGAGUAACUGGUCUGGAAAUUGGUGUACCGUAUUUGUUCAGAGUGAUUGCCGUUAACCAUUAUGGCCAGGGAGAACCAAAAGAGAUGACUGAGCCUAUAAUUGCCACAGAAGAACCUGCGCCACCCAAGAGAUUGGAUGUUGUUGACACAACCAAUUCCACAGCCUCACUGGUAUGGCUAAAACCCGAGCAUGAUGGAGGCAGCCGCAUUAGAGGCUAUAUUGUUGAAUUCAGGGCUAAGGGCACUGACCACUGGGUUGUUAGUGGAGAGACUAAGUCUCAGAAGAUGUUGGUAGAGGGUCUGAUUGAGAACACAGAAUAUGACUUUAGAGUCAAAGCCAAGAAUGAUGCUGGAAUUAGCGAACCUCAGGGCACCUUUAGCUCUGUGGUCAUAAAGGAGCCUUGCAUAGAACCAACUGCUGAUCUCAGCAGCAUCACCAACCAGCUCAUCACUUGUAAGACUUCCAACACCUUCACAAUUGAUGUCCCUAUCAGUGGCAGACCUGCACCUAAAGUUACCUGGAAACUGGAAGAGAUGAAGCUGAAGGAGACUGACAGAGUCUCCAUUAAGACCUCAAAGGAAAGAACCAUUUUGGUAGUGAAAGACAGCAAGAGAAGCGACAGCGGCAAGUACUACCUGACACUGGAGAAUGCUGCUGGUGUGAAGACAUUCACAGUGACUGUUGUCAUAGUUGGCAGACCAAGUCCACCCACAGGACCAGUGGAAAUUUCUGGAAUCUCUUCAGAGUCCUGCACCCUUUCUUGGUCUGAGCCAGCUGAUGAUGGUGGUACUGACAUCAGCAACUACAUUGUAGAAAAACGGGAAUCUGGCUCUGCUUCUUGGCAAGUGGUGAACUCCAGUGUGAAGAGAACCACCAUCAAAGUCACACAUCUCACCAAAUACAUGGAGUACACAUUUAGAGUCUGUGCUGAGAACAAGUUUGGAGUCAGCAAGUCCGUUGAGUCUGCCCCUGUUGUCAUUGAGCAUCCAUUUGUUCCACCAAGUCCUCCAACUCGCCCAGAUGUGAUAUCUAUAUCUGCCAAUGCCAUUAGCAUCAAAUGGGAUGUUCCAUAUGCUGAUGGUGGCAGCAAGGUGACAGGCUACUGGAUUGAGAAAAAGGAGAGGAACACGAUCCUGUGGGUGAGGGAGAACAAGCUACCCUGCCUGGAUUGCCAAUACAAGGUCUCGAACCUGAUUGAGGGGCUGGAGUAUCAGUUCAGGGUGUAUGCCAUGAACCUUGCUGGGCUCAGCAAAGCCAGCGAAGCCUCCAGACCUGUAGUGGCACUCAAUCCUGUUGAUCCUCCUGGCAAACCCGAGGUGACAGACAUCACCCGCUCUUCUGUGUCAUUGUGCUGGACGGUGCCCUUCAAUGAUGGUGGCAGUAAGAUCAUUGGUUAUGUGGUGGAGAGAAAAGUCUACAGCACAGAUGAGUGGGAUGACAACCGCUGGCUCAAGUGCAACUAUACCACAAUCACAGAGAACUACUUCACCAUCACAAACCUAGGUGAAGGAGAGACCUAUGAAUACCGUGUCGUUGCCAAGAAUGCUGCAGGUGUUCAAAGUGUCCCUUCAGAGACCACUGGACCAGUCACAUGCAAGGAUGAAUAUUCUCCUCCCAAAGCUGAACUUGACAGCAAACUGAUAGGUGAGACUGUCACUGUUACUGCUGGUUCUGACCUUGUCUUGGACGGUGCUGUGGGUGGUAAACCAGAGCCUACAGUGUACUGGUCAAAGGGUGACAAGAUUUUAGAACUUGGAGAAAAAUAUUCACUGACCUACACUGCCACUAGAGCCAUGGCUGUCAUCAAGAGCUGUGACAGAUACGACACAGGUAGAUACAUUCUAACUGUCAAGAAUGCCAGUGGAAUUAAGACGGCAGCUGUCAGCGUUAAAGUUCUAGACACUCCUGGAGCUCCAGCUGAUAGGAUUGUAAUCAGCAGAGUCACAGAGGAAAAAUGUACAGUGUCUUGGAAGAUACCUCUGGAGGAUGGUGGAGACUCUGUCACCCAUUACAUUGUGGAACGUCGUGAGACCAGCCGCCUCAACUGGGUCAUCAUGGAGACUGAGUGCAAGACCCUGUCAUGUGUCAGCACUAGGUUGAUCAAGAACAAUGAGUACAUCUUUAGGGUUAGAGGUGUCAAUAAGUAUGGGGCUGGAGUUCCUUUGGAAUCUGAUCCCAUCAUUGCCAGAAACGCUUACACAAUCCCCUCCCAGCCAGGCACACCAGAGGUGACUGCAGUGGGUAAGGAGCAUGUUAUCAUCGAGUGGCUGAAGCCUGAGAGUGAUGGAGGAAGCGAGCUCAAAAACUACAUCGUUGAAAAACGAGAGAAGAACAGUAGCAGGUGGACUCGAGUGAAUAAGACCUACACCAUCUAUGACACCCGCCUGAAGAUCACAGGCCUACUGGAGGGAAGCGAGUACCAGUUCAGAGUUACAGCAGUCAACUCUGCUGGAUACAGCCAGCCAAGUGACACCUCAGUAUACAUCCUCUGUAAAGACCCCACAUACACCCCAGCUCCUCCAUCAGUGCCUCGCAUCACAGACACAACGAAACACAGCAUCACCAUGACUUGGACCAGGCCCAUGUAUGAUGGUGGAUCAGAUGUCACCGGCUACAUUGUGGAGAUCCUAGAGGAGGGUUCUGAGCAGUGGUACCGUGCCACUGCCAAAGCCCUCAAGACUAAUGAGUAUGUGGCUGCUGGUUUGGCUGCCAAUAAGAAGUACAGAUUCAGGGUUGCUGCCAUUAACAGCAAUGGGACUGGAGAGUUCAGUGAACCAAGUGCUGAAAUCGAACCACUUGAGAAAAUUGAAAUACCCGACUUGGAGCUGGCUGAUGACCUAAAGAAAACAGUGUGCCUCCGUGCGGGAGGUACUCUGCGCCUGUUUGUGUCUGUCACUGGUCGACCAACACCAGUAGUGGCCUGGAGGAAGACGGGGGUGGAACUACAGAGCCGUGGUUAUAUUGAGACUACUGACAAGUACACAUCACUGGUAGUAGAGAAGGUUGAUCGCUACGACUCUGGAAAAUACAUUGUAGAGGCAGAGAACCCAUCUGGAAAAAAGACUGCCAUCAUCCUUGUUAAAGUCUAUGACACUCCUGGUCCUCCAGGUUCAGUGAAAGUGAAGGACUACACCAAGGAAUCUGUUGUGAUCACCUGGGAUGUCCCAAGCAUUGAUGGUGGUGCUCAUGUCAGCAACUAUAUUAUAGAGAAGCGUGAGGCCAACAUGAAGUCCUAUAAGACUGUUAUCACUGAGUGUAGGAAAACACUGUACAGAAUCAGUGGACUGGAGGAGGGUGUGUACUACUUUUUCAGAGUCCUGCCAGAGAAUAUCUAUGGUGUCGGUGAGCCCUGUGAGACAGCGGAGGCUGUGCUGGUGUGUGAAGUGCCCUCAGUGCCUGUGAAGCUUGAGAUUGUUGAUGUUUCCAAAUCUUCUGUCACCCUGCACUGGGAGAAGCCUUUGCAUGAUGGUGGCAGCAGAUUGACAGGCUACAUUAUUGAGGCCUGCAAAGUAGGCUCCGACAGAUGGAGUGCUGUGGCGACAGUUAAGGCCUCAGUAUCCCAGCACACCAUCCAGUCUCUGACAGAAAAUGACCAGUAUCUGUUCAGAAUCCGAGCCACGAACAGCAGGGGAGCCAGUGAAUCCACUGACAUUGUCACUCCAGUGAUCAUCCAAGAGGUCAAGGUUAUGCCCAAGAUUGACAUGACAAGUAUCCCUCAGAAGAUAGUUCAUGUGAAUCGCGGCAAACCUAUUGACCUCAACAUCCCAAUAAGGGGCAGGCCACAGCCAGUCUGCUCGUGGUACUUUGGUGGUGUGAAGCUGAAGGACACCCUGGACCGCAUCAAGAUUGACAGCACCAGCAAAUAUACCCAUCUCGUCAUCCGUGAGACGACCAUCUCUGACACAGGAGACUACACACUAGAGGUGAAGAAUACCAUAGGCAUGGCAACUGAAGUUAUCAAGGUUAUCAUCCUGGACAAACCGAGUAUUCCUAUGGGUCCAGUAAAGAUCGAGGAAGUCGACGGUGUUUCAGUGACAGUUAGUUGGCAACCUCCAGAGAAUGAUGGUGGUGCCAAUGUCAGCGGAUAUGUCGUUGAGCAGCGUGAUGCCCACCGGCCUGGCUGGACCACCAUCUCCGAGUCUGUGACAAGGCCUUGCUUUAAAUUCACUAGGCUCUCUGAAGGAACUGAGUACGUUUUCCGUGUUGCAGCCAUGAAUCGUUUUGGCAUUGGUGGCUUCCUGCAGUCUGAUGUGGUGGAAUGCAAGAGCGCCAAGACCAUUCCCGGACCCCCAAGCAGGCCAGAAGUGCUUGAUGUCACCCAUGAAGGCAUGACCCUGACCUGGAAACCACCUGAGGACAAUGGUGGCUCCACUAUUGCGGGCUAUAUCAUAGAACGGAAAGAGGCCCAUUCUGACAGGUGGUUGAGGAUCAACAAAAACCCUGUUACUAUGACCAGGUACCGUUCCUCCGGACUGAUUGAGGGCCUGGAGUAUGAACACCGUAUCACAGCCAUUAACUCUAGAGGGGCUGGGAAACCCAGCGAGAGUUCUGUCAUUACCAUCGCUUUAGACCCCAUUGAACCUCCAGGUCCUCCAGUUCAGGCCAGAGUCACAGACACUACCAGGACUUCUGUUUCUCUAGCUUGGCUUCCACCAGAAGAGGAGGGUGGUUCUGUCAUUACUGGCUACUUUAUUGAAAUGCAGAAGGUAGACCAGCUGGAAUGGACACUGUGUAACACAACUCCCACGAAGAUGUGCGAGUACAUCAUCACCCACAUGCCACAGGGGGCUGAAUACAAAUUUAGGAUUAUCGCCUGCAAUGCUGGUGGUUGUGGAGAAGCUGCUGAGAUUCCUGGAGUGGUUAAAGUCCAGGAGAUGCUUGAUUAUCCUGACUAUGAGCUGGAUCCUAAAUAUGAAGAGGGCUAUGUGGUCAGACAAGGUGGUGUCAUCCACCUGUCUGUACCCAUUAAGGGUAAACCCAUCCCUACAUGCAAGUGGACCAAGGAUGGUCGUGACAUCUCCCAUCGGGCCAUGAUUGCUACCCAUGAUGACAUCACUGAGCUGGUCAUCAAAGAGGCGCAUAAAGAUGACACUGGUACCUACGAUUUGGUGCUGGAAAACAAAUGUGGCAGGAAGGCUGUUUAUAUCAAGGUGAAAGUGAUUGGUCGCCCAGAUGUCCCAGAAGGGCCUCUGGAAUUUGACGACAUUCAGGCCCGAUCAGUAAGAGUCAGUUGGAGGCCACCAUCAGAUGACGGUGGUGCAGACAUCCUGGGAUACAUAGUGGAAAGGCGGGAGGUACCCAAGGCUGCCUGGUAUACAGUGGAUGCUCGAGUAAUUGGGAACUCUCUAGUGGUGAAGGGCCUAAAGGAGAAUGUGGAGUACCACUUCAGGGUUGCUGCUGAGAAUCAGUUUGGUGUCAGCAGAGCUUUAAAAUCUGAAGAGUCUGUCACACCAAAGACUCCACUUUGCCCACCUGAACCUCCCAGCAACCCACCAGAGAUCAUGGAUGUUACCAAGUCCACAGUUUCUCUCUCCUGGGCCAGGCCCCGCGACGAUGGAGGCUCUCGUGUCACUGGAUAUUAUGUUGAGAGAAGGGAGGUUUCAACAGAGAAGUGGGUCCGCCACAACAAGACCCACAUCACCACCACCAUGUUCAAUGCCACUGGUCUCAUCCCUGAUGCAGAGUACAUGUUCAGAGUUGUCGCACAAAAUGACAUUGGACAGAGCGAACCUGGUCCUGCUUCUGAAUCUGUAGUCUGCAAAGAUCCAUUUGACAAACCUAGCCAACCAGGAGAGAUUGACAUUGUCUCUGUCACUAAAGACUGUAUCACCAUCCACUGGCUCAGGCCUGAGCAUGAUGGUGGCAAGGAGAUCCUAGGUUACUGGAUUGAGUUCAGGCAGGCUGGAGAGAGUGCCUGGAAAAAAUGCAAUAAGGAGCGCUCGAAGGAUCGUCAGUUCACCAUGGGUGGCUUAAUGGAAGCCACUGAGUAUGAGUUUAGAGUCUUUGCUGAGAACGAGACUGGACUCAGCCGACCUCGUCGCACACCUAUGGGCAUCAAGACCAAAUUGAGUGUUGGUGAGGCUCCAGCUUUGACAGAAGACAUCCAAGAUGUAACAACCAAACUUGGCGAGUCUGGCACUCUGACCUGUGGCAUUAUUGGCAGACCUCUGCCUGAGAUUAAGUGGUACCGCUUUGGCAAGGAACUGAUCCAGAGCCGCAAGUACAAAAUGAGCUCAGAUGGUCGAAACCACUCCCUCAGCAUUCUAACAGAUGAACAGGAAGAUGAGGGCCUGUACACCUGUAGGGCAAUCAAUGAGGCUGGAGAGAUCGAGAGCAGUGGUAAACUGCGUUUACAGGCAGCUCCCCAGUUUCACCCUGGCUUUCCCCUGAAGGAAAAAUACUUUGCUGGGGCUGGCACCAGUCUCCGCCUUCAUGUCGUAUACAUUGGCCGUCCCAUCCCACAGAUCAUGUGGUUCUAUGGCAAGAAGCCUCUGAAUCCAUCUGAAAAUGUGAUCAUUGAAAACACAGAGAGCUACACCCACCUUGUGGUGAGGAAUGUUCAGAGAAAGACCAACGCUGGUCGCUAUAAGGUGCAGCUCAGCAAUUUCUUUGGAACUAUUGACACUGUGCUUCGUGUAGAAAUCCAAGACAAGCCAUGCAUGCCUGAGGGGCCCCUAAUUGUUGAAGCCCUGCUUAAGAGCUCAGUUGUCAUCAGCUGGAAGGCUCCCAAGGAUGAUGGCGGAUCAAUGAUUACCAACUACAUUGUGGAGAAACGGGAGGCCAAAGAAGGGGAACAGUGGUACCUGGUGUCCUCCUCUUUGUCUGGAACCACCUGCCGUGUCCUCAAUCUGACGGAGAAUGCUGGCUACUACUUCAGGGUUUCAGCUCAGAAUCAAUAUGGAGUCAGCGAGCCUCUAGAGAUCCCAUCAGUGGUUAUAAUCAAGAGUCCAUUUGAAAAACCUGGCAUCCCACAGCAGCCUUUCAUUAUCAGCUCCACAAAGGACUCUUGUGUUGUCUGUUGGAAGCCUCCAAGCAGCGAUGGUGGAGCUAAAAUCACAAACUACUACCUGGAGAAACGUGAGAAGAAACAGAACAAGUGGAUGUCAGUAACUACCAAGAAGAUUGCAGAGACCAACUAUGAGGUCAUAGGCUUGAUUGAAGGCUUCGAGUAUGAGUUCCGUGUCAAAUGUGAGAACAUGGGCGGUGAGAGCGAAUGGAGUGAGAUUUCUGAACCCAUCAUCCCCAAGUCUGACCAGCCUCCUCGCACUCCCACAUUCAGGGAGGAGAUCAGAGACAUGACUGUCAAAUACCAUGCCAGUGCAACAUUUGUCACUAAGGUGUUGGGCUAUCCAAAGCCUGUUGUGAAAUGGUACCGUAGUGGAAAGGAGAUCCUGGCAGAUGGAACUAAGAUCAAAGCGCUGGAGUUCAAGGGAGGCUACUAUCAGCUUGUCAUCACUUCUGCUGAUGAGAAUGAUGCCACAGUUUACCAAGUCAGAGCAACUAAUUCCUCAGGAUCCAUCUCUACCACAGCCAACUUGGAGGUGGAAGUUCCUGCUAAGAUCUAUCUGCCUCAGGAGCUCCAAGGAAUGGGCGCAGUCCAUGCUGUCCGUGGUGAUCACAUCACCAUCAAGAUCCCCAUCUCUGGCAAACCUGAGCCAACAAUCACUUGGCAGAAAGGUCAGGAGAUCCUCUCCAACUCUCCUUAUCACCAAGUCAUCACCACAAGGUCUUUCACAUCCCUGGUAUUCCAGAAGGGAGUCCAGAGGAAAGAUACUGGCUACUACAUUAUUACUGCAAAGAACAGGUUUGGAAUGGACAAGCAAACCAUCGAGGUGAAUGUGGCUGACAUUCCUGAAGCUCCAAAAGGCCUUGUGGUUAGUGAAAUUGCAAGGGAUUCUAUCACUCUUGUCUGGGAGCCCCCUGUCAGUGAUGGUGGAAGCAACAUUAUUAACUACAUUGUGGAGAAGUGCCCCACCACCAGUGAUAGGUGGAUUCGUGCUGGACAAACGACUGACUGUAGUAUCACUAUCAUCAACAUAUUUGGAAAGGCCAAAUACCAGUUCCGUGUUAUUGCCGAGAACCAGUUUGGUCUGAGCCCACCAUCUGAACCAACUGAGCCUAUCACCACAAAGGAAGACAAGUCUGUAAUUAGGAACUAUGAUGAGGAAGUGGACGAAACAAGAGAAAUUACUAAAGAGGAGGCUCUUUUCUACAAGGUGAAGGAGCUGUCCUCAAAGUACAUUAUCUCUGAGGAGCUUGCUCACUGCCAGUUUGGUGUGGUUCACCGUUGUAUUGAGAUUGCCACAAAGAAAACCUACAUGGCCAAGUUUAUCAAAGUCAAAGGAACUGAUCGUGAGUUGGUUUUGAGGGAAAUUGAAGCUCUUAAUGUGGGAAGGCACAAGAAUAUCAUCUACUUGCAUGAAUACUUUGAAAGCAUGGAGGAGAUCAUCCUUAUCUUUGAAUUUAUUUCUGGAGUUGACAUCUUUGAGCGGCUUGGCACCAGCAACUUUGAGCUUACAGAGCAGGAGAUUGUCAAGUACCUUAGACAAGUCUGCUCUGCUCUCAAGUUCCUGCAUUCCCACAACUUUGGCCACUUUGAUAUCCGUCCAGACAACAUUGUGUACACUACAAGGAAAAGUACCAACAUAAAGAUCAUUGAGAUGGGCCAGGCUAGGCUUCUGGUGCCGGGAGAAAACAUCAGAAUGCUCUUUUCAGCACCGGAGUACUGCGCCCCAGAGGUCCACCGCCAUGAUUUGGUCACAACGGCCACAGAUAUGUGGUCUGUUGGUGUUAUGGCCUAUGUUCUUCUCAGUGGCCUUAAUCCAUUUGCAGCAGAGUCUACCACAAAGAUGAUUGAGAAUAUCACCAACUGUGAGUAUGUCUUCGACAGUGAAGCAUUUAAGGAUAUCAGCCUGGAGGCUAUGGACUUUGUGGACAGACUUCUUGUCAAGGACAGGAAGCUUCGUAUGACAGCCCAUGAGGCUCUGGAGCACCCAUGGCUCAAGAUGAAAAUAGAGCAUAUUAGCAACAAGGCUAUCAGGACACUGAGACACAGAAGGUACUAUCAGACUCUGGUAAAGAGGGUUGAUACUAUUGUAUCAGCAGCUCGUGUGGCCUAUGGUGGUGCUUUCAAGAACCAGAGGGGAUUGGCUGUUGGUAAAGUGAAGAUUGGAACUGAGUGCCAUGGCUUCCGUGCUGGCCCAGUCAUGCAUGCCUCAGCUGAAGAAGGUGGUUAUGCAAGAUUCACUUGCAGCAUUGCCAAGUAUGACAAGAGUACACAGGUGUCAUGGUACUUUGGUAACUGCCAGCUACACACAAGCCACAAGUAUGAGAUUACUUAUAGUAAUGGCUUUGCCAGUAUCUACGUAAAGGACAUUGAAGAAAGUGAUGAUGGUGUGUACAGAUGCAAAGUGCUGAGUGAUGAUGGAGAAGACAGUGCUUAUGGAGAGCUUUUUGUCGAGACAGUGAGGAGUAUCAAAGAGUACUAUCUUAGCCGCUCCAUCAAGAAAUUAAGGAGGAGAGUUGACAAGACUAAGCUUCUGCAGAGACCACCAGAGUUCACUUUGCCUCUCUACAACCGCACCGCUUUCAUUGGCGAAGAUGUGCGCUUUGGUGUUACUGUUACUGUGCAUCCAGAGCCUUGCAUAAUUUGGCUUAAGAAUGGUGAAAAAAUCAAGCCAGGUGAUAAUGACAGCAAGUACACGUUCACCAGUGAUAAGGGUCUAUACCAGCUCAUGAUCCAUAGCCUGGACAUGACUGAUGAUGCUGAAUACACUGUUAUGGCCCACAACAAGUUUGGAGAAGACAGCUGCAAGGCCCGUCUCACUGUGGCACCACAUCCUGUGACAGAAGAAACUAUGAGGCCCAUGUUCAAACGCCUGCUGGCUAAUGUUGAGUGCAUGGAGGGACAGAGUGUCCACUUUGAGCUCAGAGUCUCAGGUGUACCACCUCCUACUCUUAAAUGGCAAAAGGAUGGUCAUCCACUACAGUUUGGUCCCAAGGUGGUUGUCAUACAGGAGGACGUUGACUCUCAUGUCCUUCACAUUAGAGAGACUCUACUUGAGGACUCUGGUGUUUACAAAGUUACUGCAACCAACUCUGCUGGCACCGCCAGCUGUCAGGCAACAUUGAAGGUGGACCGCCUUACCUAUACAAGGAGAGAAUACAGGAGUGAGGAAGAGAAAUACAUGCACAUACAGAAACAAAUUGAAAAGACCAACAAGAUGGCUCAGAAAAUUGUUGCUACUGAGGAGCUUGUACCGCUUAAUCCCACUGCUCAAGAAGCUCUCAAAUAUGCUGCAGAGAUUUACAAGCCAGCAGUGAGCACGAAGAAUGUCGAGGGUGAGUUUGACAUCAAAGAGGAGAAGUCAGAGACCAAGAAGUUGGAGGAGGAGAGGAGGAUCUUCAUGCCCUAUGAAAUUCCUGAGCCUGUGGUUCAUGAUCCCAGAGUUCUUGAUGAGAACAAAGGUAUCAAACUGUUUGUACCUCUAUCAGAUAUGAAGUGGUACAGAAAGCUAAAAGAUCAAUAUGAGAUUUCAGAGAGGAUGGAGAGGAUUGUGCAGAAGAGACAGAAACGUAUUCGUUUGUCCAGAUGGGAACAGUUCUACGUCAUGCCCCUUCCUAGAAUCACUGACCAGUAUAGGCCAAGAUGGCGUAUUCCAAAACUCACUCUAGAUGAUCUGGAGACUGUCAGACCUGCACGCCGCUCUCCCAGUCCUGUGUCAGAGGCGUUGUUUAGAUCUAGGAGAAGAUCUCUGGGAGACCUUAGCGAUGAGGAGCUGAUGAGAACAGAGGAAGAAGAAGGAAUGAUGUUGGAGGAUGAACUGGAGCUUGGCUUUUCUGCCUCACCUGCUGGCAGCCCUGUACGCAUUGAGCGACGUGCCAUGGAGCAUGAGGAAAGAAGGCAGGAAGGUAGACAUGAAACCGUUGAGGUUGCUGAGACAAAGAAGAAACGUACCAUCUCUCAGUAUAUGAGGAGGAGAAGGUCACUGUCACCCACUUACAUUGAGCUAAUGCGUCCAGUUUCAGAACUGAUAAGACAACCACAUGCUAGGCAUCCUGUGGAAGUAGAGGGAGAGAUUGUGGGGAGGAGGUCCCCUACCCCAGAGAGGACCCGACCACGUUCCCCCAGUCCCAUCAAGUCAGUUGAAAGGUCUUCACGCUCCUCCUCUAGGUUUGAGCGGUCUGCCCGUUUUGAUAUCAUGUCCCGUUACGAGGCCAGAAAGGCUGCUCUGAAAUCUGAAAGGAAGUAUCAGUUGGUCAGUCAGACACCUUUCAGUUUGGACCAUGCCCCGCGUGUCACUGUUAGGAUGCGUUCUCAUCGUAUCCCACUUGGUCAAGAUACAAAAUUCACCCUAAAUGUACAAGCUAAACCAGAGGCUGAGGUCACGUGGUUCCACAAUGGAACUGCGAUCUCUGAAUCCAGUGAGAAAUUCAUCUUUACCAACAUGACUGGUGUCUUGACCAUCACUAUUCUGGACUGUCAGGAAGAGGAUAGUGGCACGUAUCGCUGUGUAUGUUCCAACUCUAAGGGAGAGGCUUCAGACUAUGCUACCCUGGAGGUGUCAGGUGGUAGCUACACAACUUUCUCUUCUCGCCGCAAGGAUGAGGAAGCUCCCAAAGCAUAUGUCCCUGAAGUCACUCGAACAGACCACUACCACAUCUCCCACUUCAAAGCUGGCUAUGCUUCACAGACCCACUUUGAGGUAGAAGAAACCAAAUCUAAGUUAACCGAAACACAUGAGGUAUUCACACAUGAGAGAUAUGGCGCCUCCUCUGAAAGGUACUCCUCAGCUGAGAGGUAUGACUCAUCUAUCAAGUAUGCUUCUGCUGAAUACCUGUCAUCUAGUUCCUCUUAUUCAUCUGACAAAUUUUCUCUGAGUGGGAAACACACCAUAUCUGAAGCUAAACUGAAAUCAUCUACCACUGCUGGUGAUGAGGAAGUUUCUGUCCAGAAGGCAAAACUUUCUCUUCCAGCUAGAAUCCUCACUAAGCCUCAGUCUGUGACAGUUGAGGAGGGAGAGACUGUCAGAUUUACCUGUGAUAUUGAUGGUGAGCCUGCACCCACUGUGACAUGGAUACAUGAGAGCAGAACCAUUGUCUCAUCCCACCACAUUCAGGUCACCACAACUCAGUAUAAAUCCAGUUUGGAAAUCUCCUCUGUGACAGCCUCCCAUGAGGGCAGUUACACAGUAGUGGUAGAGAAUUCAGAAGGCAGACAGGAAGCUCAUUUUACUUUAACCAUCCAUAGAGCAACCCCCAAGCAGGAAGUUAAAAUAGUCAAACCCCCUGAGCCAUCCGUGAAGUCACCCACUCCCAGUGUAAAGUCACCUGCACCUUCAGCCACAUCCCCUAUUCCCUCCACAACCUCUGCUGUUCCCAGUGUGAAGUCACCAGAACCUAGCACCAAAUCCAUCGAGCCUUCAGUUACAUCACCAGCUUCAAGUAUAAAAUCUCCUGAACCAAGUGCAACAUCUCCUGCUCCAAGUGUGAAGUCCCCAACACCAAGUGUGAAGUCUCCUGAACCCGAGGGGAUUAAGUCUCCUAAGAGUAUAAAGUCUCCUGAACCAACUGCACCUUCUCCUGCACCGAGCUUAAAAUCACCGACUCCAGGUGUCAAAUCUCCUGAGCCUGAGGGACCUAAGUCACCACGAGGUCUAAAAUCUCCUGAGCCACGACUCAAGUCACCACCACCAACUAAGACCCUGGGGACUGGAAAGUCACUGGAAUCUGAGGAAGUAAAAUCACCCCGGGGUAUCAAAUCUCCAGAACCUACAGGUAUCAAAAUGCCAAAAGGUGUCAAGUCCCCAGAACCUCCUGGACUCAAAACACCAAAAGGCAUCAAGUCCCCAGAACCAGCAGGCAUCAAAUCACCAAGGGCACCGAAGUCCCCUGAACCUGAAGGGAUCAAAUCACCUCCCAGAAUGAAGUCUCCUCCUCCUACCAUGUCCCCCAAGAGAGUUGUAUCUCCACCCACCGUAAAAUCCCCAAUCCCAAAACCCCCCAAGGUCAUGAGUCAGCUAACAGCAGAAGCCUGUGAGGGGUCAGUGAGGAUGUCCUGUGUUUGUGAGAGCUCCGUCAGAGAGGUGGUAUGGUAUGUGAAUGGGAGGAGGCUUUCACAAAGCAGUCGCCUAGAGAUGCACUAUUCUGAGGGUUCUUGCAGCCUUUUGAUCCAUAAUUUAACAGACAGUGAUCAGGGAGAGUACAUCUGUGAGAUGAAAUCAGAAGGAGGAGUAUCCAAGUCUUCUUUCAACUUCACUGGACAAGCGUUUCAGUCAAUUCGCAAGAAGAUUACAGCUUAUUGUGAACAGCAGCUGGGACUUCAAGGAUCAGUAUUGAUGAGUCAAAAGGAGUCAUCGUCAUCCUUGAGUUCAUCGGUGAUGAUGAAGAAAGAAAUCCAUACAAUGGAGGAGUCGUCUGCCUUUUCUUCUACUUGUCAGCAGGCAGUGAUGUCAUCCAUGACGGAUUCCCGCUCCUUCAGCAGCAUGGCAGCUGAAAUGAAGUUUGAGACCAUGUCCAUGUCCAGCAUGUCCUCCGUGUCAUCUGAGGCAUAUGCCAUGAGCUCCAGUAGCCUCAUGGAGAUGGCCUCCCACUUGGAGGGAUCACUUAGAGCUCUUGGUUCUGCUCCAAGGAUUGAAGCUCUGCCAGAGGACAUCAGCAUUGAGCCUGGCAAAGUCCUGACAGUCGCCUGUGCCUUCUCUGGUGAUGCCAGACACAUUGAGUGGUCGCACGACGGCAAAAGGAUUGAGUUGACUGCUGCCGGACGCUUCCAUAUUGAGACCACUGAGGACUUGACCACGCUCAUUAUCACUGGGGUGAAGAAGGAGGAUGCUGGAAGCUACACCCUCAAACUGUCAAAUGAGCUGGGAUCUGAUACAGCAACUGUUCACAUUAGUAUUCGAUCGGUGUAAGGAAAAAAAAACAACUCUUCAAAACUUCCCCUUUUUCCUUUUCUCAUGCGUUUUUAUUUAAUCAAGCAAAAUAAUCUACUUGAUAAAGAUCUGGAUUUCUGUUCUUGUAAAUAUGAACUAUUUUUGUAACUAUCUUGACAUUAAUUUUUGCCAAACUAGACUAAAGUCUAAAGGUGUUAUAAAAUGUACCAUAUUGGAUAACUGUGACUUAGGAUUUUUGAUCCAUUAUUCUGUGACAUGUACAUAAUGUAUAUAGCCGAAUUUACCGGUUAUGGGAAGUGUAUGCAUUGUUAUUUAUGACAAUAAUAUUAACUAAAACAAAAUGAAACUGUAUAUGGUUUAACAGGAGAAAGUUCCAACAGGAACGAAUACUCUGUUAAACUAAGAAACUAAACUUUGUGCCUCAACGAUAAGUUGAAGUCUUAAGAUUGCCUCAACAGGUAGAGAGGCUCCCUGUUGAUGUUAACUCAAUCAGAGACAAAACUAUGAAUACACUGCUUUAGAGAGCAGUGCAUUAGCAUUGUAAAAGCAGUGUGAGAUCCUGAAUGCUGUUUGCAUUUACCCUCAUGUAAGCAGGAUGACUGGACCUCGCACUCCGACUGAUUCUGUCGUACUGCUAUUUCACUGACGUGCUCAGAGUGCAAGCGGCCUGCACUCCCUGAGCACAAGUGUUUCUUUUAUAUUUUGUGCUCUGCAUCUGGCAAACAACCACUGAUGAGACUUUUCACUUGUACCACCAACCUGGCCAAUCACUUUAAAUAAGAGUCCCUCCUGUGCUUGUUUGCAGAAACAGAGCUGUCUCUCGGAGGUAUGCAGUGUGUUUGUGUGCUAGUUUUUAGAAGUUCACCUGUCAGUCAAGGUGGGUGCGGCAAAGCAGAUGUAUGAAACCACCUACUGCUGCGUUCAACAACAAGUCCCACAUGUCGCCCUGCAGUUUAAGGGUUUGAUUGAAGUUUGAGUUGUAGUUUUGACUAUUUUCGCACCCUCCUUGAGUCUUUCCUCCAGUUAUUUCUUUAAUAAAGCAUGAUUAUCAGCACUA